AUGACGACACAGGCUCCGACCUUCCUGCAGCCUCUUCAGAGCGUCGUGGCACUUGAGGGAAGUGCCGCGACGUUCCAGGCUCAGAUUAGUGGUUCUCCAGUUCCUGAGGUGAGCUGGUUUCGUGAUGGCCAGGUUCUUUCCGCCGCGGCUUUGCCCGGCAUCCAGAUCUCGUUCAGUGAUGGCCGCGCUGUUCUGAGGAUCCCCGCUGUGACCGCCGCACACAGCGGGAGGUUUUCCGUCAGAGCGACCAACGGUGCCGGACAAGCCACGAGCACCGCCGAACUCCUCGUCACAGCGGAGACGGCUCCUCCGACCUUCGUUCAACGGCUGCAGAGCUCGUCGGUGCGUCAGGGCAGCCAGGUUCGCCUGGACGUUCGCGUGUCGGGGAUCCCCGCUCCGCUGGUGAAGUUCUACAGAGAGGGAGCGGAGAUUCAGAGCUCAGCAGACUUCAGGAUCCUCCAGGAGGGGGACCUGUACAGCCUGCUGAUCGCAGAGGCUUUCCCCGAGGAUUCUGGGAAUUAUUCUGUGAGCGCCACCAACAGCAGCGGGAGAGCCACCUCCACCUGCGAGCUGCUGGUUCAGGGAGAAGAAGCCGUUCCAGCAAAGAAAACCAAAACCGUGAUUUCAACGGCUCAGAUGUCUACGAGCCGUCAGACCCGAGUAGAAAAGAGAAUGGAGGCCAGUUUCCAAGCCUCCGCCAUGAUGGAAAUGCAGGUGGAGGGCGGCGAGCUGACUCAGCAGCUCGCCCACAAGACUCCUCCCAGAGUUCCUCCCAAACCAAUGUCCAAGUCCCCGACACAGCCCUCGCUGGUCGCCAAGGUGGCCGGAGGACGCCAGCAGUCGCCGUCCCCCGUCAGACACGUGAAGGCGCCCACGCCCACGCCUGUCAGGCCCGCCUCUCCCUCUUCAAGACUCUCUGUCGCCGCCAUCAGGCCGGUCAAGUCCCCCGUCACCGCACGCAAGCAGCUGGCCGCUGGCGCCGACGUCCUGCCGCCAUGGAAGCAGGGAGACUACGUGUCCGAGGCCGGCUACGCCAGCAUGACCAGCAUGACCAGUAUGACCAGUAUGACCAGCAUGACCAGCGUUAGCAGCGCCACAGUGCAGAUGGGCCAGGAGCAGCGCUGGGAGCAGGUCAGCGGAGUCAGAGAGCCUCAAACUGUUCAAAUGGAGGCAGAACCUUCUGGAGCUCCAGAUGACACAAGUUCACCUCUGAACGGCGAGGGAUGGGACGAGGCGAUGAUACGUGACAGCCAUCAGUCAGACAGUCAGGGACGUGUUAGUGAAGACGGCAGAGACACGAUGUCCUCCGAUGACUCUGGGAAUGAUUCUGAAAGCUGUCGGACUCCAACGGACGAUGAGAAGAGUUUCAGUCCAUCCGACAGCUGCACAGAUCUCUGCUCCGUCUGUAACCAUCAACACUCGUCUCAUGUGUCAGAUGGAGAGACGUUUCAGAUCUGUCUGUCCGAUGAAGAGAGUCCGUCCUGUCAGCAGCAGCAGGCUGAGGGAGGGAAACGAGCCGGCGCCGUGGCCACAGUGCUGGCUGCCGUCGACCUCGCUCGUGUCCGUCAGCCUGUGGAAGAGGAAGAAAUGAGAGCACAGGCUGGGCAAAUGCUUAUCACUGCUCAGGAGUUUACACCUGAACCAACCCAGCUGCCGUUUCAGAUUCAGACAGCGACAGAAACCUCCGGUCCCGCCCCGUCCCCAGUGCCACAGUUCACAGUUUCUAAAGUUUCUGUCCCAAAACACUCCGAGUUUAGCUCAGAGGUUUCCAUCGCCGGCUCGGCCAUCGCGGCCCUGCAGAAAGAGUUCUCUACGUCGUCCUACGGAACGACUCGAAAGAUCAUCAAGCCCGUCAAGUCUCCCAGUCCCGCUCGCUCAACAGCGGAGACCAGAGAGAUGAUGGAGUCUGUCCCACCGCCGUUCAAAGACUUCUCUGAGAAAUAUCAUGUGGGCGCUGAAUUACAGCAGGGGGUGGUGCUCACAGGGGGCGGAGCUUAUGAGCACUGGGCAGCCCAGGUGGUGGAGGCAGCAGCCGUGCCGUCUGCAGGCGGCGCCGUGCUCCCGGCUACGCUGGUGUCGGGCUUGAAGAACACAAACGUGACGGAGGGCGAGUCGGUGACGCUGGAGUGCCAGAUCAGCGGUCACCCCACGCCUGUCAUCAUGUGGUUCAGGGAGGACUACAAGAUCGAGAGCUCCAUCGACUUCCAGAUCAGCUACGAGAAUGGGAUUGCCCAGCUGGUUAUCCGCGAGGCGUUCGCUGAGGACAGCGGGCGCUUCACCUGCACCGCCACCAAUGAGGCGGGAACCGUCAGCACCUCCUGCUACCUGCUCGUCCAGGUGUCUGAGGACAUUGAGAGCAGAGAGGAGGUAGCUGUCGUCACCGAACAUGUUGAAACUGCUGAGAAAAUAGUAACCGUUGAAGCCAAAGAGGAAACCGUGGUAGCCGAGGCAGAAGCCGCUGCCGCCGCUGCUCCCUUCUUCAUCAGAAAGCCAAGUGUGCAGAAGCUGGUGGAAGGAGGGAGUGUGGUGUUUGAGUGUCAGGUUGGGGGAAGCCCCAAACCACACAUUAUCUGGAAGAAGAGCGGCGUACCGCUCACUACUGGAUACAGAUACAAAGUUGCCUACAAGAAGGAGACAGGAGAAUGCAAACUGGAGAUCUCCAUGACCUUCGCUGACGACGCCGGAGAAUACUCCGUAUUUAUCAAGAACCAGCUGGGAGAAGCCUCAGCCUCCGCCAGCCUGCUGGAAGAAGAGGAAUAUGAAGCCUACAUGAAAACACAAGAAGCAACCUUUAAGACUGAAGUGACAGCGAUGGUGCAGGAGCCCAAAGUGGGAGAUGUUCCUCCUGUUGUUGUGACAACCAUGGAGCAGAUGACCACCACCACCAUUAUUUCUGGACAGGAGUUCCAUCUCUCUGCCCUGGAGCUGAGGAUCAUUCAGGAGAUUGAACUCCGCAUUAUGAAGAUUACCUACAAAGAGAUUGUGACGGAGGACGGCGAGCUGAUGGUGACGGCUGACCCUGCCGAGGCUGUGCAGCCCUCCUUCGACACUCCCGUCAAGAACUACAGGAUAAUGGACGGGAUGGGCGUCACGUUCCACUGCAAGAUGGCUGGAAUGCCACUCCCCAAGAUUGCUUGGUACAAAGACGGCCAGCGCAUCAGGGCUGGAGACCGUUACCAGAUAGAGGUUCUUCAGGACGGGCGAGCCAGCCUGCGCCUGCCCACAGUGACGGCGGAAGACGAGGGCGUGUACACUGCCUUCGCCUGCAACAUGAAAGGAAACAGCGUCAGCUCUGGGAAGCUCUAUGUGGAGCCCAGAGCUGGCACACCUCAGAGAUACACCCCACAGCCGGCCAUGCAGAGGAUCAGGUCCCAGUCUCCUCGCUCUCUGAGCCGCUCACCUGGACGCUCUUCCAGCCGAUCACCCGGACGCUCUCCGGCUCGUCGCCUCGAUGAGACGGACGAGGCUCAGCUGGAAAGACUUUACAAGCCUGUGUUUGUCAUGAAGCCUUCCUCCUGUAAAUGCUCAGAGGGGCAGACAGCCCGGUUCGACCUGAAGGUGGUCGGCAGGCCCAUGCCCGACACAUACUGGUUCCACAACGGACAACAAGUGGUCAGCGACUACACCCACAAGAUCGUGGUGAAGGAGGACGGGACCCAGUCCCUGAUCAUCGUUCCGGCGCUGCCUCAGGACUCCGGAGAGUGGACCGUUGUGGCUCAGAACAGAGCUGGACGCUCGUCCAUGUCCGUCACUCUCACUGUUGAUGCCAAGGAGACGUUGGUGCGCCCCCAGUUCACUGAGAAGCUGAGGAACAUCAGCGUGAAGCAAGGAACUCUGGUUGAACUGGCUGUCAGAGCCAUCGGAAACCCUCUGCCGGACAUCGUCUGGUUGAAGAACAGCGAUAUUAUAACACCACACAAGCACCCACACAUCAGCGUCGAAGGAACCAGAGGAGAGGCCAAAUUCCAGAUCCCCUCAGCAGCCGGCUCAGACAGCGCCUGGUACACUGCUACAGCCAUCAAUAAGGCCGGCAGAGACACCACUCGCUGCAGAGUCAAUGUUGAGGUAGACUAUGUUGAACCAGAACCAGAGAGGAAGCUGGUAAUCCCCAAAGGAACCUACAAGGCCAAGGACAUUGCCGCUCCAGAGGUAGAGCCCCUUCACAUGCGAUACGGACAGGAGCAGUGGGAGGAGGGCGAUCUCUACGACAAGGAGAAGCAGCAGAAACCACAGUUCAAGAAGAAGCUGACCUCUGUGCGCAUGAAGCGAUUUGGUCCAGCUCACUUUGAGUGCAGGCUAACCCCCAUCGGUGACCCCACCAUGGUCGUGGAGUGGCUGCAUGACGGCAAACCCCUGGACGCUGCCAACAGGCUGCGCAUGGUCAACGAAUUUGGCUACUGCAGUCUCGACUAUGAAGUCGCUUAUGCCAGAGACAGCGGUGUCAUCACCUGCAGAGCCACAAACAAGUUCGGAGUGGACCAGACCUCGGCCACCCUGGUGGUCAAGGACGAGAAGGGCCUUGUGGAGGAAACGCAGCUUCCUGAAGGCAGGAAGGGAGUACAAAGAAUGGACGAGAUGGAACGCCUGGCUCAUGAGGGAGGGCCCUAUGGAGUCACCGCCGACGAGGCAACUGAGAAAAUGAAGCCUGAGAUUGUCCUUCUUCCUGAACCAGCCAGUGUGCUGGAAGGAGACACGGCCCGAUUCCGCUGCAGAGUCACCGGUUAUCCAUCACCCAAGGUCAACUGGUACCUCAAUGGACAGCUUAUCCGCAAAAGCAAGAGAUACAGGCUCCGUUAUGAUGGCAUUUACUACCUAGAGAUCAUUGAAAUUAAAUCCUAUGAUUCAGGGGAGGUCAAAGUGAUCGCAGACAACAUCGUGGGCUCAGCUGAGCACACUGUGAAGCUGGAGAUCCAACUGAAGGAGGACUUCAGGACUCACCUGCGUCGCGCCCCUGAGGGUAAAGCAGCCGAGGCUGCAGCCGAACCUGGAAAGGUCCAGUUUGAGGUGGUGAAGGCUGAGAAACCUGGCGAGGACUCUCAGCUGAAAGAGGUGGUCACACUGAAGAAGGCCCAGAGGAUAGUCCACGAGAAAUCCACGGAGGAGUCCGAGGAGCUGAGGGGCAAGUUCAAGCGCAGGACAGAGGAAGGGUACUACGAGUCCAUCACCGCUGUGGAGCUCAAGUCCCGCAGGAGGGACGAGUCCUAUGAGGAUCUGCUGAAGAAGACAAAGGAAGAGCUGCUUCACCAUGCCAAGCAGAAGGAGGAGGCAGAGAAGAAGAAAGAGGAGGAGCGCCGCAAGCUUACAGCUAAACCUCUGGCACCGCAGAGGGUCAAGCUCUCCGCCAGCAUGGAAGCUCCCAAGAUCCUGGAGCGCAUCACAAGCCAGACAGUGGCUCAGGGCGAUGAGGUCAAGUUCAGAGUCAGAGUUGUCGGCAGACCUGAACCUGAGUGCCAGUGGUUCAGGAACGGUGUUCAGCUGGAGAAGUCGGAGCGUAUCUCCUGGUUCUGGCCCGAGGAUCACGUGUGUGAGCUGGUGAUCAGAGACGUCCGAGCUGAGGACUCGGCCAGCAUCAUGGUCAAAGCUUCCAGCAAAGCCGGAGAGACUUCCAGCCACGCCUUCCUGCUGGUGCAAGCCAAGCAAGUCAUCACCUUCACACAGAAGCUGGAGGACGUCAACUCUAAAGAGAAGGACACCAUGGCUACCUUUGAGUGUGAAACCAACGAGCCUUUCGUUAAGGUCAGGUGGCUAAAGAAUAAUGUGGAGAUCUUCUCCGGAGACAAAUACAGGAUGCACUCCGACAGAAAGGUCCACUUCCUGUCUGUGUUGGUGAUUGGAAUGAGAGACGAUGCAGACUUCACCUGCGAGGUGAUCGACGAGGACGUCAGGACGACUUCCCAUCUUAAUGUCGAAGGAGCCCCGCUGGAGGUGCUGAAGCAGCUGGAGAGCACAGAAGUUCCUGAGACAUACUCCGGAGAGUUUGAGUGUGUCGUGUCCCGUGAAGAUGCUGAAGGCAGCUGGUUCUUUGGAGAAAGGAUGCUCUCUCCCAGCAGCAAAUAUGUCAUGACCUCCCGCCGUGGAAGACACACCCUGUCCGUCAAAGACGUGAAGAAGGAGGACCAGGGGAAAUAUACCUUCAAAGUGGGCGAGUUCAAGUCCAGCGCCUCGCUGAAGAUGAAACUGCGCCCGGUGACCCUGAUCCAGCCUCUGACGGACCUGACUGUCUGCGAGGGUGAUAUUGCUCAGCUGGAGGUCAAGUUCUCGCAGGAGAACGUUGAAGGAAACUGGAUGAAGAGCGGAAAGCAGAUCACGGCUUCCAACCGUGUGCACAUCGUCAUCGACAAACAGAUCCACAAACUCCUGAUCGAAGACACCAACAAGGAUGACUUUGGGAUGUACUCCUUCGAGGUUCCCGCUCAGGGGAUCUCAACCACUGCCAAGCUCGUCAUUCAGACAAUCGGCAUCUUGAACCCGCUGAAGGACAUGAGCGCCGUGGAGGGCACCAAAGCCGUCCUGGAGGCCAAGAUCUCCGCUCAGGACGUCAGUUCCGUCAAGUGGUACCACAACGACAAACUGCUGACGCCCAGCGAGCGCGUGCAGGCCGUGCCCAAGGGCGCCAAGCAGCGCCUGGUCUUCAACAGGACCUACGCCUCCGAUGAGGGGCAGUACAAACUGGUGGUCGGCCGCGCCGACACCAGCUGCAGGUUCUCUGUUCAGACUGUCCAGAUCGUGAAACCGAUGAAGGACAAGGAGUGCUCCGAGUCUGAGAACGUCACGUUUGAAGUGGAGGUUUCUCACACGGGCAUCGACGCCUUCUGGACCUUCAAGAGGCAGCCAAUCAAAGCUGGCGCCAAGUACAAGAUGGAGUCCAAGAACAAGCGCCACACGCUGACCGUCAUGAACGCCAUGAAGGACGAAGACGGCGAGUACAUGUUCGCUGCCGGCGAGAAGAUGUGCAACGCCUUGCUCACCGUCUCAGGUGGCGCCAUCAAGAAGCCGCUGCGCGACCUGGUGGUGGCCGACUCGCAGACCUCCGUGCUGGAGUGUGAAGUGGCCAACCCGUCCGCCGAGGGCCGGUGGCUGAAGGAUGGCCACGCCGUGGACUUCAACGAGAAUACAAUCAGCGAGGUGGACGGCGCUGUCAGGCGCCUCGUCAUCGUCAUCACCAAGGCAUCAGACGUCGGAGAGUACACCUACCAGGUCGCCACCUCCAAGACCUCGGCCACACUAAAGGUGGAGGCUGUGAAGAUCAAGAAGACCCUGAAGAAUCUGAACGUGGUCGAGACUCAGGAGGGCAUCUUCAGCCUGGAGCUGACCCACGAGGAUGUGAGGGGAGCACAGUGGAUCAAGAACGGCAUUGAGAUCCAGCCAAGCGAUAAAUUUGAGAUCACUAUUGAAGGCACAGUCCACACCCUGAAAAUCAAGAACUGCACCACGCAGGACGAGUCGGUUUACUCUUUCAAACUGGGGAAACUGUCUGCAAACGCCAGGCUGAACGUUGAAACCAUCAAGAUCCUGAAGAAGCCUAAGGAUGUGACAUCACUGCUGGGCGCGACCGCCGUGUUCGAGGUCGGCAUCUCCGAGGACAACGUCCCCGUGAAGUGGCUGUUCAACAAGGUGGAGCUAAAGCAGAGCGAGCACUACAGGAUGCUCUCUGAGAAGAAGACACACAAACUGAUCGUCCAGGACGUGGACGCCAGCAAAGAGGGAGAGUACACGGCGGUGGUUGGACACCUGCAGUGCAGCGCACGCCUCUACGUCGAGUCGCUGCGAGUCACCAAACCUCUGAAGAGCGUGCAGAUCCCGGAGACGCAGGUCGCCACGUUUGAGUGUGAAGUUUCUCACUUCAACGUGCCGUCCACGUGGCUGAAAGACGGCGUGGAAAUCGAGAUGAGCGAGAAGUUCAGGAUCGUGGUCCAGGGAAAGCUGCACCAGCUGAAGAUCAUGAACACCAGCAGGGACGACUCUGCAGAGUACACCUUUGUCUGCGGGAACGACCGCGUCUCCGCUACGCUCACCGUCAACCCCAUCCUCAUCUCCACCAUGCUGCAGAACCUGAAUGCUCAGGAGAAAGACCAGGUCACCUUCGAGGUCAACGUCAACUAUGAGGGAAUCUCAUACAAGUGGCUGAAGAAUGGCGUGGAGAUCCGGUCGACGGACAGAUGCCAGGCUCGCUGCAAACAGUUCACUCACACUCUGAGCAUCAGGAACGUUCACUUCGGAGAUAGCGCCGACUACACCUUCAUGGCCGGCUCCGCCCUCACCACAGCUAAACUCUAUGUGGAGGCCCGCGUAGUGGAAUUCACCAAACACCUGAAGGACCUGAAGAUCACAGAGAAGAAGAGAGCGACGUUUGAGUGUGAAGUUUCUGAGCCGAACGUGCAGGUGAUGUGGAUGAAGGACGGUCAGGAGCUGGAGAUGUCCGACAGUUAUAAAAUGACCUCGGAUAAGUUUGUGCAUCGCCUGGUUCUGCCGUCAGUCCGCCUGUCUGACGCCGGAGAGUUCACCGCUGUGGCUGGGUCCAGCAUGUCCAAGGCCAACCUGAGAGUGGAGGGGCGGGACAUCAGGAUCUCUGAGCCGGCCAGCAGGGACGUCACUGUUGUGGAGAAACAGAGAGCGACCUUCGAGUACGAGGUGAGCGAGGACGACGUGGAGGGUCGCUGGAUGAGGAACGGCGUGGAGAUCCAGUUCUCAGUGGAGGAGAGGUUCAACUACGCAACCAUCAGGAAGCUGCACCGUCUCACCAUCUCCGAGACGUACCGCAGCGACGCUGGAGAGUACACCUUCUUAGCCGGCAGGAACCGGAGCACCAUGAACCUCCAUGUCAGAUUGCCGGAGCCUCCUCAGAUCGUCAGUCCGAUGCAGCCCCAGACCGCCAUGUCCGGGCGCUCGGUCCGCUUUUCGGUGGCGGCGAGCGGCCUCCCUCCGCCACAGGUGACCUGGUACAAAGACUCCCAGGCUCUGUCCGUCAGCUACAAGUGCAAGUUCCUCCACGACGGAGACGACCACGCGCUGCUGCUGCUCGAGGUCUUCCCCGAGGACGCCGCCGUCUACAGCUUUGAGGCCAAGAACGACUACGGAGAGGCAACGAGUUCCGCCAACCUCACCGUGGAAGUUCCUGAGGUGGUCGAAGCGGCUCGGGUGUCUGCUCCGACCCUCAUUGCUCCCAUGCGGGAUGUCCUGAUCACAGAGGGACACCCCACCCGGUUCCAGUGCACCGUCUCUGGGGAAGAUCUGCAGGUUUCAUGGUUCUUUGGCGACAGAGAGAUCAGACAGUCAGAUGUCUUCAGGAUGUCUCAUUAUGGAGACACCUGCCAGUUGGACAUUUCCAGAGUUCUCCUGAGCCAUGAAGGAGAGUACUCAUGUGUCGCCACAAACUCUGCAGGAAUGGUCACGUGCGCUGCCACUUUGAAUAUUGACGGUGAGUGAAUCAGACCCUUAGCUAGUGUGUGGAGCACUGGGGCCGAGAGUUUCAGCUCUCUGUCUGCGGGACAAACGGCCCACAGCGUUGAGUUUACUCAGAUGGUCUCUGAGAGUUCCUCCGUGUCUUGGAGGACAGUUGAGAUUCAGAUGGAGAGCAUGAUGAGCUCUGAGAGCAGCUUUGAUAUCAAACUCUCAGCCAGCCCCAAAUUGCUGAUGGAAAUGAGCGACAUCCAGGUGAAAAGCGGCGAGAUGGCUGAGUUCAGCUGCUCGUUCGACGGGCAGCCCUUUACCGGGGUCAUAUGGGAUCAUAACGGCCAGAGUCUGCUGGAAACGGAGCGGGUAAAGAGCUCUCAGACUGGGGGGCUGUUGUCCCUGGUCAUACAGGGUGUUGGUGUGGCGGAUCAGGGUGUGUACUGCUGCACCGCCACCAACCAACACGGACAGAACAGCUCCUCCGCCCAGCUCACUGUUGAAGCUAAAGAAGCAAAUCUCAAAGCAGAAACCCCAAUCCCUACCGAUUCUGUGCGUAAAGUGUCUCAGACAGACAGGGAGACCACUAGAGAUCUCCCUGACCAAGACAAGCAGGAGGCGCUGGAGAAGCCAGGACCAUCGCCACCUCACAGCCUCCUCAGCCACCUGUACUUCCCUGACGUCCUGCCUCAAAGUCUCUCCUGCUGCCCCGAGUUCCUGAUCAAACUGCCCCCGCAGCUGCCAGUCAGGAGCAAAGAUGGCAGCUCCUUGUAUUGCGUUAUGAAGGGGGUCCCCGCUCCAUUUGUCAUUUGGCUUUACAAGCGGUUCAAUGUUGAGGAUUCUGUGUCUUACUCUCUGAAACGUGACGGCCCCCUGUGCUGUGUGAAUGUUAACAAUGUGGGGCCCGGACAAGGGGGCUCUUACAUUUGCAAAAACUCAGCUGGGGAUGCUGAGUGCAGCACAGUGAUGAAAGUAACUGCAGUGGAGCAGGAACCUAUGACUCACGUCCAGGAGGAGAUGAAAGCCUUCUCUAGCACCACCGUCACAGUGGAUGAAGAAACCCAGGAGUCGUACUGCAGCGGUCUAAAGUUACCAGAGAAAACCAGAACACUUGAACUUAAGCCAGAGUCCAAACGUUUCUCUAGCACUUUGCAGAAGAAAAAAGAAAAGCCGGUUUUCCUCAGCGAACUGUCUCCAGCAGUCACGACUGUCGGAGAAACUGCUCGGUUCACCGUCACGGUGUCCGGUUUCCCUAAACCCUCCAUCCUGUGGUGCCACAAUGGGCAGACUAUAACCAGCUCCUCUGUGUACACGUUGGUUCACGAGCGAGAUGAGUACAGCUUGGUCAUUAACAAGGUUCAGAGGGAGUAUGAAGGAGAGUACUCCUGUACUGUCAGCAACAGGUUUGGACAGGCCACUUGCACUUCUUAUUUGCAUGUUCAGGUAAAGGAGCCACCAGCUGGUAGAGCCCCAGAGUUCACUGAGACUCUGGAGUCUCUGCAGCUGUGUGAAGGGGGUCAGGCUGUCUUCAGGUACAGCGUGAGCGGAGAUCCUCUCCCUGAGGUUCAGUGGCUCAAAGGCAGCUUACACAUUCAGCCUAGUGGGUUCUGUAUCAUUGUGAGCAACCCAGACGGAUCAGGCUUCAUGAAUAUUAAAAGUGUCAGACAAGAGCACAGUGGCGUGUACACCUGUAAGGCCUCCAACCAGCAUGGGGAAGCCUCAUGUUCUGCUGAGCUGCUGGUGUUCAGGGAGAAAGUUCAGGAGGAGCACACGUUAGUUAUGAAGACAAAAGGUUUGAAAAUAUCCAUGGCCGAACAAACCACAGAGUCCAGAUUAUACCAGAAGAGAACUCUCUCUGAUCAGAUGAUUUACACCAUCAGCACUGAAGAUCGGCAGAUUAUUCCCAGUGAGGAGGUGGGGACGCUCAGAGAGCUUGAUAUCUCUGCUGCCACUCUUCACCGAGAGCAGCUCACCCACCAGGCUGCAGUGCUGCAGGCUCAUGAGAUACAGGAGAGGGUUUCUGUGACUCCCACUCAUCCUCCUCAUGUCUCCGCCGUCCCUGUGAAACAGCUUCACAUGGCGACUUUCUUAUCUUCGGUCCAGGAGAGGCAGAAGAUCACCGAGCAGCACUCUGAGCGGAUCCUCAGCCCCGAGAUCGUAGAACUCGAGUUAGCCAAAGAGCAACGUUCCAAACUCAUGUCGGCCACUUCCAGAGAGGUCCUCCCGCUCGGCUUGGUGCGAGCCGAGGCCCUGAUGGAGCGGCCCCUGGAGCACGGGGAGCCUUUGAAUGAACCCAGGCAGCUUGUUAGCAGUCACCAAGUAGAGUCAGCUCUGCCCAUCCUUGAUGAAAGUUCAGCCAUCACUCACAGGCCAGAGGAAGAGAAGAGUUUCAGAGUCACAGAGGGGGUGAAGAUCUUAUACUCUGCUCAGUCUACAGGGCAGCUCCCGAUCACAGAAAGACACUGCGAGCCUCUCCAGGCUUUAGAUGCCGCCGUUAAACCCCUGAUUGAGAAAGAGCAAUCUAAGUCAGUGGUAGCACCAGUUAGUGAAGCUAGAGUGGCUUUAUCCAAGGAGCAGACAUUUGAAAUACACAGACCAGAGCAGGAGAGUAUCACCCCGCGCAAAGAUGUGCUCCACAAGUUGGCUAUAACUACUGAGGAGAGGUACGAACUCCGAGCUGAACAGGCAGGACAGAUGGCAGGUAUAGCAUCGUCUGUGAGUCUGCAGCCUCAGAGGGAGGGAGAACGGCUCCUGAAACUGCAGGUCAUCAGCCAUCAGGAUGUUUUACAGUCUGAGGGCAGGUUUAGCAGUGAACAGCCCAUUGCAGAGCAGGCAGACUCCAGGAAGAGUCCGACUCUGUUGCAUUCGGUGAGUCACGAAGACCAAAGAACAACGGUCUGUGAGGCGACUUCAGAGUUCUCAACAAAGACUGACUCCACAUCUGUUGAGCCUAAGAAAGAGUCGCCGCCAACAAAAUACCUCCAGUCAAUUGAAUCCUUAUCAGUUUUACCGAAGGAGGGGAUUCUUACUGUCACUAAACCUGAACAGCACACGGCAACACAGAAACAGGAAAAGACUAGAAGGCACGCAGCAACUUCAGAGGAGAGAAGGGAGAUCACUGCAGAUUAUCACACAGAUCUGGACGUGUCGGUGAGCGGAGUUCAGUCACAGCUUCGGACCGAGCCUCGGCCUCCGAGCAUCCUCACUGUCUCCUCCCGGCCGCUGCAGCUGCCAAAGGAGAUGCCCUUCACUGCUAAUGUGAAGCAUCAGCGAGCACUAGUCCAGAAAGAGGACUACUGGAAUAUCAUGCAUUCUUUGAAUGUUACAGACACUCACAGCCUGGAGGAGGGUCACACCAGCAGCAUCACAACUGAUGACAAAUUUAAACCUGAGGCAAAAAUUGAGCCUAAGAUUCCCAAAAAAACUGUUUUUAUAGAGGAGAAAGCAGUUGCCACUGAGAGCUGUACGAUCUUAGAAGCCGCUGAGCAGGAUUUUGCAGUCCAGAUCCAGGAGGGUCAGUCGGUCCGUCAGUCGGUGCUGCUGGAGGAAAAGCAGGUGAUUAUGGGAGAGAAGUCCAGUAAGAUACAUAGAUCUGAGGGCUCGACUGUCAGCAUCGUCACGCAGCCGAGAAGCGUUCUGCUCAUACACGAGUCUCAGGACACUUUCACUCUACCUAAAGAACUCAACUUUGUCAUUCAGAUUCCCAAAACAUCGAGUGUGAAUAUACGCCGACAGCUCAGAGAGUGUCUCCAGUCGGCCGUGGCCAGCGAUCAGCCGGUGUUACUGGCGGAUGUGGUUGGACGGUUAGAGACAGUGGAGGUACAGGAGGUGAAGGUGCAGAGAGAGCCCAAACAAGCCACAUCUACAUACUUGAUCACAACACCAGGAGCCCCAAUGGAGAUCACGCUGUCUUUUGAAGGGGAAUACCCUCAGACAGCUGACCUCAGGGCUGAGCUCCAGGUAGCUCUGCAUGCUCUGGUUUUCCAAGAGCAACAGAGUCUGACAUCAGAGCAGCCGGGCACCAUGCAGAUAGACCAGCCUCAGAAAGCCCUGGUCAGCUCAGCGCGCUCCAGAGAGGUGUUGUCCUCUGUGGUGGACACCAAGGUGGUUGCAGAGAGUGCAGUAGGGUUCCCUCCCGCUGUUUCUCAGUCUGCAGCCAUCAGAACUGAAGCCAGGGCUUCUUUCCAAAGUGCAACAGUUCAGAAUCGUUCUGAGAUCCAUGAGUCCAGGCAGGUCAGGUCAGAGAGGGACACCGCUGCUGCUGAGCAGACUACCACAGUGGCUGUUGGUCAGGUUACUGUCCAACAACAAGUGGGCGUUUUAGUCCACAGAGAAACCAGAGAGGAGUUUCUGUCAGAGGCGAUCAUGAUCAGUGAGUCCUCCGACAGCCUGGUAGAUUAUCCCGUGGUCGUCGAUUCUCUGGAAGAUGUUUAUGCUGAGGAAAACGGCAAGGCUAGUUUUACUGCCACCAUAAAGUACGUCACCAAAGUUAACUGGUUCUUUAACGGCCAAUUGGUGAAAUCUGGAAAAGAGUUCAAGUGUUCCAAAGACCACGACACACACACACUAGUUAUCAACAGAGUUGUGAAGUCGAAGCAUCAAGGAGAAUAUGUCUGUGAGGCUGAGAAUGAAGCCGGCAGGACAACAACAUCUUCCAGACUCACUGUGGUCCCAAGAGUGAAACCUGUGUUCAGGCACAGAAUUGCCCCCGUGGAGAUUAACAUUGGCCACCCCGCCAAGUUUGAAUGUGAAACUGAGGACGCUCCGAAUGUGAGCUUCAAGUGGUUCAAAGAGGGACAUCUCUUGAAGGAGGGGGAUAGGUACAGGAUAAUCAGCCGCUUUAGCACCUCCUCUCUGGAGCUUCUGAGCCCAAACAAGGAGGAUAGCGGUGAAUACUCCUGCAAGGCAUCCAAUCAGCAUGGCAGUGACGAAUGCUCCGCCUCUCUCCAUGUGACAGAACAAUGCCCCCCUGCCUUUAUAACUAAACCUGACCCUCAGACUGUGUAUGUGGGAAAGAGGGCAAUGAUACAGUGUGCAAUUUCAGGAUCUGCCCCCCUGAAUGUUGUCUGGUUCAAAGACACCCAGGCCUUACCCAAAGCGCCUACACACUACCAAAUGUCUUGUGAAAAGAAUAAGCACACUCUUGAGAUAACCAGACUGGAGCCUGCUGACAGCGGGCUCUAUGUGUGCAAGGUGUCUAAUAACAUCGGGACAUCUGAGUGCAGCAUGGAGCUGCGGGUUAUUGAUAAGCCCAGCUUUGUGCAGCCACUGGGUCCCAUCGCUGCAGUGGUGGGAAGUCCUCUGCACCUGGAGUGUCAGGUGGACGAGGACACUGGAGUCACUGUCACCUGGACCAGAGAUGGUAGAAGGGUCCAUCAGUCUCCGGACUGUAAACUGUCUUUUGAGGAUAAGACGGUUACUCUUGAUAUCCUAAAAACCACACUGAAAGAUUGUGGAAAUUAUGUGUGUACAGUGACAAAUGAAGCUGGGAGUGCAACUUGCUCCACCUCUGUGAAAGUUCAAGAGCCGCCAGUCUUUGUAAAGAGGCUGGAGGCCGCCACAGUUUGGAAGCAAGGCAGCAAUGCACGUCUACAGUGCACCGUCAAAGGAUCCCCCGAACUCCACACCACCUGGUUCUUUAAUAACAGCCAGCUGCCCAUUGGUGGCAGGUAUAACACUAGUCUGAAGGACGGUGUCACGACUCUGGAGAUAAAGGAUGUCAUGAUGAGUGACAGUGGAAACUUUACCUGUGAGGUUCUCAAUGACUCUGGGUGUGAGAGCUGCAGCACUAAAGUAACAGUCAAAGAACCGCCAUCAUUCAGAAAGGAGUUACACUCUUUAGAGGCUGUCAGAGGGUCUGUAGCUGUACUGGAGUGUGAGAUUGCAGGCUCUGCACCAUUUGAGGUGGCCUGGAAAAAGAAUAAGAAACGCCUUUCGGCAGAUAAGAAGUACAGGAUAGUGUCGCAGGGAUCUCUGGCUGCUCUGGAGAUCCACUCAUUCGAGAGCGCUGACGCGGGUGAAUAUGAAUGCGUCGUAUCAAAUGAUGUCGGGUCAGUAACGUCAAAGUCAAUGACCAAACCCAAAGAGCCUCCUAUGUUCUCAAAGAGGAUUGAGAGUGCUACAGCAGUGUCUGGAAACACAGUGAAGCUGCAGGGAACAGUGAAGGGCUCAGCCCCCAUCACUAUCAAAUGGAUGAAAGACUCUGAAAUACUGAGAGAUGACGAUCCAAAUGUGAAAAUGACAUUUGAGAACAACAUCACCAGUAUUUCCUUCUCAUCUGUUGAGAUAAAGCAUGGCGGCAAGUACACGUGUGAGGCCAAGAAUGAGGCGGGGCAGCAGAAAUGUGAAGCAGUCUUAACAAUUCAAGAACCUGCUAAGAUCUUAGAGAAAACCGAGUGCAUCAGUGUGACUGCAGGAGAUUCUGCCACAUUGGAGUGUGCGAUCUCUGGAAGCCCGGAGCUCAAAAUCAAAUGGUUUAAAGAGGGCAAGGAGAUGAUCAGCGGACGUAAAUAUAAGAUGAUAAUGAAGGAAAACACGGCCAUCCUGAAGAUCCUCACUGCAGAUAAAGGAGACACUGCAGAGUACAGGAUGGAGCUGUCCAAUAAAGUGGGCAAAGACGAGUGCACCUGCUCAGUCGUUGUUAUAGAUCGUGCAGCUCCACCGUCCUUCACCAAAAGUCUAAAGAAAGUGGACGGGACUAUUGGUAGUGAUGUGACCAUGGAGUGCAGAGUUUCUGGCUCUCAGCCAAUUGUUGUUUCUUGGUAUAAAGACGAUAAAGAAAUCCACAGCAACAACAAAUAUAAGCUCGAGUUCAGUGAGAUCACAGCCUCUGUGACGAUAAGUGGCCUGGAGCAAAGCGAUGGUGGAGUUUAUAAAUGUCUGGCCGCUAACGAUGCCGGAGAGAAAGAAACCAGCGGCAUUUUGUCCGUCAAAGAACCUCCUGUCUUCACGCUGAAACCUGAGUCCCAGGAAGCUUCACCUGGAUCAAAUGUUGCCAUAAAAGCAUCCUUUACAGGAUCUGCUCCUCUGGUUAUUAAGUGGUUCAGAGAGGACAAAGAGAUUUUCACUAGUGGGAAGUGUUUUAUAAAGAAAGAUGCCACUUCCAGCUCGUUGGAGCUUCACUCUGUGAAAUCCAGUGACUCAGCUAAAUACACAUGCCAAGUGUCCAACGAUGCUGGGAAGGUGGACUGCACUGCAGCUCUCUUUGUCAAAGAAGCCCCAACAUUUACAAUGAAACUCGAGCCUUCACAGCUGCUGAAAACUGGACAGCCUCUGAAGCUGUCCUGCAAAGUGCAGGGCACUCCUGUUAUUACCAUCAAAUGGUUUAAAAAUGGCUCAGAAAUCUCUGCAGACCACAGACAUACGAUGUCCUUCGACAGUGCGAUAGCCACUCUGGACGUAGAGGCAUGCUCUGUAGAGGAUAGUGGAGAGUAUGUGUGCAUGGCGUCCAGCGAGGCCGGCAAAGACCAGUGCAGCAGCUCAGUGACAGUCAAAGAGCCUCCAGUGUUUGUGAGGUCUUUCGAAUCUGCUGAACUCCUGAAGGGAUCCGUCAUUAUCUUGGAAGGAACCGUUUCAGGUUCCUCUCCGUUUGAAAUAAGUUGCUUCCUCAAUGAUAAGCUGAUCAGAAAUGACAAAAAGCACACGAUCAGUGUUGAGAACGACACCGUCACUCUGCAGAUCUCUCACUGUGAGAGUGCAGAUGCUGGGACAUACCUGUGCACUGUAGCAAAUGAUGUUGGGGAGACGUCUUGUUCUUGCCAGAUUUCACUGAAAGAACCACCAUCAUUUGUUGAGAGACUAGCGGAUAUGUCCUGCAUGGUGGGCUCAGAGGUCUCUAUGAAGUGUUUGUUGUCCGGAUCACUGCCCAUGACUCUCUCCUGGAUAAAGGACGAUCAUGAGCUCACAGAAGAUGAGCAUGUUAAGAUGUCCUAUGAAACCCAAAGUGCCGUGUUGAAUUUAAAAAAUGCUCAAUUAUCACACGCCGGGAAAUAUGUGUGUCAGGCACAGAACAAAGCCGGGACUCAGCGAUGUGCUGCUGUGCUCGUAGUCACAGAGCCAGCAAGCAUUUCAGAACAUGCAAAGUCCAUCAGUGUAACCCAGGGCGACCCAGCAAGGCUCGAGUGCAGGUUCUCAGGUACCAAACCGCUCAAGUGCAGAUGGAUAAAGUCGGGAAAAGGUCUGAGCUCAGGCCAGAGAUACAGAAUCCAGAGCUCUGACAGCCGCUCUGUGCUCACCAUUACUGCUGCAGAGAAAAGCGACAGCGCUGAAUACACCUUCGAGGUUUCAAACAGUGCCGGUUGCGCUUCAUGUGACGCAACCGUCAUGGUCUUAGAUCAGAUUAUUAAACCGUCUUUCACGAGAAAACUGAAGGAGACAGAAGCUAUCAAAGGAUCCUUUGCUCAUCUGGAGUGUCUCGUCUCCGGCUCCCUGCCGAUGACGAUACAGUGGUCCAGAGAUGAGAAGGAGAUCCAGACUGAUGACAAACACAAGUGCACAUUUUUUGAAAAUGUUGCUUUCCUGGAAGUCAGCCGUCUGGACAGUAAAGACAGCGGCCGCUAUAUCUGCAGCGCUGAAAACAAAGCAGGAUCUGCCCAGUGCUCUGGGGUCCUGUUCGUUAAAGAACCACCGUGCAUUCUUGAAAAGCCUGAGUCCAUGAGUGUUUUGCCUGGAUCAAGGAUUAAGUUUAAUGUUCGUGUUUCUGGCACGCCGCCGCUGACCAUCAAAUGGUUUUCAAACAAGAAGGAGAUACGUUCCAGCGCCGACCGCAAUGUGGUCAAAGACAACACGUCGAGCUCCCUGGAGCUCUUCUCUAUCAAAACUUCUGACUCUGCUGACUAUGUCUGUGAGAUACAGAACGAUGUGGGCUCCACCUCCUGUCAGGCAACACUCUUUGUUAAAGAACCUCCCUUUUUCAUUGAGAAACCUGAAGGUGUGUCAGUAGUCAGAGUGGGAGACAAUCAGGUGUUCAAGUGCACAGUGGCUGGUACUCCAGAGAUCUCUGUGCGCUGGUUCAGAGGCGGAGCUGAGAUUCACCAAAGUGUCAAACACAAGCUGUCCUUUAUCAACUCUGUAGCCACCUUAGAGAUCUGUGAAGUUAGUGAAAACAACAGUGGAAAAUACUUCUGUGAAGCCUGCAACGCAGCAGGCACAGAGAGCUGCACUGUCGAGCUCGAAGUGAAAGAGCCUCCUCGGUUUGCUGAAGAGCUGACGGCUCUCGAUGUUGUUAAAGGCUCCACAGCAGCGUUUGCUAGCCGAGUGGCAGGAAGUGCUCCGUUUAAGGUCACAUGGUUCAGAGACAAAAAGCCAAUCAAAUCCAGCCACAAGUACAUUAUGGUUGAUGGCGAAAAUGUCAGCUUGAAAAUCCAGGAUGUAAAGGUGGAAGAUGUUGGUUGUUAUGAGUGCGUGGUAGCCAAUGAGGUUGGGACCUGUACCGGCUCUGCAGCUUUGUCUCUGAAAGUCCCACCGAUGUUUGUUAAGAAGAUAGAAAAUGUCUCCACUGUUCUGGGGAAAGUUGCGAUUUUCCGCUGCACCGUGGACGGUUCUCAGCCUCUCUGUGUGCAGUGGCAGAAAGAUGAGAACUGGAUCCCAGAGGAUCCAAAGAUUCAAAGAACUUUUGAGAACAAAGAAGCCACUCUGAGGAUUCCUGCCUGUGAGGCGGCUCACAGUGGGAGAUACACCUGCCAGGUGGUGAACGAGGCCGGGCAGGACAAAUGCUUUGCUGCGCUCAUUGUGCAAGAACCACCAACCAUCCAAGAGAAGCCACAGGUCGUCAAAGUGACUUGUGGAGAUCCAGUUAGUCUGGAGUGCAGGGUAGCUGGAAGUCCUCAUAUCAGGGUGAGGUGGAGCAAAGAGGGUACAGAGCUCCAGUCCAGCAGAAAACACUCUCUGUACUAUGAGAACAAUGUCAGCAGGCUUAACGUCCCGUCUUCUCAGCUGGACGACGGGGGCGAGUACCUGUUUGAAGCCACAAACUCUGUUGGCUCGACCAGCUGUACAGUCAUGCUGGUUGUUUUAGAGGAAGUUAUUCCCCCGACGUUCAUUAGGAAAUUGACAAACGUCCAAACACUGAUGGGUUCAGUGGUGAGGAUGGAGUGCAGAGUGGCCGGUUCGCUGCCGAUAUCAGUCGAAUGGACAAAAGGACGUGAAAAGAUAACCAAGAGCUCCAAAUAUGAACUUUUGCACACUGAGAACAGCGUCUCACUGGAGUUCAAGCUGAGUGAGAGCGCUGAUACAGGAGAGUAUUCCUGCAAAGUUUCCAACAAAGCAGGCAGCUGUGUGUGCAGUGGAGUCCUCACAGCUAAAGUGCCACCGAGAUUCGUGUCUGAGCCCGAGUCUCAGGCUGUCGCUCUGAAGUCUGAUGUGCUCUUCAAAAGUGUCUUUGAAGGAACGCCUCCCUUUAUUGUGAAAUGGUUCAAGGCUGACAGCGAGCUCAUCACAGGACCAUCAUGUACCAUACAGCUGGAGGAAUAUUCCUCCUCUGUCAAGCUCCACUCAGUCGGGGCGCUGCAGAGUGGAAUUUAUUCUUGCCAAGUCAGCAAUGAAGCCGGCGCUGUGAAAAGUGCGGGAGAGUUAUUGGUGAAAGAGCCCCCUCAGUUUGUCCUGAAACUCCCUCCCACUACCUUUGUGAAGCAGUGUGAGGGACACCGCUUUGAAUGCAAAGCCACCGCCUCACACUCCCUCAAUAUGUGCUGGUACAAAAAUGACCAAAAGAUAACUGACGGAGACAACUAUAAAGUAAUGUUUGUUGACUCGACUGCGUACCUGCAGCUGCACAGCACCAGGUUUGAGGAUAACGGCGUCUACACCUGUGAGGCUCAUAACGAUGCUGGCAGUGUGAGCUGCAGCACCGUGCUCACAGUCCAAGAGGCCCCAUCCUUUACUAAAACACCUAGUCCAGUGGAGGGCAUUAAAGGGAAAGAUGCCAGCCUGCACUGCGAAGUGUAUGGCACUCCACCUUUCCAGGUGAACUGGUACAAAGACAAAAGGCCACUGAAGGAGAGUAGGAAGUAUAAGAUGGUCAGUGAGGGCAGCUCUGCCACCCUUCACCUGAUGAAACUGGAGCAAGAUGACGCUGGCCUUUACGAGUGCAGAGUGUCAAACAAUGUAGGGAGCGGAAGCUGUCGCACCACCGUUAGCCUGAAGGAACAACCAGCGUUCAUCAAGAAACUGGUGGACCAGUCUGUGACCGUCGGUCAGCAGCUGACAAUGACGGCUACGGUCCGAGGCUCGGAGCCUUUGACCGUGUCCUGGGUUCAGGACAAGGACCACAUCCUCAGAGACGGGGACAACAGGAAGAUCACCUUUGAAAAUAACGUGGUCACUCUUGUCGUGCCAAAGGCCGACUCGACCACAGCUGGUAAAUACACCUGCCAGCUGAGGAACGACUCCGGAGUGGUGGAGUCCGUCUCCCAAGUCACUGUUCUAGAGCCCGCAGCAAUCGUGGAUAGCCCUGAGUCCCUGAACGUGAAGUCGGGAGAAAACGCAGCUCUUGAAGUUACAGUCUCUGGUUCACCAGAACUGAAAAUUAAAUGGUUUAAGGAUAACAAGGCACUCUCUGCUGGUGCCAAGUAUCAGACGUCCUUUACAAAGAAGGUGGCCACGCUGAAGAUUCGCUCCGCAGAUAAAGCAGACGCUGGAGAAUACAAGCUCGAGGUCACAAACCAUGUCGGUACAGCCUCUUGCAAAACUAAUCUCUCUGUCUCAGAUAAGUUGAUUCCCCCGAGCUUCAUCAGGAAGCUGAGAGACACCCACCUUGUUGUGGGUAAGCCCGGUGAGAUGGAGUGUAAGGUCACUGGCUCUGCUCCUUUAACAACAUCCUGGUUCCACAAUGGCCAGGAGAUCAAGAGUGGGCCGAACUAUGACAUUAGCUGCACUGAGAAUACCUGGAAACUGAGAGUCCCAACAAUCAAGAUGACAGAUUCUGGCAAAUACACAUGUAAAGCUGUGAACGCAGCAGGAGCCAGUGAGACGAGUGCUUCCAUGAACGUGACAGAACCUCCAUCUUUCUUGGAAACACCUGAAGAGAAGGAAACGUUGCCUGGCAAAAAUGUGUCUUUCUCAGCUAAAGUGAAAGGCAGCGCCCCCCUGAAGGUGAAAUGGUUCAGGGGAGCCAAAGAAAUGCAGCACGGACGGGGCUGCGAGAUCGUCCUGAAGAGCGACGUCGCCACUUUGGUGCUUCACAAAGUGGAGAAGUCCCACGCAGGAGAGUACACCUGCCAGGUCAUUAACGACGCAGGGAAGGAGAGCUGCCCUGUGAACCUGGUGGUCAAAGAGCCGGUCCACUUUGUGAAGAAGCUGAGGGACAUUUCCACCGAACAGGGGAAGUCUCUGAGGCUGGAGGUCACAUUCGCUGGGACCCCCACUGUAAACGUGGCCUGGAAGAAGGAUGGUAAACCCAUCUGGGCCUCUUAUCAGUACAAUGUGAUCACUACUGACACCUCCUGCAUCCUGGAGGUUCUUAACUCUGACAGGAUGGAGGCGGCUGGUAAAUACUCUUGUGAAGUAGACAACGGAGUGGGAAGUGACCGAUGUGAAGCUAAAGUGUCCAUUCUAGAACGACCAUACUUUGUUGAAAAGAUGGAGCCGGUGGAGCUAACAGUUGGGGAAUCGGUUACCCUGAAAUGCCGUAUUUCAGGAACUCCAGACAUCUCUGUCUCUUGGUUUAAAGCUGAUGGAAAGCUGCGCAAGUCCAACAAUUGCUCAAUGGACUUCACAAACGGCGUCGCCACUUUGAGACUAACCAACACGACCAAGUUCGAUCACGGCGAAUACGUCUGCAAGGCGGAGAACCGGGUCGGCUCGGCCUCUGCCAGCUGUAAAGUGAUGCUGACAGAACCUGUGCGCUUCGUCAAGAAGCUGGAAGACACUGCUUUCACAGUGGGUCAGCCACUGAAACUAGCCUGCACGUACACCGGCAGCCAGAGGGUCUACGUCACGUGGAAAAAGGACGGGAAGCUGAUCUGGGCCUCCUAUCAGUAUAAUGUUAGAACCACCGACUCUACCUGCAUCCUCGACGUCCUUAACAGCGACCGGCCUGAAGCAGCUGGAACGUACACUUGCGAAAUUUCCAACAGCUCUGGAACCGACGUGUGCCACGCUUGUGUCACUCUAGAACCGGCUCGCUUCGUUAAAAAGCUGGAAGACACUUAUUUCAGACUCCGCGAGCCUUUGACCCUCAAGUGCACCUACAUUGGAAGCCAGAAAAUCGACGUGACCUGGAAGAAGGAUGGCAAACUCAUCUGGGCGUCGUAUAAGUACAACGUAAAGACCACUAGUGACACCUGCGUCCUGGAGGUCCUCAACAGUGACCGAAUAGAGGCUGUUGGAAAGUACACAUGUGAAGUUUCUAAUUCUGGGGGAAGAGACAUCUGCCACGCUAUGCUCAUUGAUCUCUCAGAACCAGUUCGCUUUGUGAGAAAAUUGAGAAACACCUUCUAUAAAAUUGGCCGCCCUCUAACGCUGGAGUGCUCGUUCACCGGCAGCCAGAGGAUUUACGUCAGCUGGAUGAAGGACGGCAAACCCAUCUGGGCGUCAUACAAAUACAACGUUAAAACCACUGACUUCUCCAGCACCCUGGACGUCCUCAACAGUGACCGGCGGGAAGCUGUCGGGAAAUACUCUUGCGAGAUUUCCAACUCAGAGGGCACUGAUAUCUGCCAUGCAAUGGUUAAGAUAGAACCUGUGCGCUUUGUGACCAAGCUCAAGGAUAUGACCUUUAGGGUGGGCCAGCCUCUGAGGCUCCAGGUCACCUACACGGGCAGCCAGCACGUGUAUGUGAGCUGGACCAAAGACGGUAAACCCAUCUGGGCCUCCUACAAGUACAACGUGAAGACCACAGACAGCUCCUGUGUCUUAGAAGUUCUCAACAGUGACAGAGAAGAGGCUGCUGGGAAAUAUUCCUGUGAAAUCUCGAACGCUAGCAGCUCGGCUAUCUGUGAGGCUCAUGUCAGACUAGGUAACUAACCCGUACGGUUUGUCAAGAAACUGGAGGACGUCUCCCACGAGCUGGGUAAAGCUCUGCGGCUGGAGUGUACGUACGCCGGUAGCCAGAGGGUUAACGUGACUUGGAAGAAGGACGACAAGCUGAUCUGGGCUUCUUACCAGUACAACGUCAAAACCACCGACUCCUCCUGCGUCCUGGAGGUCCUCAACAACGACAGAGCCGCCUCAGCCGGAAAAUACACUUGCGAAAUUUCCAACGCUGCAGGAACCGACACCUGCCACGCUCAUGUUAAAAUAGGAACAGAGCGCAAAGUCCCUCCAAACUUCACCAAGAAGCCCUCCGAGUCCAUGAUGGAUUCUGUGGGUAAAAUGGUGAAGAUGGAGGGUCGGGUGUCCGGCUCCCAACCGCUGAAUGUCACCUGGUACAAGGACAACAAUGAAAUCUACAGUUCUGACAAAUACGACGUCAGUUUCAAGAACAACGUGGCCGUGCUGAGUGUCAGAGACUCCACCACCUCUGACGGCGGGGUUUACACCUGCACAGCAGCCAACGAUGCCGGCCAGACUUCAUGCAGAGUUUCUCUCACCAUCUCAGAAACCGGACAGGCUCCAAAGUUCGACACCCCUCUGGGGCCGGUGUCUGUGAGUGAGGGCGACAAGCUGAGCCUCAAAUGCCACGUGAUUGGCUCCCCUACUCUAAACAUCCAGUGGAUGAAGGACAGGAGAGAGCUGAAGUCCAGCGGGAACACGAAAAUCACAUUUGUUGGCGGGACGCCUUGUCUGGAGGUCAGCGCAGUGUCGAAGAGUGACGCGGGGGAUUACCUCUGCAAGGCCAGCAAUGCCACCGGCACUGACUUCUGCAAGUCCAGAGUCACUGUGACAGAUAAAGGAGUGAAGGCAGCCCCUGCCGAGGCCGCCCCCGCCCCCGCCGCAGCUGCUCCGGUCAAAAGACUCGACAACCUUUUCUUCAUCGAGGAACCCCAAAACGUUUCCGUCACAGAGAAGGGCACCGCCACCUUCAUUGCCAAAAUCGGAGGCGACCCGAUCCCCAGCGUGAAGUGGAUGAAGGGCAAGUGGAGGCAGAUGACCCCCGGUGGUCGUAUCUCCAUGGAGCACAAGGGCCAGGACGCCAAGAUGGAGAUCAAAGAGGUGACCAAAUCUGACUCGGGCGUCUACAGGUGCGUCGCCACCAACAAACACGGAGAGAUCGAGUGCAGCGCCGAGAUUGAGGUCACCAAGAAGGAGGUGAAAGAAGGAAUGGGAGACAUAAGGACGAUGCUGAGGAAGACUCCCUCAAAGCAGAAAAGUCCAAAGAAAGACGAAGACAUCGAUAUCGUGGACCUGCUCAGAGGUCACGACCCCAAAGAAUACGAGAGGAUCCUGACUGAGCACAACAUCCACGACUACCGCGCCAUCCUGCAGGCCGUCGAGUUCCUGAAGAAGGAGAAGGAGAUGCAGACCGGGAAAGUGGAGGUGGAGCACGGCGGCCGGGUUCAGGAGGAGGACAUGGCCCGACUCAUCGAGCAGCUGGAGGGACGCGUCGGCACUGAGCCUGUCUCCGUGACGGAGGACAUCAGCGACCAGACAGUGCCCGAGAGUCAGAGCGCCACCUUCGAGUGUCAGAUCCGGAUCAACUACCCGGAGAUCACGCUCACCUGGUACAAAGGCACGCAGAAACUGGACUCCAGCGACAAGUAUGACAUCAGCAGCGUGGGUGAGCGCCACUACCUGAGGAUCAAGAAGUGCCAGAGCAAAGACCAGGGCACCUACCGUGUGGUGUGCGGCCCUCACAUCUCCAACGCCAAGCUCACCGUCACAGACGUUAACUGUGUUAACCGUCUGCUUUUAGCCGAACAAAUUCAAUUCACUAAACGCAUCCGAAGCAUCGAGGUGAACGAGCGGCCCUGCGCCACCUUCGAGUGCGAGUUGUCCUUCGACCACGCCACCGUCACGUGGUACAAAGAUUCGUGGGAGCUCAGAGAGAGCGCCAAAUAUAACUUCAGCACAGACGGCAGGCGCCACUUUAUGACCAUCCGUAACGUGACGGCGGAGGACGAAGGCGUUUACUCUGUGAUUGCUCGUGUGGAGCCGAUGGGAGAAGCUCGCAGCACCGCGGAGCUCUACCUGUCGGGGAAAGUUACUGAAGUUGUGUUUGUGUCUGAACCUUCAGACGUCCCCGACUCGUCCGUUCACGUUCCAGAAGCAGCUUCUGUGUUUGUUCGAGAUUCGUCCGAAUUUUAUCACUACGAAGAAAGAACCGAAGUGAAAGCUUUCAAAAGUGUGAUGGUGGAAGAAGAGACGCUUUCUGUGCGCUACUCCUCUGUCACAGAAGAGAAAAAGCCAGUUGGAGAGAUAAUUGAGAGGACUCAUGUGGAGACGAGAGAAGUCGUCCCUGAAGAACCUUCAGUUUACACCAAACCAGAACCUGAACAAGAGAAAGUGAGCGUUCCCAGAAAGGUCCCUCCUGAGCCACAAAGGGUUCCCCCAGAGCCUAAAGUGGCGCCUCAGAAACCGGUGGCACCUGAGCCGAAAGAACCCAAAGUGAAGCUCGAACCCGAAGCACCGAAAGUUGAACCUGCAAAGAAAACCCCUGAAGCCCCUAAAGCAGCGAGAGUGCAAGAUGUUCCCAGACCAGAGGAACCUGCAGUGCGAUCGUCGGUGCCUCAGGUGACUCCACCUGAGGCCGAAGUGGUUCCAACUAAAGUGGUCUCAGAACCAAAGACAUCUGAAGCUCCAAGAAAGCCACAUCUGCUGGCUGGAAAACCGCAGCCAGAAGCACCGAGGUUUGUCCCUGAAACAAAACCAGAAGAACCCAAGAGGAUUCUGGAAGAAACCAAGAAGGCUGCUGAGGUGCCAAAGAAGGUUCCAGAAGAAUCAAGAGAAUAUCCGGAAGAACCAAAAAAGGUUGUGGAAGAAAGAAAGAGGGUUCCAGAGGCCCCGGUAAACGUUCCAGAAGAACCAAAGAAGAUUGUGGAAGAAAGAAAGAGGAUUCCUGAAGCUCCAAAGAAGGCACCUCCAGCACCCAAAAUGGUUGCUGAACCACAACUAGAGCCAAAGAAAACUCCAGAGGAACCAGUGUCCCGAGAUGUGGAAACACCAAAGCAAACUCUUCUGGCUAAAAAGCCUCAGCAACAAGUUCCAUUGAAGACUGAUCUUAAGCAAACAUCAGCAGUGCUUGAAGACAACAGAGCUGCGUCCCUACAGAAGGCUCGUGGAGAGAGGACUUCUCAGUCAGAAGAAGUCGGACGAGUCAGGACAUUUGAAAGGGAAGUGGAGGUCAGGGAAUCGAUUGUGAGAGAUGAAAGAUCUUUUAAAAGGGAGGUAAGACAACAUCUUGCAAAAGAAGAGGAAGAGGUUUCUUUAUGGUACCAUAGCGGUCACCUGGUUGGAGAUAGUGAGUCACUGGAGGACACUGAAACUUAUGAAGAAAAAGAACUUCCAGAGUACAAAACAGAAGACUGGAGAGAAGAAAUAUCUCUGAGGUCUUCCUAUCCACCUCUAAAGGAAGAUGAACUUGAAAUUACUCAGCCUUCAAAGAAAGACACAUCCCAAAAAGAGGUACUGGCCUUCAAGAAAACUCCUCAAGAAAAGAAACUUGUUGAUGCUGACAUUCCUUCAGCCUAUACUGAGCAGAAAGAAUCGCCCAAGCUGAAGAGUAAACUCACCAGAGUACCAAAAGAGAAGGAACCAGAACCAGAACCAGAGGUCAUUAAGCUGAAGAAGGUUCCAGUGAAACCUCCAGAGCCUGAGAAAGAAAUCAUAACUCAUAAAGCUGAAGUGAAGAGACGUCAAGAUUUAGAAUUAACUGUACAUGGACUUCAUGACAGAGAAGAUAAAGAGAUAAUAACACUGGGAAGAAUUGAGCGAAUCUUCACUGCAGAGGAGCACACUGCUCAGUUAGGAUACUUUGAGGAAGUUGAAAAGGUUGUAGUUGUACAGAAAGCAGAGGAAGAAGGAUGGACGAUAACCCAAAAACCACAGAAAGAGGAAGAACCUGAGGGGCCCAAGAUAGAGAAGAAAAAGAUAACUAAACUGCCAAAAACAGAGGAGGAGAAAGACUCCGUCAAACUGAAACCAUUUGAAAAAUCAGGGAAACCAGAAGAAGAACCACAGAAGAUCAAACUAAAAAAGGUGCCCACUAAGCCUAAAGAGCCUGAGAAGGAGGUGAUAACGCAGAGAGUCGAAGUUACGAGACAUUAUGAUACAGAACUGACCAUUCAGAAGCUUCACGAUAGAGAGGAUCGAGAGUUAAUGACACUUGGAAGAACUGAGCGAGUGUUCACUGCAGCUGAACAGGAGGAGGAGCAGGAAGUGGUAACACUGAAACCAUUUGAGAAACCUGAGAAACCCAAAGCAGCUGAACCUCCAAAAGCUCAGAAAGAAGGUGAGGCAAAGACAGAUACUGAACGCACACCAUUCAAGAGAGCUGAGACUCCACAGAGAGAUCGACCCUCUGCUGCUGUAAAACACAGAGAAGAUGAAGAUGUUCCACUGAGGAGUCGAGACGAAACUCCUGACGUCAGCAAAGACCAGAAAGAGAUCCCACACAGGGAAAAAGUUCAUCAGGUAACAAGACUUGAAAGAACUGAAGGAGUAUUCGCUGCAGAAGAGAAAACAAUUCAGUUUGAACCUGAAAAGGUUCCUAAAAAGAUGGAGUCUCCAAGGGAAGAAAUCACAAAGCCUUCUAAAGAACGUGUCCCAGCAAGAUCUAUACCAGCAAGUAGGGAAGUGUCCCCUCCAGUUCCUUCACCUGAGGAAAGGGUCUGUAUUCAAGAAGAAAUUACACCACCAAAAGAAACUGUUGUUCCUCCAAAAAAGAUUGCUCCAACACUUCCCAAAGCUAUUCUUGCUCCUGAAGAAACCCAGAAACCAAUCCCUACAGCAAAGGGAGCUACCACUAAAGUUCCACCACAGAAGAAACAUCUUCCUCCUGAAGAAGGAGAUCUUCCUUCCAAGAAACCUGCUUCCACCCCUGAGGUGGAUUCUUAUGAGGAAGCUAGAACAGCAGCAGUGAAACCUCCACCAACGAGAGAAGGUGACAAGAAAACGAAGAAGGGAACACAGGAGAUUGAACAACGAACUCUUCAGAAAGUUUCACCUCCAGAGGAGAAGAAACCCUCUGCUCCACAGCCGUCACCUCCUGCUCCUCCUGUAGCCAGAGCUGCUGCUCCUCCUGCAGUAUCUCCUCCAGAGGAGAAGAAACCCUCUGCAGCAGCACCAAAGCCUUCAGCUCCUGCUGUUCCUGCUGUUCCUGCUGCUCCUUCUGCUCCUACACAGAAAGUUGCUCCUCCUGCAGCUCAAGUUGAAGCAGUGAAGAAACCGUCUCCGGCUGAACCCUCUUCUGUCUCAGAGGAAUUCUAUCCUCCUGAAGUGACAUCACUUAAGCAAAAGGGUAAGAUCCCAGUUCAGGAGGCAAAAACCCCCGAAUCGCCCAAGCUGAAGAGUAAACUCACCAGAGUACCAAAAGAGAAGGAACCAGAACCAGAACCAGAGGUCAUUAAGCUGAAGAAGGUUCCAGUGAAACUUCCAGAGCCUGAGAAAGAAAUCAUAACUCAUAAAGCUGAAAUGACAAGACGUCAAGAUGUAGAACUAAUGGUUCACGGACUUCAUGACAGAGAAGACAAAGAGAUUAUAACACUGGGAAGAACUGAGCGAAUCUUCACUGCAGAGGAGCACACUGCUCAGUUAGGAUACUUUGAGGAAGUUGAAAAGGUUGUAGUUGUACAGAAAGCAGAGAAAGAAGGAUGGACGAGAACCCAGAAACCACAGAAAGAGGAAGAACCUGAGGGGCCCAAGAUUGAGAAGAAAAAAAUAACUAAACUACCAAAAACGGAGGAGGAGAAAGACUCCGUCAAACUGAAACCAUUUGAAAAAUCAGGGAAACCAGAAGAAGAACCACAGAAGAUCAAACUAAAAAAGGUGCCCACUAAGCCUAAAGAGCCUGAGAAGGAGGUGAUAACGCAGAGAGUCGAAGUUACGAGACAUUAUGAUACAGAACUGACAAUUCAGAAGCUUCACGAUAGAGAGGAUCGAGAGUUAAUGACACUUGGAAGAACAGAGCGAGUGUUCACUGCAGCUGAACAGAAAGAGGAGGAGCAGGAAGUGGUAACACUGAAACCAUUUGAGAAACCUGAGAAACCCAAAGCAGCUGAACCUCCAAAAGCUCAGAAAGAAGGUGAGGCAAAGACAGAUACUGAACGCACACCGUUCAAGAGAGCUGAGACUCCACAGAGAGAUCGACCCUCUGCUGCUGUAAAACACAGAGAAGAUGAAGAUGUUCCAUUGAGGAGUCUAGAGGAAACUCCUGACGUCAGUAAAGACCAGAAAGAGAUCCCACACAGGGAAAAGCUGGCCCAGGUACCCAAAGAUGAGGAACCUACAGCUGGCGACAAGCUGCGGGGAAAACCUAAAAUAAUUUCCACACCAGAGAAAGAGAAGGAGCAGGUCAUGUUGAAGCCUUUCACCAAAGUUUCCAAGCCUGAAGAAAAGGCAAAGAAACCAUCUGAGGCAGAGAAGACAAAGCCUGUGGACACAAAGGUACCCAGCCGAACUCCUAGAGAUGAAACUACUAAAGAGUUGAAGGAACAGCAGCUGAGGAAAGUUGAAAAGACUGCAACACCUAAAAAAGAGGACGAGAAACCUUCAAAGAAAGAGGAGCAAGCUGUUCCACCAGGAAAGAAAGAAGAAAUCCCACAAAAACAAGCUGACAUCUUGAAGAAAGGUGUUGAACUCAAAAAGACUCCUUCACCCAGAGUGGGCAAAGACAGGGUGGAAGAAGAAAAGCCCCUAAAACCGAUUGAACAACUUAAGAAAGUUGAGCUAAAAAAGACGACGUCACCAAAAGUUGAAAAGCCAAAAGCUAAAGAACUGGAGCAGGUUCCCAUCGAGAAGAAGCUGAGUGCUGGGAAAGUAAAACAGACUCCCAAAACAGUUUCACCACAAGACUCUGUCGAAGCAGUGACUCUCAAAAAGGUUCCAAAGAAGCCGUCACCCGAGGAGGUCCCAGAGCCAGAAAAGCCCGCCAGAGGCCGGAUCCCCCUGGUAAAGGAGGUCUCUCCUGGAGCCGUGCAGAUGCAGAAGGUGCCCACCCAGCCAGAAGAGGAGGUGUUCGCAGAAGAAGUUGAAGAAGCAGGAGGCGAGGAGGAAGAGGAGGCCUGGGGCUGGGAGCUGGUUCCCUCCGAUGACUGGGCAGGUGAAGGGGUUGACGGGGCGCUGGAGACUCCAGGCAUGCCCGGUGCCAAACGAGAUGGAAAACCCUCGGAAGAGGCAGCAAAGGGCCGAGGCAGAGGAUUUGGGGCGAGACAAACUCCAUCUCCUGGUGACGGUGGCAGGGGCCGUGGCCUGAGGCCCGGCGGGAAAGGCCCGUCACCACCGGAGGAACCCUUCGGAGGAUUCAAGCUCAAAGCCGUCCCCCUGAAGUUCGUCAAGAAGAUCCAGGACAUCGUGUUGCAGGAGGCCGAGUCUAUCGGCUCGUCUGCCGUGUUCGAGUGUGAGAUCUCUCCCUCCACCGCCAUCACCACAUGGAUGAAAGACGGCAGCAACCUGCGUGAAGGCCCCAAACACAAAUUCACAGCUGAUGGCAAAGAUCGCAAGUUGCACAUUAUUGAUGUGCAGCUUUCAGACACCGGUGAAUACACCUGUGUGGGCAAGAAUGCCGGCAAGGAAAUCACAUGCACAGCCAAGCUCGUCGUUGAAGAGCUUCCUGUGAAAUGGGUGAAAGAACUGGAGCCAGAGACAUCGUGCAUCAAGAGUCAGCCCAUGUAUCUGACCUGUGAGCUGAACAAAGAGAGAGAGGUCAUCUGGAAGCGUAAUGGCACCCGCCUGAAGAACAAGGCUGGGAAAGUGGCCAUUAACAUCAUUGGUCUGCAGCAUGCUGUGACCAUCCAGAACACCACUGACGAAGAUGGUGGCGCCUACACUUGUGAGGUGGAAGGACAGGAAGACGUCAAGACGACAACUAAUGUCAAAGUGAUUGAAAUCAUCAAAGACUGGCUGGUGAAGCCUCUGAGAGACCAGCAUGUGAAACCGAAGGCCAAGGCCACGUUCAAAUGUGAGCUGUUCAAGGACACUCCCAACUGGAAGUGGUUCAAAGGAGAGAAUGAGCUCGCUCCUUCUGACAAGGUGGAGAUCAACAAGGACGGACAGGAUAUGACGCUCACCAUCAACAACUGCCAGCCCGACGACGUAUCCGACUACACCAUCCAGGUGGAGGAUCGCAGAUACACGGCCAAACUCACGCUGGGAGAGCGCGAGGCCGAGAUCCUGAAGCCUCUCGCCAGCGUUGAGGUGGUCGAGAAGGAGGAAGCCAACUUUGACACUGAAAUAUCUGAGGAUGAUGUAGCCGGGGAAUGGAAACUGAGGGGCCAGGUGCUGCUGAGGUCUCCGACGUGCGACAUUAAAACUGAAGGCAGGAAACGUUUCCUGACGCUGAAGAACGUGCAGCUGGAUCAGGCCGGGGAAGUGUCCUACCAGGCGCUGAACGCCAACACCAGCGCCAUGCUCACCGUCAAAGAGAUCGAGAUGGGCUUUGUUGAGCCGCUGAAGGAUGUUUCUGUGCCUGAAAAGAAACAGGCUAAGUUUGAAUGCACCGUCACCAAGGAGGUGUCAAAGGUCAUGUGGUUCAGGGGGGCGGAGAUCGUCACCCCGAGCCCUAAAUAUGAAAUAAUUGAUGACGGAAAGAAACACAUGCUGAUCAUAAACAGCUGUGAGUUUGACGACGAGGCUCAGUUCACCAUCGAAGUGCUGGGUCAGAAAUCUUCUGCCCAGCUGGCGGUAGAAGGCAUGAGGCUGAAAUUUGUGACGCAGCUCAUGGACCAAACAGUGAAAGAAGGUAAAACAGCUCGGUUUGAGCUGGAACUGACGCACGACAACGUGCCCGUGGUUUGGUACCGAAAUGAAGUGAAGCUCCAUGUGAGCCGCACAGUGAUCACACAUGUGGAAGGAAAGAAACACACUCUAGAAAUGAGGACGUUGACUCUAGAUGAUACCUGCCAGAUAAAGGCAGAGGCCAAAGGAAUUUACUCCAUGGCAAAACUGACCGUCAUAGAGGGCGACGCUGUCUUUGUGGUGAAGCUGCAGGACUACACGGCCACAGAGAAAGACGAGGUGACUCUGGACUGUGAACUGAGCAAAGACGUGCCGGUCAUGUGGUACCGUGACGAGAAGGAAAUUAUCGCCUCUAAGAUGGUGGUGAUGAAGACAGAGGGCACGCGCAGGUCUCUGGUCCUGAAGAAAGUGGAGCAGAGCGAUAAGGGGAAAUAUGUAUGUGACUGUGGAACAGACAAAACCUCGGCCAACAUCAACAUCGAAGCUCGUGACAUCAAGGUGGUUCGGCCAAUUUAUGGCGUGGAGCUGUUUGAUGGAGAGACGGCUCGUUUCGAGGUGGAGAUCUCUGAGGAAGACGUCCACGGCCAGUGGAAACUGAACGGAGAAGUCCUGAGUCCUUCUUCUGAUGUUGACAUCAUCGAGGAGGGUGGCAAACACACACUUAUCCUGUACAACUGUAAGGUGUCCAUGACCGGCGAGGUGGCGUACGCCGCCGCCAAUGCCAAGUGUGCCGCUAACCUGAAGGUCAAAGAACUUCCUCUGAACUUCCUCACACCGCUGAGUGAUGUUCAGGUGUACGAGAAGGACGAGGCGAGGUUCGAGGUGGAGCUGUCCAGAGCCCCCAAGAGUUUCCGCUGGCUGAAGGGUUCUCAGGAGCUGCAGAGCGAUGACAAGUACGAGAUGAUGCAGGAAGGAAACAUGUUCCUUCUGCUGAUCCGGUCCGCCGCCUAUGACGACGAGGCCAAGUACAUGUUUGAAGCCGAGGACAAGAGGACGACCGGCAAACUCGUCAUCCAGGGUAUUCGCCUGGAGUUUGCCAAACCGAUUAAGGAUGUGACAGUGAAGGAACGCGAAACAGCAGAGUUCAGUGUAGAACUCUCUCACGAUAAGAUCUCGGUGGUCUGGUACAAAAACGACGUGCACCUCCAUCCCAGCAAGGUGGUGCACAUGACCGAUCACGGAAAGGUCCACACACUGGCCUUCAAGGAGGUUACCAUCGACGACACCUCUAUGAUCAAAGUGGAGGCCAUGGACAAGAGCAUGACUGCCAUGCUCACCGUGCUCGAGGGCGAUCUGUAUUUUACCACCAAGCUGCAGAACUACACGGCUGUGGAGAAGGACGAGGUGAAGCUGGUCUGUGAACUGAGCAAAUCCAUCGCUGACGUCAAAUGGUUCAAGGACGGGAAGGAGAUCACUCCCUCCAAAAACAUCGCCAUCAGCACGGACGGCAAGAAGCGCAUCCUGUUGGUCAGGAAGGCGGAGAAGGCCAACAUUGGAGAGUACACCUGUGACUGUGGCUCAGACAAGACUACAGCCAACCUCAACAUUGAAGAGCGCGACAUCAAGGUGAUCCGUCCGCUCUACAGCGUGGAGGUCACAGAGACAGAAACAGCCAAGUUUGAGACGGAAAUUUCAGAAGGAGACGUCCAUGGAAACUGGAAACUGAAGGGAGAAGCUCUGCACCAGAGUCCUGAUGUUGAGAUUAAGGAGGAAGGAACCAAACACAUGUUGAUCCUGUAUAACGUGCGUCUGGACAUGGCCGGGGGUGUCGACUUCUCCGCAGCCAACGCCAAAUCCAACGCUCAGCUCCGGGUCAAAGCUCGCUCUAUCGGGCUGCUGCGCCCGCUGACCGACGUGACGGUGACGGCCGGAGAGUCCGCCACCUUUGAGUGCGAGCUGUCGUACGAAGGCAUCGAGGUGUCCUGGUUCCUGGGGGGACAGAGGAUGGAGGCCAGCGACCGGGUGAAGACUCGUGUGGUGGGACGUGUCCACGCUCUGACCGUCAGAGACGUGAAGCUGUCGGAGGCCGGCGAGGUCAAACUCACCUCCAAAGACUUCCUGACGCAGGCUCAGCUCAUCGUCAGACAGCCGCCGGUGGAGUUCACAAAGCCUCUGGAGGACCAGGCAGUGGAGGAGGAGGCUACGGCCACGCUGGAGUGCGAGGUGUCCCGGGAGAAUGCAGAGGUGCGCUGGUUCAGAGAGGGACAGGAGCUGAGGAAGACCAAGAAGAACGACUUCGUCAUCGACGGAUGCAAGCGAGCGCUCAUCCUCCACGACUGCUCCCCGGACGACGCCAAGAUGUACACAUGUGACGCCGUGGAGUUCAAGACUUCCUGUUUCCUGGAGGUCAUACCUCCUCAUGUGGAGUUCACGAAGCCUCUGCAGGAUGUCGAGGUCAAAGAGAAAGAAUCUGCCAAGUUUGAAUGUGAAGUGUCCCGCGAGACAGCCAAGGUUCGCUGGUUUAAGGACGGCAGUGAGAUCAGGAAAGGAAAGAAGUACGAGAUCGUGGCGAAGGGCGUCCAGAGGAUCCUCAUCGUCCACAAGUCCGUGUUCGACGAUGAGGCCGAGUACGAGUGCGACGCCAGGACCUCCAAGUCCUCUGGCAUGCUCACCGUCAUCGAGGAGGCCGCCAGGUUCACCAAGAACCUGUCCAAUGUGGAGGGGACGGAAACAGACAGCGUGAAGAUGAUCUGCGAGGUGUCCAAAGCCAACGCAGAGGUCACGUGGUACCGUGGAGACGAGGAGCUGCCGGAGGGCGGUCGCUACGAGCAGAUCACAGACGGACGCAAGAGGAUCCUGAUCAUCCAGGACCUGAGGAUGGAGGACGCUGGCGAAUACAACUGCAGGCUGAGUCCCACCGUCAAGACGUCCGCCAUGCUCAAACUCAGCGAACUGGCUGCCGAGUUCAUCGCACGUCCUCAGAACCAGGAGGCGGUGGAGGGCGAGAAGGCCGAAUUCGCCUGCUCCGUCUCAAAGGAAACCUACGAGGUGAAAUGGUUCAGAGGAGACAAGGAGGUGGAAACCGGGGACAAGUAUACCAUCGUCAGUGAGGGAAAGAGAAGAGCUCUUAUUGUGAAAAGCUGCGAGCUUAAGGAUGAAGGAGGCUACGUUGCUCACAUCGGCAGCGUCAGAGCCUCCGCCGACCUGUAUGUGAUAGAGAAACUGAGGAUCAUCACGCCGAUUAAAGACACGGAGGUGAAAGAGGGAAGUGAGAUUGUGUUCAACUGUGAGACGAACACGGAGGGAGCGAAGGCCAAGUGGCUGAAGAACGAGGAGACAAUAUUUGAGAGCAGCAAGUACAUGAUGGCUCAGAGGGACAACGUCUUCUCCCUGAGGAUCAGAGAUGCCCAGAAGGCUGAUGAGGCCAGCUACACUGUCAUGCUGACCAAUCAGAGAGCAGAGCACGCAAAGAGCACCGCCAACGCCAAGGUGGCAGAGGAGAAGCUGAAGUUCUUGGAUCCCAUCGAGGAUGUGGAGACUCAGGAGAGGAAGACCAUCAGCUUCGUGUGUAAGGUGAACCGGCCCGAGGUGACGGUGAAGUGGAUGAAGGCCGGCCAGGAGGUGACGCUCAGCAAACGCAUCGUGUACAGAGCCGACGGCCUCAAACACACGCUGACCAUCAAGGACUGCCUGAUGGACGAUGAGGGCGAGUACACCGCUGUGGUCGGAGACGACAAGUGCGCAGCAGAGCUGAUCAUCAGCGAGGCGCCCACGGACUUCACGGCGCAGCUCAAAGACCAGACCAUCACUGAGUUUGAGGAUGCCGAGUUCACCUGCAAGCUGAGCAAAGAGAAGGCCGCGGUGAAGUGGUACAGGAACGGACGGGAGAUCAGAGAAGGACCCAGAUAUCACAUGGAUAAAGAAGGGAAGACGUGCAGACUGGUCAUCAAGGUGUGCAGACCGGAUGAUGAAUGUGAAUACGCCUGCGGGGUGGACGAGAGGAGGACCAGAGCCCGGCUCUUUGUUGAAGAGACUCCGGUGGAGAUUGUCAGACCUCCUCAGGAUGCGUUCGAACCACCGGGCUCCGACAUUGUGUUUGAGGUGGAGCUUAACAAGGACCGAGUGGAGGUGAAGUGGAUGAGGAACAACAUGAUCAUCGUUCAGGGAGACAAGUACCAGAUGAUCAGCGAGGGUAAAGUCCACAGACUGCAGGUCUGUGAGAUCAGACCUCGAGAUCAGGGAGAGUACAGGAUUGUGGCCAAAGACAAGGACGCCAGAGCCAAGCUGGAGCUGGCAGCUAUUCCAAAGAUCAAAACUACUGACCAGAAUCUGGUGACGGAUGCUGGUAAGCCCUUCGUCAUGAGCGUCCCGUACGAUGCCUACCCUCGUGCCGACGCUGAAUGGUUCUUCGGGGGCAGUGUUCUUCCCGUCCAGAACAUUGACACCUCCACCGACAGGACCGAAUUACGCCUGAAGAGCCCCAGCAAGGAGGACCAGGGCCGGUACAGGGUGGUGAUCAAGAACAAGCAUGGCGAGGGAGAGGCGUUCAUCAACCUGGACGUGAUCGACGUCCCCGGACCUGUCAAGAACCUGAGAGUGGCCGACACCGCCGAUGGUGAGGUCAGUUUGGCCUGGGAGGAGCCUGAGAGUGAUGGCGGAAGCAAGAUCAUCUCUUACGUGGUGGAGAGACGCGACGUGAAGCGUAAGACCUGGACGCUGGCUACAGACCGCGCCGAUACUCCGGAGUACUGUGUCAGCGGCCUCCAGAAGGACUCUUGGUACCUCUUCAGAGUCUGCGCCCGGAACAGAGUUGGCAGUGGACCCCUGGUGGCCACCGAGGACGCUGUUCAGGCCAAGAACAAGUUUGAUGUUCCCGAAGCUCCAGAGAAUGUUAACGUCGGUGUGGUGAAUAGGUACGGUGCCACCGUCCACUGGGAGCCUCCCAAGUCUGACGGCGGCUCUGAGAUCACCGCCUACGUGAUCGAGCUCCGUGACAGGACCUCCGUGAAGUGGGAGGCAGCCAUGGUGUGCGGCGCCAAUGACCGCUCCGCCACGCUGAACGACGUGGUAGAGAACAAGGAGUACAUCUUCAGAGUCAGAGCAGAGAACAAAGCCGGCAUCGGCAGGCCCAGCGCUGCCACCAAACCCGUCAAGAUCAUGGAUCCUAUUGAGAGACCGAGCCCGCCCCUGAACCUGAACUUCAGCGACCAGAUUAAGACGGCAGUCACGCUGACCUGGGAGACACCCAUCAGCAACGGUGGCAGCAUGAUCACUGGAUACAUCAUCCAGAAAUGUGACGAGGGCACCGACAAGUGGCUCCGCUGCAACGCCAGACUGUGUCCUGACUUGUCCUACCGGGUGUCUGGUCUGAAACCCGGUCAGAAGUACCUCUACAGAGUUUCUGCAGAGAAUGCUGCCGGGGUCUCCGAUCCAACUGAACAGCUUGGGCCACUGCUGGCUGACGACCCUCAUGUGGGUCCGACCUUCGACCUGAGCGGCUUCAGAAAUGGCCUGGAGGUGAUCGUCCCUCAGCCUCUCAUCAUCAGAGUCCCCAUCACAGGAUACCCGACGCCCACCCCCAAGUGGACCUUCGGAGAGAAGGAGCUGUCCACUGCUGACGAGCGUGUCUCCAUGGUGACGAAGCCCACGUUCACGGAGCUGACAGUCUCUCCGAGCGUCCGCCCGGACAAAGGCACCUACACCCUGCAGCUGGAGAACGACGUCGCAUCCAUCUCCGGAGAGAUCGACGUCAACGUCAUUGCAUGCCCCAGUGCACCGAAGGACUUCAAGGUGUCUGAGGUCACCCGACACCACGUCCACCUGAUGUGGGAAGCUCCAGAGCACGAUGGAGGAAGUCCAGUUACCCACUAUCAGAUCGAGAAGAGAGAAGUGUCUCGUAAGACCUGGGCCAAGGUGGCUACUGGCAUCAUGGACCUGGAGCACACAAUCACAGACGUGAUUGAAGGAAAGGAGUAUCUGUUCAGUGUCACCGCCUGCAACAAGUGUGGACCCGGAGAGCCGGCGUACAUUGACGAGCCCGUCAACGUCUCCUCUCCUGCCACUGUUCCCGAUCCUCCUGAGAACCUGAAGUGGCGUGAUAAGAGCGGCAAGACAAUCUUCUUGUCCUGGGAGCCUCCGAAGUACGACGGUGGUGAACCGAUCAAAGGAUACGUGGUGGACAAGUGUCAGCGUGGAACUGACAAGUGGGAGCCCUGCGGAGAACCAAUCCCCGAACUGAAGUUCCAGGUGACCGGCCUGAUCGAGGGCCAGUGGUACGCCUACAGAAUCAGAGCUUUCAACAAGCUGGGAGCCGGCAGACCGUGCAGGGCCACCGACGAGAUCCAGGCUGUGGAUGCCAGAGAGCCUCCAGAGAUCCAGCUGGAUGUUAAGCUGUUGGCUGGUCUGACAACCAGGGCCGGCACCAAGAUCGAGCUUCCAGCCGACGUCAAAGGAAAGCCCGAUCCCCGGGUGAAGUGGACCAAGGCCGACCUGGUCCUGCGGGGCGAUGACCGCAUUACCAUCGACACCCAGCCGGGACACUCCAAGCUGUCCAUUGGCAACACCACCAGAGGAGACACCGCCACCUACAUCAUUGAGGCUGUCAAUGCCUGCGGACGUGCCACUGCAACCGUUGAUGUCAACAUUCUUGAUAAACCGGGCCCUCCGGCUGCCUUCGACAUCUCUGAGAUCACUAAUGAGUCCUGCUUCCUGGCGUGGAACCCUCCCAGGGACGAUGGCGGCUCACCCAUCACCAACUACAUCGUGGAGAGUCGGCUGACGGACAAAGAGGAGUGGGUGAAGCUGUCGGCCACGGUGAAAUACACCACUUUCAAGGCCUGCAAGCUCACAGCUCUGAAGGAGUACGUCUUCAGGAUCAGCGCUGAGAACCAGUACGGUAUCGGCGAACCUGCAGAGCAUGUGCCGAUCAUUGCAAAGUAUUCCUUCGAUCCUCCUGGUCCUCCAACCAGAGUCACUCCCUCCGACAUUGCAAAGGACGCCGUGACUCUGACCUGGGUCGAGCCCGAUGAGGACGGUGGCAGUCCGAUCACCGGAUACUGGAUCGAGAAGUUCGAUCCAGAGAGCGACAAGUGGAUCAGAUGCAACAAGCUCCCCAUCAAGGAUUCAACCUUCAGGGUGAAGGGACUUCCCACCAAGAAGAAGUACCGCUUCCGUGUUCUGGCUGAGAAUCUGGCUGGACCUGGAAAACCGAGUGCAGAGACCGAUCCCGUCCUCAUCAAAGAUCCCAUUGAUCCUCCAUGGGCUCCUGGUAGACCUGUCAUCAGGGACGUUGGCAAGACCACCGCCCUGCUGGCAUGGACCAGGCCAGAGCACGAUGGUGGGGCAAAAAUCGAAGGCUACAUCAUUGAGUUCCAGAAGACCGGCAGCGAGGAAUGGAUCCGCAUCGCAGAGGACGUUCCUCAGACCGAGCACCAGCUGCAGGGCCUUAUGGAGAAGCAGGAGUAUUCGUUCAGGGUCAAGGCCGUCAACAAGGCCGGCGAGAGUGAACCCAGCGAGCCAAGUGAACCCGUGGUCUGCAAGGAAAGACUUUAUGCUCCAUCUGCUCCUCAGUGGCUGGAGGUGGCCAACAUCACAAAGAUAAACGCCGAUCUGAAGUGGCAGGCUCCCAGCAGCGACGGAGGCUCACCCAUCACCAACUAUGUGGUGGAGAAGAGGGACGUGAGGCGUAAAGCCUGGCAGGCCGUUGACACCACCGUCAAAGAGCUCAAGUACACGGUCACUCCUCUGAACGAGGGCUCGCUGUACGUGUUCCGUGUCGCUGCUGAGAACGCCGUGGGAAUGAGUGAGUUCUGCGAGCUGGAGGACGCUGUGCUCGCCAAAGACACUUUCACAACUCCUGGACCUCCUUACGCCCUGACGGUCAUGGAGGUUACCAAGAGACACGUGGAGCUGAAAUGGGAACCUCCCAAGAGCAACGGUGGAAGACCGAUAACCAAGUACGUGAUUGAGAAGAAAGAGAAGGUUGGAACUCGCUGGCUGAAGUGCUGCAAGACUCCAGACAGACAGUCUCAGUUCAAGGUGACGGAAGUGGAUGAAGGAUCUGAGGUGCAGUUCCAGGUCAGAGCCGAAAACGAGGCCGGAGUUGGAGAUCCAAGUGAACCCACUGAGAUUCUCACCAUCGAGGAUGCAACCAGUACUCCAUCGCCUCCUUUGGAAGUGGCGGUCCCCGACGCCAGCAGGGAGCACAUCAAUGUCACCUGGAAGCAUCCCACCAAAGAUGGCGGCAGCCCCAUCACUGGCUAUCACGUGGAGGUGGCUGAGGCCCGCCCUGAGCUGAAGUGGCUCAGGGUCAACACCAGACCCGUCAAGGAGCUCAAGUUCAGGAUUGAGGAUGGAAUAAAACCAGAGAAGAAGUACGUCAUCAGGAUCCGUGCCAUCAAUGCUAUUGGUGUCAGUGAUCCCUCUGAGAUCUCAGACAAGGUCUUCACCAAGGAUCCAGACUGCGCUCCGACCAUGGAUUUGGAGGCGCAGGACGUGGUGGUGGUUGAAGGUGAGAAGCUGCACCUGAAAAUCCCCUACAGAGCAAUCCCGACACCCAAGAUGGUUUGGAAGAAGGACACAGUGGAGUGUAAGGCAGACGACCGGCUCUCCAUGACAGUGGAGAUGAACAGCGCUCACCUGGAGCUGCUGAAGUGCACACGUGCCGAUGCCGGCGCCUAUGCCAUCACCCUGGAGAACAGUCUGGGAACCGCCACCGGAACCGUCAAUGUCAAAGUCAUCGGACUCCCUGGUAAGUGUAAAGACAUCACCUCCAGCGACGUCACCAAGAACUCCUGCAAGAUCAGCUGGGAAGCCCCAGAGGACGACGGCGGCACCCCCAUUGUCAGCUACACCCUGGAGCGCCGCGAGGCCUCCAAGAAGACCUACAUGCCCGCCAUGUCAGGAGAGAACGUGCUGACCUGCACCGUCAAAGACCUCUACCUCAACUGCGAGUACUACUUCAGAGUGAAGGCUGUCAACAAGGUCGGAGCUGGAGAAUAUCUGGAGCUGCGCAACCCGGUCAUCACUGAGGAAGUCAAACAGAAACCCGACCCACCCAUCCAGGUGGAAGCUCAGGACCCCACAUGCAAGUCCAUUACGGUCACCUGGAAGGCUCCGGACUACGACGGCGGCUGUCCGAUCCAGGGUUACAUCGUGGAGAAGAUGGAGAAGGAUGGCGACCGAUACGAGAAGGUCACCCCGAGCCUGGUCCCUGGUCUGUCCUUCGUGGUGACAGGCCUGACGGAGGAGACAGAGUACCAGUUCAGGGUCCGAGCUGAGAACGCCGCGGGAGUCAGCGAGCCGUCCCGCAGCACGCAGCUCAUGAAGGCUGCCGACCCCGUUGAAAAACCAAAGGUCACCCUCCAUGCCCGUGUGCAGUCCGGUCUGUGCAUUAAGAAGGGCGAGGAGAUCCGAAUCGACGCCUACAUCUCAGGCUCCCCGUAUCCCAAAGUCACCUGGCUGAGGAACAACGAGGAUGUCACCAAAGAGCCGAGCAAGAAGCUUGUCCCCAUCGUCAGGAAGAAAAAGACCAAGGCCAAGGUUCCUGAACCAGAGGAGGAGUUUGUGACUCCGCUGCGUGAGCGUCUGGGUCUGGACCAGACCAAGAGGGGUCAGUCUGCGCUGAUGAUCCGUGAAGCCGUCAGAGUCGACCACGGCGACUUCAUCAUCAAGGUGGAGAACACUCACGGCGUCGCCACCGCCUGCUGCUUUGUCAACGUCCUCGACAAGCCUGGUGCUCCAAUGAACUUCACCUUCGAUGAGGUCAGGGACACCUCGGUCAUCUGUAACUGGGAGCCUCCCGAGGAUGAUGGAGGCAGCGAGAUCCUCAACUACAUCCUAGAGAAGAAGGACAACAAGAACGAUGAGAUUGGCUGGAUCACCGUCACCUCCACACUGAAGGGCACCAGCUGCCCCGUCACCAAACUCAUCGAAGGGAAGGAGUACAUCUUCAGAGUCACCGCCGAGAACAAGUACGGCUGUGGACCGCCGUGUAUCUCUGAGCCGCAGGUCGCCAAGAACCUGUUCGAUCCUCCCGAUGCUCCCAACACCCCCAGAGUCCACGAGGUGACGGCGAGCAGCGCCCACAUCUCCUGGCACGAGCCGAAAGAUAACGGCAGCCCGAUCCUGGGCUACUGGAUCGAGAGGAAGGAGGUGAACAGCAAAUACUGGACCAGAGUAAACCGCUCCCUCCUCAACUCUCUGGAGGUGAAGGUCACCGGCCUGAUGGAGGGACUCAUCUACAUCUUCAGAGUGUGUGCCGAGAACCUGGCCGGGCCCGGGCCCUUCAGCGAGCCCACGGACCGCAUUGUCGCCAUGGAUGCCAUCAUGCCUCCCGGCCCCCCCACUCCAUGGAUCGUGGACACUGGGAAGAACUCUGUCAUCGUGGCCUGGAAGCCCCCUCUGUACAACGGAGGAGGAGAAAUCCUGGGUUACCACCUUGAGAAGAAUCUGGAGGGAGAGAAGGAAUGGACUCGCUGCACAGAGUUCAGGUGUAAAGAGCUGACGUACACUGUGACCGGUCUGACUGAAGGAGCAGAUUACUACAUCCGUGUCAUUGCCAUGAACGACGCCGGCGCUGGACUUCCCGGUGUGACUGAACCUGUAACCGUUAAAGAGCCUCAAGAACCUCCCGCUGUGGACUUCGACGCCUCUGUGAGGAACGGUGUGUUGAUCCGGGCUGGCGAGCUGCUGAGGCUUCCCGCCGUGGUGACCGGCCGACCCCAGCCCGAAGUCAAGUGGGCCAAAGACGAAGCAGACAUAGACAAAGAGCGUAUGGUCGUGGAGACAGAAGGCAAAAAUACUGUUCUGGUUAUCAAGAAGGCUGUGAGGGCGGAUCACGGAAAGUACCAGGUCUCAGGCACCAACAGUGGCGGGACCAAGACCGCCGACACCAGAGUGGAUGUUAUGGAUGUCCCUGGACCGGUGCUGGACCUGAAGACAGUGGUGGUGACCAAGAAGAACAUCACCCUCACUUGGUCUGACCCCUUGGACAAUGGAGGAAGUGACAUCAUAGGCUAUGAGAUCCUGAGGAAGGACGCUAAGAUGAAACUCUUCCGCCAGCCUCUCGAGACAGCCUCCUGUAAGUGCGACGUCCAGGGCCUGCUGGCCGGCGAGGAGUACGACUUCAGGGUUGUCGCCAGGAACAAGUACGGUGAAGGAGCUCCAUCUGACCUGGGACCCAUCCUGGCUGAGGAUCCCAAAGGUACUCCAUCUGCACCAGAGAAGCUGCACUACACCAACAGAAGCAAGAGCACCAUCACUCUGGCCUGGCAGCCACCUCGCACUGAUGGUGGCAGCCCCAUCAUGGGCUACUACGUGGAGAAGAUGAGGUCAGAUAGCACGGAGUAUGACGUGGCAAAUCGCAAGAUGUUCACCGAGUGCUGCGGGACCAUCGAGAACCUGUCAGAGCACCAAGACUAUCAAUUCCGUGUCUUUGCUGUGAAUGAGGUCGGGAACGGAGAGCCUUCCAAGCCCAUCGAUGCCACGAUCCAAGACGAUGAGAUUGCUCCAGUUAUUACCAUCCUGAAGUACUUCAAGAGCAACUCCAUCAAUGUGAAGAAAGGUGCAGCCAUCGACAUCCCAGCGGAGGUGAAGGGACUUCCUCUGCCCACCUUCCAGUGGCUGAAGGACAACGUGGCCAUCGAGACGCCCGACGGAGAAAAGAUGACGAUGGAGACCGAAGAGGUGAACCUCACGACUGUGAACACAAAGAUCGCCAUCCCAGCAACCGUCAGGCAGGACAAGGGCAAUUACAGGCUGGUGGCCGAGAACUGCUACGGCAAAGCUGAGCAGCUCAUCCGAGUCCAGGUCCUUGACCGCCCUCUUCCUCCGAGGAACAUUGUGAUCUCUGACAUCAAGGCGGAGUCGUGCUACCUGACCUGGGACGCACCUGAAGACAACGGAGGCAGCGAGAUCACCAACUACAUCGUUGAGCGCAGAGACGCCAGCAAGAAGAAGUCCGACUAUGAGGUCAUGACCAUCCACCUCAUCGACAGGAGAUACGCGGUCUACAAACUGAACCUGAAUGGUGUUUACCAGUUCAGGAUCAAAGCUGAGAACAAGUACGGCGUUAGCGAUGGCUGUGAAUCAGAAAAAGUCGAGCUCAGGGAUCCGUUUGGUCUCCCCGGACCUCCGCGUAAUCCCAAAAUCAUCGCUGCUACAGCGACCACCAUGACGCUGACGUGGGAUCCUCCUCUUGACAACGGCGGCUCCACCAUCCAGGGAUACUGGCUGGAGAAGAGGGAGCGUGGCGCCGUGUACUGGGGUCGUGUCAACCGCGCCCCGGUCACCAAACCUUCAGUGAAGGGCCUGCAGUACACCGUGCUCAAGCUCAUCGAAGGCUCAGAGUACCAGUUCAGGAUCGCAGCCUGCAACGCUGCAGGAAUCGGCCCGCACUGCGAGUCCAGCGAGUGCCGCUUCGCCAGGGAUCCCUGCAACCCUCCCAGUCCUCCUGCUUCCCCUGAGGUUAAAGACAAGACCAAGAGCAGCAUCACGCUCUCCUGGAGCCCACCGGACAGAGACGGCGGCAGCCCCAUCAAGGGUUAUAUCAUCGAGAUCCAUGAGGAGGGCACUCCUGAUUGGAGGAGGGUGAACCCUGCCGAUAAGCUCCACCCAUCCACUGAAAUCACCGUCCCCAACCUGAAGGAGGGCAAGAAGUGCAAGUUCAGGAUCUACGCUGUGAACAUCGCUGGAAACUCAGAGCCUGCCAAGACGGCCGACAUCCUGGUUCAGGACAUCCUGAUCGAGCCAACGGUGACUCUGGACGUGAGCGCUCAGGACCUGCUGAACUGCAGGGCGGGAACGCCCAUCAGGAUCCCCGCCACCAUCACCGGACGACCCGUUCCCAAAGUCACCUGGACGUUUGACGGAACUGCGGAGACGGAGAAGAAGAACGAGCUGCACACGCUGCCCAUCGACUCCGAGAUCCACUCCACAGACACAACGUCGCUGGUCGUGAUCCCGGAGAGCAAAAUGAACCACGCCGGCCGCUACAUCCUGAACGUGGAGAGCCCAGCCGGACACAAGGUGGUCAAAGUGAGGGUCAAUGUGCUCGACCUGCCCGGACCUCCUAGAGACCUGAAGGUCAGUGACGUGACGAGGGGAACCUGCAGACUCACCUGGAAGCCUCCAGAGAGCGAUGGAGGAGAGAGAGUGAAGAGCUACUUUAUCGAGAAGAAGUCAGUGGACGGCAAAGCCUGGACAAAGGUGAACCCAGCCUGUGCUGCUCAGUCUCUGGUGGUUCCAGACCUGAUCAACGGUCAAGAGUACCUGUUCCGCAUCAAGGCUGAGAACCGCUUCGGGUUCGGCCCUUACGCCCAGACCCCUGAGGGAACCAGAGCCACAGAUCCGAUCCAUCCUCCCGAUCCUCCGACGAGGUUGAAGAUCCAGAGCGUGAGGAAGACCACCGUGAAUCUGACCUGGAAGGCUCCAAAGAACGACGGCGGCUCACCGGUCACCCACUACAGCAUUGACCUCCUCUGCUGGGAUGCCAGCGGCCAGAAGGAAGCCUGGAGGAGGUGUAACAGGAGAGACGUGGAGACCACACACUUCGAGGUGGAGGACCUGAUCAACGGAGAAGAGUAUGAGUUCAGAGUGAUGGCGAAUAACGUGGCCGGAGCCAGCCGUCCCUCUUCCACAGUCGGGCCGAUCGUGGUCCAGGACCAGUCCUGCGCUCCAUCCAUUGAGCUGAAUGAGUUCAUGGAGGCGGAACAGGGCUCCGACAUCCGCAUUGUGGCCAAGAUCCGCGGCUGCCCCUUCCCCACGCUCACCUGGUACAAGGCUCCCCCCCACAAGUCCGACAACAAGGUGGAGGUCCAGUACGACGAGCACAUCAACAAGAUCGUGUCGGACGACAGCUGCACGCUGCUUAUCGAGCAGGGCAAACGCCCUGACACCGGUCUGUACACGCUAGUGGCCUCCAACAGCCUCGGCAAGGCGUCCAAGGAGAUGAGGCUCAACGUGCUCGGCAUCCCCGGUCCUCCAUCGGCUCCCAUUAAGUUCGAGGAGAUCGGAGCCGAGAAGAUCACUCUGUCCUGGCUGCCACCGAAGGACGACGGUGGCUCCAAAGUCACGAACUACGUCAUCUGGAGGCGCCAUGCCAGCAGGAAGUCCUGGGUGAUCGUCACCAACGAGCCCAAAGAGCGGAUCUGGACAGUGGAGAACCUGAUGCCGGGACACGAGUAUGUGUUCCGCAUCAUGGCCCAAAACAAGUACGGAGUCGGAGCACCGCUGGACAGCGAGCCCGAGCUUGCCAGAGAUCUCUUCAACGUCCCCGGUCAGUGUGAGAAGCCCACAGUCAGUGGCAUAACGAUGGACUCCAUGACCGUGAGCUGGGAGGAGCCCGAAGACGACGGUGGCACCCCGAUCACAGGCUACUGGCUGGAGCGGAAAGAGACAACUGGCAAACGCUGGACCCGCGUCACCCGUGAUCCCAUCCGCCCCAUGGGCAUGGGCGAGUCAUUCGUGGUGAGCGGACUCAUUGAGGGCUCCCAGUACAUGUUCAGAGUAUCUGCUAUCAACGCUGCAGGACCUGGACUGGUCAGCCCCCCAACAGACCCCAUCUUUGCCAGAGAUCCCAUCUCCCCACCCUCUCCUCCCACCCCCAAGGUUAUUGAUUGGACGAGGUCCACGGUCGACCUGCAGUGGAUCCCUCCUCUUAAGGAUGGAGGCUCCAAGAUCAUCGGUUACUGGGUGGAGUACCAAGAGGAGGGCACCGAGCCCUGGGUCAAGGCCAAGGAGACCGAAAUCCGCGGCACGCGGUUAGUGAUCACCGGUCUGAAGACUGGCGGCAAAUACAAGUUCAGAGUGAUUGCAUUCAAUGCUGCCGGUAAUGGCGAGCCAGGAGAAGUCCCAGAGGUGCUCGAGGUCAAUGACAGAAGCAUUGCUCCUGAGGUCGACCUGGAUGCCUCCGUGAAGGAGAAGAUGGUUGUCCACGCCGGCGGCGUUAUCCGUAUUAUUGCCUACGUGUCGGGCCAACCUACCCCAGAGAUCACCUGGAGCAGAGACGGAGCCGCACUGCCUCCUGAGGCUAAAGUGGAGACGACAGCCAUCAGCUCGUCUCUGGUCAUCAAACCCUGCAUCAGGAGGCACCGCGGUGUCUACACACUGACCGCCAAGAACGCUGGAGGAGAGAAGACCAAGAACAUCACUGUGGAAGUUCUUGAUGUCCCCGGGCCCGUCGGCAUCCCCUUCACCGCAGAAAACCUGACCACUGACUCCUGCAAGCUCAACUGGUUCUUCCCAGAGAACGAUGGCGGCUCUCCCAUCAGUCACUACGUCAUCGAGAAGCGUGAGGCUGAGCGUAAGGCCUGGACCUCGCUGUCUUUCACUGCCAGCAGACAAAACGCUAUUGCUCACGACCUCACCAUCGGAAAGUCCUACUUCUUCAGAGUGGCUGCUGAGAACGCCAUUGGUGUUGGACCCUUCACACAGACCGCAGCCGAGCUCGUCGUCAAGGAACCGAUGAGCGUUCCCGACCGACCCGAGGAGCUCGAGGUCACCAAGGUCACCAAGGAUCUGAUCAGCGUCACCUGGAAGGCGCCAAAGUUUGACGGUGGGUCAGAGAUCACCAUGUACAUCCUGGAGACGCGUAUGAUUGGCAAAGACAAGUUCACCAGAGUGACAAAGGAGAAGCUGAUGGAGAGGAAGUACACCUACGACGGCCUGAGAGAGGGAGACACCUACGAGUUCAGGGUCAUCGCCGUCAACGAGGUUGGACCCAGCAAGCCGUCCUUCUCCACCAAACCAAUCACCUGCAAGGAUGAACUGGAGCCACCGACCAUCGAACUGGACUUCCGUGAUAAGAUCAUCUUCCGUGUGGGUGAGAGCUGCCUGCUGCAGGGCCGCUACACCGGCAAACCCUCUCCAUCCAUCAUGUGGUACAGAGACGACGAGGAGCUGAAGGCUGACCAGCACAUCAUGUUCAAGAACACGCUGACCACAAUGUCGCUCGGCCUGAUGAAGGCAAAGCGCGAGCACAGUGGCAGAUACGUGGUGGUGGUGGAGAACAGUACCGGGUCCAGGAAGGGUGUCUCCAAUGUCACAGUUGUCGACCGUCCGACUCCUCCUGUUGGCCCUGUGGUGUUUGAGGAGGUGCACAGGGAGUACAUGGUUGUCUCCUGGAAACCCCCUCUGGACAGCGGCGGUGUUCCUGUAUCCAACUACAUCAUCGAGAAGAGAGACACCAACAGAGAUGUCUGGACCACCGUGACUUCAGCCACCACCAAGACCGUAUGCAAGAUCCCCAAGCUCACAGAGGGCAGGGAGUACAUCAUUAGGAUCUCUGCUGAGAACACGUAUGGCAUCAGUGACCCUCUGGAGUCAGAGGAGAUGAGAGCCAAAGACAUCUUCAGAGUCCCAGAAGCUCCUGAGAUGCCAACGGUCAGGGAGGUGUACGGCACCAACGCACUGGUGCUCUGGAAUCGUCCUCGUGAUGGCGGAAAGCCAAUCACUAACUAUAUCCUCGAGAAGAAGGAGCCUGCAGCCAAGAGGUGGUCCAGAGCCACCAGAGACCCCCUGUACCCAGCCACUCAGUUCCGGGUCCAGGACCUUGUGGAGGGUUGCGAGUAUGAAUUCAGGGUGAUGGCUGAGAACGAGCUUGGAACAGGAGACCCCAGUGAACCCUCCAAACCCAUCCUCGCCAAAGAUCCCAUCGUGCGUCCCAGUCCUCCAGUGACCCCUGAGGCCUACGAUAAGACCAAGGACUCUGUCAGCCUGAAGUGGAAGCUACCCCGCCACGAUGGAAAGGGCAGGAUCUUCGGCUACCUUGUCGAGUAUCAGAAGCCUGGUGCUGUGGAGUGGAAUCAGGCCAAUGAGACCCCAGAACAGUGCCCCGACCUUCACUAUGUAGUGACGGGCCUGCUCGAUGGACAAGAGUACAACUUCAGGAUCUUCACAGUCAACGCUGCCGGCAAAUCUGACCCUGCCUAUGUGAAACAGACCAUCAAAGUCCAUGAGAGACUGGAGGCACCAGAGCUGCUGCUGGAUGCAAAUAUGGCACGUGACCACCUGGCCAUGCUGGGCACCGACAUCACGCUGAGUGCUACCUUUAAGGGUGUCCCGACACCCACCGUCAGCUGGAAGAAGAACGACGGUGACAUGCCUUCUCACAACACAGUCGCCAUCACCACCAGCAACAGCAAAGUCUUCAUCCCCAAGAGCGUCCGGACUGACUCCGGCGACUACACCAUCACUGUGGAGAACUCUGUUGGGAAGAAAUCAGCAACUGUCACCGUGCUUGUGCUAAACAAGCCUUCUCCACCGAGAGACCUGACGAUCUCAGAGGUGACGAGCGAGUCCGCCUACCUCCAGUGGAAGGUUCCCGAGGAUAACGGCGGCGCUGUCAUCUCCCACUACAUCGUGGAGAAGAAGGACGUGGCGUCCGAGCAGUGGGUGCCUGUCUCUGCCUCCAAUAAAAAGCUGAGCCUGAUGGCCAUGUACCUGAUGGAGGGAAUCCAGUACCUGUUCAGAGUGGCUGCUGAAAACCAGUUUGGCAGGAGUGCCUAUGUGAUGACCAAGACACCCAUCAAGGCUGUCGAUCCUCUCUAUCCACCUGGCCCACCUAAAAACCUUCACCACACUGAUGCAGACAAGACAGAGGUGUGGUUGGCGUGGGAGUGGCCCGACCGCGACGGCGGAAGUGAAGUCACUGGCUUCAUUGUGGAGCACCAGGAAGAGGGCCAGACUGACUGGGUUACCUUCAAGACCGUCAGCAACAACCACGCCCAUGUCACCGGUCUGUUGGAGGGCAAGACUUACCGCUUCAGGGUCAAGGCUCAGAAUAACAUCGGUGUGAGCAGUCCUGACACCACCGUCCCUGUCACCUGCCAGGAGAAGACACUGCCUCCAACUAUUGAAGUUGAUGUGAAGCUCAUUGAGGGUCUUGUUGUCAAAGCUGGCAAUGCUAUUGCCCUUCCAGCCAAGAUGACAGGAAUCCCCAUUCCCACUCCCAAAUGGAUGAGUGACGGCAAGGAGAUUGCAUCUGAGGGCCGCUAUCACAUUGAGACUGCUGGAACCUCCUCUGUCCUCAGCAUCCCUGAGAGUCAGAGAGGAGACACCGGAGAGUACAUCCUUACUGUGGCCAAUCCUGCAGGCAGCAAGACUGUUGCCCUGCAUGUCACAGUGCUGGAUCUUCCAGGUCCACCUAUUGGACCCAUCAAUAUCUUGGAGGUCACCCCUGAUCACAUGAUGGUCCAAUGGAGAGCGCCCAAGGAUGACGGUGGCACACCCAUCACCAACUACGUGGUGGAAAAGAAGGAUGUGAAGAAGUCAUGGGAGCCCUGGUCUGUCGUGAGCUCGAGCGGCACCAGCACCAAAGCCAAGGUGUCCAGACUGGAGAAGGGCCGUGAGUACAUUGUCCGUGUCCGUGCGGAGAACAAGAUUGGCAUUGGUGCAGCGCUUGAGAGUCCUCCUACUAUUGCCAAGCACAUGUUCAACCCUCCCGGUCCACCAGGCCCACCAGAGUGCUCUGAUAUCACUGAGAAUGCCGUGACAGUGGAAUGGGCCCUGCCCGACUACGAUGGAGGCACCCCCAUCAGUGGAUAUGUGGUUGAACGCAGAGAGAUGACCGGAAAGUGGAUCCGUGUCAACAAAACUCCUGUGCUGGACCUCAGAUACAGAGUCUCGGGCCUGUUUGAAGGCAAUUCAUAUGAGUUCAGAGUGUUUGCUGAGAAUGUUGCUGGUAUCAGCGGACCCUCUCUCUCAUCUUACCCCAUCAAGGCCACUCGGGCCAUCACCAAACCCGGACCCCCUGCUAAUCUUAAACUGAAAGACUGGAGCAAGGCCUAUGCUGACAUCUGCUGGACCAAGCCUACAAGAGAUGGAGGCAGUCCUAUUCUUGGCUAUGUGAUUGAGAUUCAAAAGUCCGGAAAUACACAGUGGGACAGAAUCAACAAGGACCUCAUCAAGAUGUGUGCCUUCAGAGUACCAGGCCUCAUUGAAGGAAUGGAGUACAGGAUUCGCGUCAGAGCCACCAACAAGGUUGGAGACAGUGAGCCCAGGGAGCUGGCUGACAAGGUCUUAGCAAAGGACAUCCUGGUGCCCCCUGAGGUCGUUGUUGACAUGUCCUGUCGUGACUCUCUGACGGUCAGGGCGGGCCAGAUCGUAAGUUUGAUCACCAGGGUGAAGGGCAGGCCGGACCCAGAGAUCACAUGGACCAAGGACGCCAGAGUUUUAUCCCGGGAAAAGCGCAUUGAGAUGAACAACAACUAUCCUCUGUGUGAACUGGUCAUCAGUGAGGCAGUCAGGUCAGACUACGGUAAAUACGCCAUUACUGCCAAGAACAGUAGUGGACAGGCACAGGCCACCAUUAUCCUCAAUGUCCUGGACACACCAGGUGCUUGCCAGAACCUGAAAGUGGCCUACGUGACCAAGAAAUCCUGCAUGGUGUCCUGGGAAAACCCUGAAGACAAUGGAGGCACUGAGAUCACUCAGUACAUUAUUGAGAGCCGUCAGCCUAGCCAGAGAGGAUGGACUGUAGUCUCGAAUGACUGCACCAAACGCCUGAUAAAGGCCCCUCUUACUGAAGGCUGUGAGUACUUCUUCCGUGUUAGCGCAGAGAACAAGAUUGGUGCCGGUCCGCCUACUGAGUCCAAGUCACCCGUGCUUGCAGUUGAUCCCGUUGAGAAGCCUGGUGAACCAAUUGACUUCCACAUCUCUGAGAUUGGCAAGACCUUCUGCUUCCUCAAGUGGAAGAAGCCAGACUAUGACGGUGGUAGCCGUAACCUGGGUUAUCAUGUCGAGAAGAAGCCAAAGGAAGCUGAGGAUUGGGAGAGGCUUCACAAGGGUGCUAUCAAGGAGACUUACUUCAUGGCUGACAGAUGCAUCGAAAACCAGAUCUACCAGUUUAGAGUACAGACUAAGAAUGAGGGAGGUGAGAGCAACUGGGUGACCACAGGAGAAGUCCUGGUAAAGGAAGAACUUGCACAGCCUGAAAUCAAGAUUAAACUGGAUGGAACACUUGUGGUCAAGGCUGGAGACUCCAUUCCUAUCGAGGCAACAGUGAAGGGCAAACCUGUGCCUGAUGUCAAAUGGACCAAAGAUGAGAGGACAGACGAGAUAAAGAAGGGCCUGAGGAUUCAGUUUGAGACUGGUGCUGACUUCUCAAAGAUUCUGGUUACUGGUGCAAGGCGCACUGACAGUGGUAAAUAUGUUGUUACUGCCUCUAACAGUGCAGGAACCACCUCUGCUCAUGCCACGGUAAAUGUUCUGGACAGACCUGGCCCCAUCAGAGAUCUCAAGGUGUCUGGUAUAACCAUCGACAGGUGCCAUUUGGCCUGGGAAAUCCCAGAGGAUAAUGGUGGCUGUGAUAUCUACAACUACAUCAUUGAAAAAUGUGAGACCAAGAGAGGAGUCUGGUCAGUUCACUCCAAUGCUGUUAUCACCAAUAAAGCUAACGUCACCCGUCUCAUUGAGGGCAAUGAAUAUAUCUUUAGAGUGCGUGCUGAGAAUAAGAUGGGUCCUGGCCCCGCAGUGGAGAGUGAAGCCAUUGUCGCCGGCACCCAGUUCAAUGUACCCGAUGCUCCCGAGGCACCAGAGGUCACCAAGAUUGCCAAGGAGGAGAUGGCUGUGAUGUGGUCAGAGCCUGAGAGAGACGGAGGAAAGUCAAUCAUAGGUUAUCUGUUGGAGAAGAGGGAAGAGCAUGCUGUCAGGUGGUCUCCUGUCAACAAGGAUCCAAUUCCUACAACUCAUUUCACAGUCACCGGACUCCUGCCCCUCCACGACUACCAGUACAGAGUCAAGGCCGUCAAUGAAAUUGGCAUUGGCAACCCGAGCAAGCCUUCACGUGCCAUCACUGCCAAGGACGCAGUGGAGCCUCCUGCACCUCCUACCAACCUGAAGGUCACGGACAGCACCAAGUCCACCGUCACCUUGGGCUGGACCAAGCCUGUAUCAGACGGUGGAGCUCCCCUUAUUGGCUACGUUGUGGAGAUGAGGGUGCAUGGAAGUGCCAAGAAAGGAGAUGAUGGUUGGAAGAGGUGCAAUGUGGCGGCUCAGCUGGUCGUGUGCGAGUUCACAGUCACAAGUCUGGAUGAACAGCUUUUGUAUGAAUUCAGAGUGUCUGCUCAGAAUCAGGUGGGCAUGAGCUUGCCCUGUGACUUGGAGGGUCCCGUUAUCCCCAAAGAGAUUCUAGAGACCCCAGAGAUUGACCUUGACGCCAACCUGAAACAGGGCCUGACAGUGAGAGCUGGCUGUCCCAUCAGACUGUGUGCCACCAUCAGAGGUAGACCACAUCCCAAGGUCACUUGGAGGAGGAUGGGCAUUGACAACGUUGUUAGAAAGGGAAAAGUCGACAUCAUUGACACCAUGACCUUCUUGGUCAUCCCUGACAGCACCCGCAGCGACUCUGGCAAAUACUGCCUGACGCUAAAGAGUGCUGCCGGAGAGAAAGCUGUGUUUGUUAACGUUAAGGUUCUGGACACUCCGGGACCUGUGCUGAAUAUGGAAGUUACCGACAUAAAGCAGACAUCAGCCAUGCUGUCUUGGACUCCUCCAGAGCUUGACGGUGGCAGUGAGGUCACUCACUACAUUGUUGAGAAGCGCGAGAUUGACCGCAAGACGUGGUCGACUGUCAAGGCCGAAGUUGCACAAGAUAAGAUUCCCUUCAAAGUCAGCGGUCUGAUGUCAGGCUCAGAGUAUUACUUCAGAGUCACAGCAGUCAACGAAUAUGGUUCUGGAGUUCCCAGGGUGUCACCCACUUCUUACCUAGCCUCUGAUCCUGUCAGCAAACCUGAUCCAUGUGAGAAGAUCGAGGUUCUUGAGAUCACUAAGAACAGUGCCACAGUCGGCUGGGUGAAGCCUGCAAGGGACGGUGGAGCCAAGAUUGAUGGUUAUGUCAUUGAAUACAUAGAGGAGGAUGAGGAAGCAGAACCUGUAAAGGAAGUGUGGAAUGCAUAUACUACAGUAAAAGGUUUGUCAAUCAGCAUUAGCGGCAUGAAGGAGGGCAAGUUGUACAAGUUCAGAGUGGCUGCGAAGAACAUCAUGGGCCAGAGCUCAUUCACCGAGACCAGGCAACCAGUCGAGAUCAAGGAACAGAUGAUGGAGCCAAAGAUCAUCAUGCCAGAGACAGCGAGCGCCAGAGCUGGAGCCAAGCUCAGAGUAGAGGCGCUGGUGUCCGGAAAACCCUCCCCAGCUUGCAAGUGGAUGCGUGGUGAGAAUGCAGUGGUUCCGUCCAGCCGUCUGGCCGUGCACCAGUCCGGCAACAUGUGCGUCCUGAUUAUCAAAGACGUGUCGAGAAAUGACAGUGGCGAGUACAGCCUGGUGGCUGAGAACAGCUCUGCAAAGGUGGUGGAGACCAUGAAGAUUGUCAUUAGAGACAUCCCCGGUCCACCUGAGGGUCCUGUGACGAUCAGUGACAUCGACUCUGACGCCUGCUCCCUGUCCUGGAACAAACCGCUUGAGGAUGGAGGCAGCAAUAUUACCAACUAUGUUGUGGAGAAAUGCGAUCUGACCAGAGGUGACUGGGUGACAGCUGUAUCCUCUAGUCCGAAGACCAGUUGCAGGCUUGGGAAGCUCAUCCCUGGAAAGGAGUAUGCAUUCCGUAUCCGUGCUGAGAACCGCUUUGGGGUGUCAGACCCCAUUCAGUCAGACAGGAUGGUUGCAAAGUUCCCCUUCGAUGUUCCUAGUGAGCCCCUCAACUGUCGCAUCAACAAGACCAACAAGGACUGUAUGUUUGUGGCCUGGGAUUUACCGGAGAGCGACGGCGGCAGUCCCAUCACAGGAUACUACAUCGAGCGUAAGGAGAGGAACAGCCUGCUUUGGGUGAAGGCCAAUGACACAGUCGUACGCACCACUGAGUACCCAUGUGCCAGCCUCAUCGAGGGUCUGGAAUAUACUUUCAGAGUGUCCGCCAUCAACCGUGCUGGCCAAGGCAAACCAAGCAAAAAGACUGACUUUGUAACAGCUAGAACGCCCAUUGAUACUCCAGGUAAACCUGAGAUCCUGGACGUCACCAAGAAUUCUGUUACUCUGGUUUGGACCCGUCCCAAGAACGAUGGUGGCAGCAAGAUCAUUGGCUACUAUGUUGAGGCCAUGCGAGUGCCAGGAGACACCUGGAUAAGAUGCAACACCAGCAGCCAGAAUGUCCCGAGGGAGGAGUAUACAGUGACUGGUCUGGAGAGAGACCUGCAGUACCAGUUCAGAGUCAUUGCCAAGACUGCUGUCAACAUUAGCAAACCCUCCGAGCCCACAGACCCUGUCCUGGUCUGUGCUGAGAAUGUUCCUCCGAGGGUGGAGUUAAACGCCAAGAUGCAGAAGGGUAUCAAAGUAAAGGCCGGAAACACAAUCGUCCUGGAGGCUGAGGUGUUCGGUAAGCCUAUGCCCAAAGUGACGUGGAAGAGAGGCGAUGACACUUUGAAAUCAGGUGAAGGUCAGAUCAUCACCCACAUGAGGCAUAACUUCCAGCUGGAGCUGACAGGAGUCUCCAAGGAGCACAGUGGAACCUACACCAUACUGGCUGAGAAUGCUAGCGGCUCGAAGACUGGCGAAAUCCAGGUCGUCGUCCUGGAUGCGCCCGGCCCUCCUGCCAAUAGCAAGUACAUUGAGGUAUUUGCCACCAACAUCAAGAUGUCCUGGGAGCCUCCUCUGAAGGACGGUGGCGCUGCCAUCACCAACUACAUUGUGGACAAGCGUGAGACCAGCAGAGCCAACUGGGCCCAGGUCUCCACCAAGAUCAAGGGCGAUGUCCUCGAGUUCAACGUGGAGAAGCUAAUCGAAGGUCACGAGUACCAGUUCCGAAUCCGUGCUGAGAACACGUGGGGAGUCGGAGACCCACAUCUUACACACCCAGUCAUUGCCAAGAACCCGUUCACUGUCCCUGGCCCCUGUGAGGCCCCAGUGAUCACCAAUCCAACUAAGGACAGUAUGACUGUGAGCUGGAAGGAGCCUGCUGAUGAUGGAAAGUCCCCCAUCCUGGGCUACAUGCUGGAAAAGAAAGACACCAAGGACAUAGACUGGACCAAGCUUAACAGAAAGCCCAUGACCGAGAGGAGCCUGGACGUUACCGGCCUCACAGAGGGAGCUGAGUACGAGUUCAGAGUCAGUGCCGUCAACACUGCAGGUGUUGGCAAACCGAGCGAACCCUCCACUGGCACCAUCGCACAGAAUCCCCUCACUGCACCCGGCCCAGUCAUGAACCCCAGUGUGACAGACACGACCACCAGCACCAUCUGCCUCAGCUGGUCCCCCCCUGCUAACAACGGCGGAAGCCCCGUCAUUGGAUACUUGGUGGAGUGCAAGAGGACCGAAACCAAGGACUGGGUCCGCUGCAACGUCCCCAGGAACCUGCAGGAGACCAACUUCGUCAUCCAGAACCUUAUACACAAGGCAGAGUACCAGUGCCGCAUCACUGCUGUCAACAAGAUCGGCUUCAGCGAGCCAGUGGAAGUACCUGGCCUGCACGUUGUCAAAGACAUCAUUAUUCCUCCAGAGGCAGAGCUGAGUGCCCAGCUGAAGGAGGGCCUGGAGCUGCGUGCUGGCACCACCAUGAGGCUGUAUGCCACUAUCAAAGGCAAGCCCACUCCCAAGGCAACCUGGGCAAAGAUGAACACCAACAUCAAAGACCGCCAGGGCAUUAUCAUAAAAUCUACCCCAACUGACGCCCUGGUGUUGGUGGAGAAUGUAAACAGAUAUGAUGCUGGCAAAUACAUUCUGAACCUGGAGGGCCAGGCUGGCGUAAAGAUGUACACCGUUGUUGUCAAGGUUCUUGACACCCCUGGACCACCGGUCAACCUGGUAGUUAAGGAGUCAAACAAAGAAAGUGCCUCCAUCUACUGGGACGCUCCUCUGAUCAACGGUGGCUCUGAAAUCACCCACUACGUUGUGGAGAAGCGUGACACUGAGAGGAAGGCCUGGUCCAUCAUCUCAAACAACUGCGACAAGACAGCUUUCCAGGUGCCAGACCUGGACGCAGGACGGUCCUACUGCUUCAGAGUAUCAGCAGUCAACCAGCUCGGUGCUGGAGAGACUUGUGAGACAGCCGACUCGGUCAGAGCGUCUGAGGAGCCUGGCCCCGUCAUGGACUUCAAGACUCUGUUGGUUACCAAGGACUCUUGUACUCUAAGCUGGAAGAAACCCCUUACCGACGGUGGCAGCCGCAUCGUCUGUUAUGUGCUUGAGGUUCUCAAUGGUGAGGACAAGUACAAGGAGCUAAUGAGGUCCAAGAACAUGCAGUAUAGUGCCAAGGACCUGGUGGAGGGCAGAGAGUACACCUACAGAGUCAAGGCUGUAAACGAUUCAGGAGAGAGUGCUGCCAAGGAGCUGAAGGUGGUCGCCAAGGACCUGAUCAUCCUUCCCAGCUGUGACUUAAGGGACCUGCCCAACAUGUGCUACAUUGCCAAGGAGGGCAGCAUCGUUCGCCUGAAGAUCCCGAUCAUUGGCAAACCUACGCCCAAGGUCUCCUGGAAGAAGGGAGAUGACGUAGACCUGACGGACACCGGCCGAGUAUGUGCAGAGUCUUCUUCAGUCAACACCACCCUCCUGAUCAUGGACUGCCAGAGAAGCGAUGCUUCCAAGUACACCAUCACCCUGAGGAACAGCGCUGGAAGCAAGGAGUCCACCAUUUUCAUCAGGGUGGUGGGUAAACCUGGCAUCCCUAUCGGACCUGUUAAGUUCAAAGAUGUUACUGCUGAUGGUGCUACACUGAAGUGGGCUGCUCCUAAGGAUGACGGCGGCUCAGAGAUCACAAACUACAUCCUGGAAAAGAGGGACUUCAUCACCAACAUGUGGGUGACUGUUUCCUCUAAUGUGGAGGAAAACACUCUGAGGGUGACAGGUCUCCAUGAAGGCACAGAGUACAUCUUCAGAGUGUCUGCUGAGAACAAGUAUGGCGUUGGAGAGGGACUGAAGUCUGACCCUCUCGUGGCUCAGCAUCCAUUCAAUGUUCCUGACGCUCCUCCUCCACCUCAGAUAAUGAGCAUGCGCCAUAACUCUGCUUACCUGGCCUGGUCUGACCCCAGGAAGACUGGAGGAUCUCCCAUCACAGGCUACCAUGCUGAGUUCAAGGAGAGGAACAGUAUGUUGUGGAAGAGGGCAAGUCAGGUUGCCUUGAGGAUGAAGGAACACAAGGUAACUGGGCUCACUGAAGGUCUGGAGUACGAGUUCAGAGUGAUGGCAAUCAACCUCGCUGGCAUUGGCAGACCAAGUGCACCCACAGAUCCACAGGUGGCCCUGAAUCCCAUCGAUACCCCGGGGAAACCUGAUGUGAUCAGCAUCACCAGAAGCACCGUGACCCUGCAGUGGACUGAGCCUCAGUUCGACGGUGGCCACAGACUGACUGGCUACAUCGUUGAGAGGCGGGACCUGCCUUCAAAGAUCUGGGUGAAGGCUAACAACGUGAACGUUGUGGAGCCUGCAUUCACUGUAACCGAUUUGCAGGAGGGCUGCAAAUAUGAGUUCAGAAUCAGGGCUAAGAACGCCGCCGGAGCUAUCAGCCCGCCCUCUGAGCAGACAGAUACUAUUAUCUGCGCAGAUGAAUAUGCUGCCCCUACCAUUAUUAUCGAGUCUCAGGUGAAGGAGGGUCUGACUGUCCGAGCCGGCGAUACUAUUGUCGUCACUGCCACGAGCAUUUUAGGCAAACCUGCACCAACCUCCUGCUGGUCGAAAGGAGGAAAGUACUUUAAACCCUCUGAUCUUGUUCAUAUCGAGACCACUGCAACUUCCUCCACUCUGUCCAUCAAGUACGCCGGCAGGAAGGACUCCGGGGAGUACAUCAUCACUGCCAGCAAUCCGUUUGGUGUGAAGGAAGAAACUGUGAAGGUCACAGUUCUGGAUGUUCCUGGUGCUCCCGGACCCAUUGAAUGCAGUGGCAUCUCCUCUGAAAGAGUCACUCUUACCUGGACAGCUCCUCACGAGGACGGAGGGUCUCCUAUCAAGUAUUACACCCUGGAGAAGAGAGAGACCAGCCGCCUGCUCUGGACUAUCCUCGAAGAGAAGGUCAUCGACUGUCACUAUGUAGCCACCAAGCUCAUCCAGGGCAACGAGUACUUCUUCAGAGUCUCUGCUGUGAACCAGUAUGGUGCCAGUGAGCCAUCUCAUUCUGAGGCAGUCAAGAUGGUUGAUAGAUUCGGUCCUCCUGGUCCACCAUCUAGACCAGAGGUUGAGAAAGUUGAUGGACAUUCAGCCACAGUGACCUGGAGGAGACCAGCUGAGGAUGGAGGAAGUGACAUUAUCGGCUACUGUGUUGAGAAGAAGGAGAAAAAGGGAAUGAGAUGGGUCAGGGCAUCUAAGAAAUCCAUUGCAGAGCUCAGCUAUGAAGUCACCGGCCUCACUGAAGGAAUAGAGUAUGAGUUCCGUGUUCUUGCUGAGAACAAAGCUGGUGUUGGAGAGCCCAGUGAACCAUCUAUGCCUGUCAGAACAAUCGUUGUUGCCUAUGUGCCCGGACCUCCGAUCAAUCCAAGAGUCACAGACACAACCAACACUGCUGCCACUCUGAACUGGGGAAAACCUCUUGAUAAUGGUGGACUUGAAGUCACUGGAUAUGUGAUUGAACACAAGAAGGAAGGAACAGAAGAAUGGGUUAAGGAUACCCCAUCAUCUCUGCUUAGGAUCACAGAGUUUGUUGUUCCCGAUCUGGAAACUGGUGCAAAAUACCACUUCAGAAUUAGCGCUGUGAAUGCUAAGGGAGCAGGUGAACCUGCAGAAACGAAGGAUCUGAUUGAGAUUGUGGAGCGGCCGACCGAACCUGAAUUUGAGCUGGAUCUGGAGUUGAGAAGAACCCUUGUUGUCAGGGCUGGCUGCUCCGUUCGCCUCUUUGUGCCAAUCAAGGGACGUCCUACGCCUACUGUGACCUGGACGAAGGAGGGUGGUCCUGUUCCACGUGCAGUCAUUGACAGCACUGAGUCAUUUACAAUGUUGAUCAUCCCUGAGAGUUCAAGGAUCGAUGCAGGUAAAUAUGAGCUUACUCUUGAAAAUGGAUCUGGAAAGAAGACUGCGGAUAUUCAUGUUAGAGUUCUGGAUUCACCUGGACCUCCACUAAACCUAAAACCAGUGAAAAUUGACAAGGAAAGCAUUACUCUUCAAUGGGAGAUGCCUCUUAUUGAUGGUGGAGCCAAGAUUACAAACUACAUCAUCGAGAAGAGAGAAUCUACUCGCAAGGCUUUUGCCACUGCUAUCACAAAAUGCCCGACCACAUCAGUCAGGAUUGCUGACCUAGGUGAAGGCUGUGAGUACUACUUCAGAGUAUCUGCGGAGAAUGAGUAUGGCAUUGGUGAGGCAGUUGAAACUGGUGAUCCAAUUCGUGCUUCACAGGCACCAACUCCUCCAGAGAGUAUUAUUCCUACUGAUAUUACUAAGACCUCUGUGAGCCUGGCUUGGACAAAACCCAAGCAUGAUGGCGGAAGCAGAAUUUCAGGAUAUGUCCUUGAGGCCCAGAAGAAGGGAACCGAUCAGUGGGCACAUGUAACAACCAUCAAGAACAUGGACUUCACAGUGAAGAAUCUCAAUGAGACUGAGGAGUACAUUUUCCGUGUGAUGGCUGUCAACCAGUCAGGUAGAAGUGCUCCACGUGAGAGCAAACCCAUUGUUGUCAGGGAUUCUACUUCUCUUCCUGAGUUCGACCUCCGCGGUGUAUGUCAGAAGACUAUUAUCGCCAAGGCUGGAGAUGAUAUCAAGGUUGAAAUUCCAGUUAUGGGACGUCCCAGACCUACUAUCAGCUGGCAAAAGGAUGGCGCAGCCCUAAAGGUCACGCAGAAAAUCAACGUGGAAACUACUGCUGCUACUGCUAUCCUCAGCAUCAGUGAAUGCACCAGAGCUGACAGCGGCACAUACACCAUGACAGGAAAGAACAUCGUUGGUUCUGUUACAGAUAAUAUCAUCGUCAAAGUGCACGAUGUACCCGGGCCACCCAAGGGACCGGUUAGUAUUGUGGAGAUAACUCGUACCUAUUGCGUCUUUGCAUGGGGCACUCCUGAGAAUGACGGGGGCGUUCCAAUCAACAAUUACGUGGUUGAGAUUAGAGACACCACUUCCCAGACAUGGACAGAGCUGUCUUCCACUGUCAUCCGUACCAUGUUCAAAGCCAUCCGCUUAAAUACUGGAUCAGAGUACCAGUUCAGAGUGAAAGCCAAGAACAGGUAUGGUGUUGGACCUCCCAUCACUUCAGAGUCAGUGGUGGCUGCCUAUCCAUUCAAAGUCCCCGGACCUCCCGGUACUCCUGGUGUUGUUGCGUUCACUAAGGACUCAAUCACAAUUGGCUGGAAUGAGCCUGUGGUAGACGGUGGAAAUGAAGUCAUUGGUUAUCAUGUUGAGAGGAAAGAAAGAAGCAGCAUCAUGUGGACUAAGAUUAGCAAGAGUCUUGUGAAAGGAAACAUGUUUAAAACCACUGGGCUUGAAGAUGGAAUCGCCUAUGAGUUCCGUGUCAUGGCUGAAAACAUGGCUGGAAUCGGUAAGCCCAGCAAGGCCUCAGAACCAAUACUGGCCUUGGACCCUGUAGACCCACCAGGCCAGCCAGUGCCAAUAUUUGUCAACAAGAAUGUCAUCACCAUUCAGUGGGAAAAGCCAGAGUACGACGGUGGUUUCAAACUCACUGGCUAUACAGUGGAGAAGAGAGAGCUUCCUGCUGGCCGCUGGAUGAGAGCCAACUUCACCAACAUCACUGAGACCACAUUCACUGUCAGCGGACUGACUCAAGACGCCUCUUAUGAGUUCCGUGUUAUGGCCAGAAACUCAGCAGGAGCUGUGAGUGUGCCCUCUGAGCCCUCAGACCCAAUCAUUUGCAAAGAUGAUAUCGUUGAGCCACGCAUUAUGGUUGAUGCCAUCUUUAAGGAUGUUGUUCUACUGAAAGCAGGAGAGUCCUUCAAGCUUGAUGCUGACAUUGCUGGUCAACCAACCCCAUCUAUGGUUUGGACCAAGAAUGGAAAGGAGGUUGAGAACACAAUGAAACUGGAAGUACGGUUCACAGAACUGGAGACCACUCUGACCAACAAGGACUCUGUCAGAGCAGAUGGAGGAGAAUUUGUUUUGACUGCCACUAAUGCCGGUGGAUUCGCGAAGCAUAUCUUUAAUGUGAAAGUACUUGAUAGACCUGGACCCCCAGUUGGACCUCUUGAAGUGUCCGAAGUCACAGCUGAAAACUGUAUUCUCACCUGGGCUCCACCUGCAGAUGAUGGAGGUGCCAAGAUUGAAGGAUACACGAUUGAGAAGCGCGAGUCAAGCAGGCUAGUUUGGACCAAUGUGGUUUCAGACUUGCAAGUUACACAGCACAAGGUAACCAAGCUGCUCGAAGGAAAUGAAUACAUUUUCAGAGUCAUGGCAGUCAACAAAUAUGGAGUUGGCGAGUCUCUUGAUUCAGAGCCCACUAUUGCAGACAACCCAUAUGUGGUUCCAGAUGCUCCAGGAACUCCUGAGGUGACAGCUAUCACUAAAGAUUCAAUGUUUGUUAUGUGGCAAGCACCUAAGAGCGACGGUGGAACUCCCAUCUCCCAUUACAAUGUAGAAAGGAAAGACAGAGUCGGCCUCCGCUGGGUCAAAUGCAACAAGAGGAAGGUUAAAGAUCUACAGUUUAAGACAACUGGCCUACUUGUUGGUCAUGAAUAUAAAUUCAGAAUAACAGCUGAAAAUGCUGCUGGAGUGAGUCCACCAAGUCUCUCAAGUCCAUUCUACAAGGCCACUGAUGCACUGUACAUGCCAGGGGCCCCAUGCAACCCCAGAGUCUUGGACACCACCAAGUCCUCAAUUACAGUUGCCUGGAACAAACCUGUAUAUGAUGGCGGCUCUGACAUCACUGGCUACAUUGUGGAGACCUGUAUCCCAUUAGAAAAAGAGGAAGAUGAGGAAUGGUCCAUUGUGACACCCAAAGGAGGACUCCUCGCCACUUCAUUCACCAUUGUUAACCUGAAGGAGAACCAGGAGUAUAAGAUUAACAUCUCUGCUCUUAACAGUGAAGGAAUCGGAGAGGCAGCAUCUGUACCUGGCAAUUCCAAGGCAGAGGACAGGCUCCUCCCACCUGAAAUUGAUGUGGAUGCCGAGCUCCGCAAGGUUGUGAGCCUUAGAGCUUGCUGCUCACUCAGACUGUUUGUACCUAUCAGAGGCAGACCAGCUCCUCAGGCUAAAUGGACCAAAGGAGAUGGUGAGCGUGUUGAGAGGGCAACCAUUGACAGCACAUCAUCGUAUACAUCACUCGUCGUUGAAAAUGUCAACAGAUUUGACAGUGGAAAGUAUAAUCUUACAGUUGAAAACAGCUCUGGCUCCAAGACAGUGACAGUCCAAGUCAGGGUACUCGACACACCGAGUGCCCCACAGAAUCUCAAGAUUACUGCUGUAACAAAUGAAGCUGUCACUCUGACUUGGGAUCCACCAGUGAAUGAUGGAGGAGUUAAGAUUAAGAACUACGUUGUUGAAAAACGCGAGUCCACACGUAAAGCAUAUGCCACAGUCAAUGCUAACUGCCAUCAAAACACCUUCACGAUCGACCAGCUCUUGGAAGGAUGCAAUUAUUACUUCAGAGUUUUGGCUGAGAAUGAAUAUGGCAUUGGCCUGCCUAUUGAGACUGGUGAAUCAGUUAAAGUUUCUGAGAAGCCACAGCCACCUGGCAAAAUCACUCUUAAGGAUGUUACCAAGAACAGUGUCACCCUGACCUGGGAGAAGCCAGAGCAUGAUGGCGGCAGCAGAGUGGGCUGUUAUGUUGUUGAGAUCCAGCCCAAGGGUGUUGAUAAGUGGAGCCAGUCUGUGAUUGUAAAGGAAACAGAAGCUACUAUUAGUGGACUCAAUGCUGGUGAAGAAUACAUGUUCCGUGUAGCAGCAAGAAAUGAGAAGGGGACAAGUGACCCACGCCAAAUUGGUGUGCCUGUGAUCGUCAAAGACCUUGUGAUUGCACCUACUGUCAAAAUGUUGUUUAACACGUUCAGCGUGUUGGCAGGAGAAGACCUGGCAAUAGACGUUCCAUAUGUUGCACGUCCCAAAGCAGCUGUCUCCUGGGAAAAAGAUGGUCAACCUCUGAAGAGAACUACCAGAGUAAACUAUGGUGCAACUGACACAAUGCUGAACCUCAACAUCAAAGAGGCUACUAAAGAUGAUGUUGGACAGUAUCAUAUUAUCUUCAGCAACACAGCAGGAGAGACAACAGCAGACAUUCGCGUUGUUGUACUAGACAAACCUGGUCAGCCAGGCGGUCCAGUUAAGGUGGAGGAGGUCACUUCUGACAGUGUUACCGUCUCCUGGAACCCACCAGAAUAUGAGGGUGGUUGCACAGUCAAACACUACAUUGUGGAAAAGAGAGACACAUCCACAACUACCUGGAUGGUAGUCUCUCCCAACCUUGCAAGGACCAAAAUCAAGGCAGGCAGGUUGAAGACUGGCUCUGAGUAUCAGUUUAGAAUCACAGCAGAAAACAGAUAUGGAAAAGGUCCGACUCUUCUUUCAGAGUGCAUUGUGGCUCAAUACCCAUACAAACUUCCUGGGCCCCCGGGAACACCAAAUAUUGCAGCCUAUACCAAAGACAGCAUGGUGGUGGCCUGGAAUGAACCUGUGAAUGACGGUGGAAGCACUAUCUUGGGCUACCAUCUUGAACGCAAAGAGAGAAACAGCAUCCUGUGGGUAAAACUCAACAAGUCUCUUAUUACUGACCAAACCUUCAAGACCACUGGACUGGAACCAGGAAUGGAGUAUGAAUAUAGAGUUUAUGCUGUAAACAUUGUCGGAGUAGGUAAAGUAAGCAAAGUGUCUGAGGGACAUAUUGCCAGAGAUCCUUGUGAUCCCCCCGGCACCCCAGAGGCAACAAAGAUCACUAAGGACUCUGUGACUAUUGUUUGGACCAAGCCCGAAUAUGAUGGCGGUGCAAAGGUAACAGGCUACAUCGUGGAGAAGAAGGAGCUUCCUGAAGGUCGCUGGCUAAAGGCUAACUUCACCAACGUCAUUGAGACAGAAUAUGUUGCAACUGGACUUGUGCAGGACAACCAGUAUGAGUUCCGUGUCAUUGCCAGAAAUGCUGCUGGUGUAUUCAGCAUGCCUUCUUACAGCACCGGUCCUAUCACUGCCAGAGAUGAGAUUGAACCCCCACGCCUCAGCAUCGACCCUGAGUUCACAAAGACUAUUGUGGUUAAUGCUGGAGACAGCUUUAAGAUUGAUGCAGAUGUUCACGGCAAACCACUGCCCUCAAUCCACUGGAUGAAGGGAGAGCAGGAACUGGGAAACACUAUUCAUAGGGAAAUUAAGAAUACUCCUAUCAAAGCUUUUAUAUCCAUCAAGGAAGCUAAACUUUCUGAUGGAGGCCAAUACACUUUGCUGCUGAAAAAUCCAGGAGGAGAAAAGUCUGUACAGGUCAAUGUUGUUGUUCUUGAUAAACCUGGAGAACCACAGGGACCUCUUGUUUUUACAGGAGUGGCCAAAGACCGAUGCUGCCUUGCAUGGAAAGCACCCCUUGUAGAUGGUGGCAGCAAGAUCUCUCACUACAUUGUUAAGAGGAGAGAGACUAGCAGGCUUGUCUGGACUGUUGUUGACUCACAUGUGGAGAAGAUUUGUUUGAAGGUUACUAAGCUCCUGGAAGGAAAUGAGUACAUCUUCAGAGUCUAUGCUGUCAACCAGUUCGGAGUGGGUGCACCUCUUGAGUCUGCUGCUGUCACAAUGAAAGAUCCUUUUGAGAUCCCUGACUCACCUAAGAGCCUAGAAGUUUCAGAUAUUAAAAAGGAUUCAAUGAUACUCACCUGGGAGGCUCCUUCUGAAGAUGGAGGCAGUCCUAUCACUGGAUACAUAAUUGAGAAACAUGACAAAGAAGGUGUAAGAUGGACCAGAUGCAACAGGACAACAGUCACUGACUUGAAGUUCAAGAUCACUGGACUCUUGGAAAGCCAUAGUUACGAAUUCAGAGUUGCAGCUGAAAAUGCUGUAGGUGUUGGUGAGCCAAGCUCCCCAACUGUAUACUUCAAAGCUCUUGAUCCCACCUUCAGUCCAGGUCCACCACACAAUCCAAGAGUAACUGACACAACUAAAACAUCAGUAUUCCUGUCAUGGGGCAAGCCUGCCUGUGAUGGAGGCUGCGAGAUUCAGGGAUAUGUUGUUGAGUGCUAGGCCCCUGCUGAACAAUGGACUAUGUGCACACCACCAACAGGUGUCAAGAAGACCAAGUUUGAAGUUGCAAACCUGAAGGAAAACCAAGCAUACAAGUUCAGAGUAUGUGCUAUUAACAAAGUCGGAGUUGGUGAGCAUGCUGAUGUCUCUGGAGCUGUUGUUACCCAGGACAGGGCAGAAGAGCCAGACCUUGACAUUGACCCAGAACUGAGAAAGAUUGUGACCAUUAAAGCCGGAGCUUCCCUUAGAUUGUUUAUUCCCAUCAAAGGAAGGCCCACACCUUCCAUCAAGUGGGACAAGGAUGAAGCUGCACUCAAAGAGACAGCUCAGGUCGAGGUGACCAGCAGUUACACAUCCCUUGUAAUUGACAAGAUGAGCAGGAAUGACAGUGGAAAAUAUACCAUCACUGCAGAGAACUCCAGUGGAACCAAAUCUGCAUUUGUUGUAGUCCGUGUACUUGACACACCUAGCGCUCCUGUUAACUUGAAAGUAAAAGAAAUUACAAACCAGUCAGUGACACUGGCAUGGGAACCACCUCUGUUGGAUGGUGGGUCCAAGAUCAAAAACUAUGUAAUUGAAAAGAGAGAAAGCACCCGCAAAACAUAUGCAGCUGUUAAAACAAAUUGCCAUGCUCUUUCAUACAAGAUUGAGCCACUCCAGGAGGGCUGUAGUUACUACUUCCGAGUCCUUGCUGAGAACGAACAUGGUGUUGGCCUGCCUGCCGCAACUCUUGAUCCUCUUAAGGUCUCAGAGGUGCCCCAGUCUCCAAAGAACUUGAGCGUUACAGAUCAAACCAAGACAAGCAUCUCUUUGGCCUGGGAGAAGCCUGAGUAUGACGGUGGUAGCAGAGUCAUUCAGUACCUACUUGAGGUGCAGCUUAAGGGCCAGGAGAAGUGGAAUGGUGUUAACACAUUUAAGACAAUGGAUGCUACUGUUUCCAAACUGAACCCUGGAGAGGAGUAUCUUUUCAGAGUUACAGCAAUUAAUGAUAAGGGAAAGAGUGACCCCAAAGUCCUUGCUGGUCCAGUAAUGACCAAGGACUUGGUCUUUGAGCCAGAUAUUCGACCAGCCUUCAGCAGCUACAGUGUCAAUGUGGGCAAAGACCUGCAUGUUGACAUUCCCAUCUUUGGACGACCUAAACCAACCGUUUCCUGGAGUAAAGAUGGAGCUCCUCUGAAGUUCACUACCAGAGUCAACAUUCAAAGUUCACCAACACAUACAACACUAAGCAUUAAGGAGGCAGCAGGUGAUGAUGGUGGCAUGUACAGCAUAAAUGCCAAUAACUCAGCUGGAAAGAAGGAUACAACGGUUGAGAUCAUUGUACUUGACAAGCCCGGCCCUCCAUCUGGCCCUGUGAGGUUUGACGAAAUCACAACACAGAGUGUCACUCUUUCAUGGGAUCCACCAAAGCAUAACGGUGGCUGCCAGAUUUCAAACUAUGUUGUACAGAAAAGAGAUACUACCACAACAACAUGGGAAAAUGUCAGCAUCAGCUAUGCCAGAACGACCAUCAAAGUGCCUAGAUUGAAGACUGGAGCUGAAUACCAGUUCAGGAUCAUUGCUCAGAACCGCUACGGCAAGAGCCAUGGUCUGGAUUCAUCUGCUGUGGUUGCUCAGUACCCAUACAGAGAGCCAGGCCCACCAGGCACUCCAUUCAUCUCUUCUCUCUCUAGAGACCACCAGGUUGUUGAGUGGCACGAGCCUGUUUCAGACGGAGGCAGCCCUGUCCUUGGUUACCAUCUUGAAAGGAAAGAGAGGAACAGUAUUCUUUGGGUUAAGAUCAACAAAACAAUUCUUCACGAACCUUGCUUCAAGAGUCACCCCUUGGAGGAGGGUAUUGAGUAUGAAUACAGGGUUUAUGCUGAAAAUAUAGUUGGCAUUGGCAGGUCUAGUAAGAUCUCAGAGGGCUGUGUUGCCCGUGACCCAUGUGAUCCUCCUGGCACACCAGAGGCCAUCCAUGUGACCAAAGAUACCAUUGUCAUCCAGUGGACUAAACCAGAGUAUGAUGGUGGCAGUAAUAUAACUGGCUACACUGUGGAGAAGCGUGAUUUGCCAGAGGGCAGAUGGGUAAGGGCAAACUUCACUAAUGUGAUUGAGACACAGUUCACUGUGACUGGUCUGACUGAGAACGCACAAUAUGACUUUAGAGUCAUUGCUAAAAAUGCUGUCGGCACCAUCAGCAAGCCAUCCUACAACAGCGGACCAGUCAUUGCAAGUGAUAAGUUGGAGGCACCCAAAUUCUCCAUUGACCCUGCGUUCACCAAAACAAUUAUCAUCAAUGCUGGAGAGACCUUCAAGCUGGAUGCUGAUGUCACUGGCAAGCCGCUCCCUACAAUUCAGUGGUUCAGGGAUGAAAAACUAAUUGAGAAUACACUCAGACUAGAGGUAAAAAAUACAGAAAACCAUGCAAUGAUUGUCAUUAAGGACUGUGUUAGAAUUGAUGGUGGAAUUUACACACUCCAGCUGAAAAAUGAGGCUGGUAGUGAAACCGUUCCAUUCAAGGUAGUGGUCCUGGACAGGCCUAGCCAAUGUGAAGGACCCCUCCACGUCACUGGAGUAGCUGAAGAUCGAUGCACACUGGUGUGGCGUGCUCCUCUACAUGAUGGAGGUAGUCCUAUUAAACACUACUUAAUCGAAAGGAGAGAGACCAGCCGUCUAGCUUGGACUGUUGUUUCUAACAGCUGUACAAACACAUGCUACAAAGUCACCAAAUUACUGGAAGGCAACGAGUAUAUGUUCCGUGUCAUGGCAGUUAACAGUUAUGGUGUCAGUGAGUCGCUGGUGUCCAGUGGAGUAAUCAUGAAGACUCCAUUUAUUCCUCCAGGUACACCUCAUAUCGAGGAAGUUUCCAACAUUGCUCAUGAUGGCAUGACCAUUACUUGGUCAGCCCCUGAGACUGAGGGUGGCACUGAGAUUACCAGUUACAUCAUUGAAAAGAGGGACAGAAAUGGAAUCAAAUGGACCAGAUGCAACAGACAGAAAGUCACUGAUCUCUCCUUCCGAGUUACAGGCCUAACCACCAACCAUGAAUAUGAAUUCAGAGUUUCUGCUGAGAAUGUAGUUGGAGCAGGAGAGCCAAGUCUUCCAAGUUCAUACUACAAGGCCUGUGAUCCCAAGUACAAACCUGGUGCCCCAGCAUACGUUAAUGUUAUUGACUCCACAAAGAGUUCUAUUACAGUGUCCUGGGGUAAGCCUCUGUCUGACGGUGGCAGCACCAUUCAAGGAUAUGUUGUUGAAGUCUGUAAGGCUGAGGCGGAGGAAUGGACCAUGGUUACUCCCCCCACUGGCCUCCGUGUCAACAAAUAUGAAAUAACCAAACUUACUGAGGGUCAGGAGUACAAGAUCCAGGUGUGUGCUCUGAACAAACUGGGAGUUGGUGAGCCAGCAGCACUCUCUGGAACAGCUAAACCAGAAGAAAGGGUGGACCCACCACAGAUCCACCUCGACUCUGAGCUGAGGAAGGGCAUCAUUGUGAAGGCUGGUGCAUCUGUUAGAAUUCAUAUUCCAUUCAAGGGCAGGCCAACACCUGAGAUCAAGUGGACUAAAGAUGAGGGAGCCAUCACUGAAAAAGCGGUGGUUGAGAAAGCCCUCAACUUCACACAGCUGUCCAUUGAUUCAUGUGACAGGAGUGACUCAGGAAAAUACGCCCUGACCCUGACCAACAGCAGCGGGUCUGUGUCUGAGGUUGUUUCUGUUAAAGUUCUGGAUACACCCAGUGCCCCACAGAAUCUUGUGGUUAAAGAAGUCAAAAAGGACUCUGUUACUCUUGUAUGGGAUGCCCCACUGAUUGAUGGAGGUUCCAAGAUCAAGAACUAUGUUAUUGACAAACGUGAAUCAACCAGGAAGGCCUAUGCAAAUGUGUCCACAAAAUGCUCCAGGACAACAUAUAAAGUUGAGAACUUGAUUGAAGGUGCUAUGUACUACUUCAGAGUCACGGCUGAGAAUGACUAUGGAAUCGGCCAGGCAGUUGAAACAAAGGUGGCUUCCAAGGCCUCCGAGGUGCCACUGCCUGUUGGAAAAGUCUUCCUCACUGAUGUCACCAAGGUCAGUGCAUCACUGGCUUGGGAGAAACCCGAGCAUGAUGGCGGCAGUAGAAUCGGUGGUUACUUAAUUGAGAUGCAACCCAAAGGUACAGAUAAGUGGGGAGUUGCAACAAAUACAAAGACAUGCGAUGGCACUGUCAAAGGCCUCACAGCAGGAGCAGAAUACCUAUUCCGUAUUAUUGCUUAUAAUGAGAAGGGAAAGAGUGAGCCAAAGGCACUUGCUGCACCUGUUACUGCUAGUGACAUGACCAUCGAACCAAGCAUUAAGAUGCAAUUCAAUACAUACAGCGUAUUGGCUGGAAAAGACUUGAAGUUGGAGUUCCCUGUGCUUGGUAGACCCAAACCUAAAGUUGCAUGGACCAGGGAUGGUCAGCCAUUAAAGGUGACAUCCAGAGUUAAUGUGAUAAGCACUCCAACAACAACUGGAAUUCAAAUUACUGAGGCAUGCAAGGAUGACUUUGGAAAGUAUUCCAUUACAGCAACCAAUAGUGCCGGCACGAUCACUGAGGAUGUGUCUGUCAUUAUCCUUGACAAGCCUGGUCCACCAACAGGCCCAAUCAAGGUUGUUGAAGUGAGCAACACAUUCGUCCAUCUCUCCUGGGAGCCCCCACAGUACAUGGGUGGAUGCCAGGUAAAGAACUAUAUAGUGGAAAAGAGAGACACCACCACCACAACAUGGCAGCCAGUCACUACACAGCUAGCCAGAACAGCCUUCAAGGUCACCAAGCUGAAGACUGGUGCAGAAUAUCAGUUCAGAAUCAUAGCUGAAAACAGAUAUGGAAAGGGUGCAUCCCUGGACUCCAAGUCCAUUGUUGUUCAAUAUCCAUACAAGCCACCAGGACCCCCAGGAACACCACAUGUCAAAUCUGCAACCAAGGAAAUGAUGAUCAUUGAAUGGAAUGAACCAGUCAAUGAUGGUGGAAGUACAGUUAUUGGGUACCACCUGGAAAGCAAGGAGAGAAGCAGCAUAAUGUGGAACAAACUGAACAAGACCCUUAUCACUGAUACUCAGUUCAAGAUCUGCAAUCUUGAGGAAGGUAUUGGAUACGAAUUCAGAGUGUAUGCUGAAAAUAUUGUUGGUGUUGGCAGAUGCAGCAAAGCAUCAGAGUCCUUUGUUGCCCGUGACCCAUGCGAUCCUCCUGGUGCUCCUGAAGCUAUCUCUAUUUCUAAGACCCUGAUCAAGAUUCAGUGGACCAAGCCUGAGUAUGAUGGUGGCAGCAAAGUAAAUGGUUAUAUUGUGGAAAGGAAAGAUCUUUCCUCUGCUGAUAAGCGCUGGGUUAGAGCUAAUUUCACUAAUAUAGUUGAGACGGAGUAUAUCGUCACUGGCUUGACAGAGAAUGAACAAUAUGAAUUCAGAGUUAUUGCAAGAAAUGCCGCUGGAGUCUUCAGUGAACCAUCUGACAGCUCUGGACCCAUUACUGCUACUGAUGAAAUUGAACCACCAAGGGCCUCAAUGGAUCCCAAAUACAAGGAUGUCAUCGUUGUCAAUGCUGGAGAAAGCUUGCAUCUCGAUGCAGACAUCCAUGGAAAACCAAUCCCUGACGUUGUCUGGCAAAAAGAGGGCAAGGAAAUGGACAAAGCCCUGCGCAUUGAAGUAAGAACUACACAGAAACGUGCAGCUAUGACCAUCAAGGAUGUAACCAAGCUUGACGGUGGCCACUAUGACCUUGUCCUCAAGAAUCUGGGUGGUGUAAAAACCUUCCCUAUCACUGUCAAAGUCCUUGAUAAACCAGGUCCACCCACUGGACCUAUAAAAACGACAGGAGUUAUGGCUGACAGGUGCAUCCUUGCCUGGUCUGAACCAACUCUGGAUGGUGGGGCUAGUAUCACUCACUAUGUCUUGGAGAAGAGAGAGACUAGCAGGUUGUCCUGGACAGUGGCUGCAUCAGAUAUCAAGGGUUUGUACCAUAAAGUAACAAAUCUGCUCCCUGGAGAUGAAUAUAUUUUCAGAGUCAGAGCAGUAAAUAAAUAUGGUCUUGGUGAUUUCCUUGAGAGUGAACCCAUCAUUGCACGCAAUCCUUACAAGCCACCUAGUGCUCCUGGAACUCCAGAAGCAAGUCAGAUCACAAAGGACUCUAUGGUACUGUCUUGGAGUGCUCCAGAACUGAUUGGUGGAGCUGACAUUGAAAACUACCACCUUGAAAAACGUGACAAAGACAGUGUAAGGUGGACAAAAUGCAACCGACAAAAGCUCACUGACACCCACUUCAAGGUCACAGGUCUGAUGACCGACCACUUCUAUGAGUACCGUGUAUCUGCUGAGAAUGAGGCUGGAAUGGGAGACCUUAGUGAAUUGUCCCUAUUCUACAGAGCAUGUGAUGCCCUAACACCACCCGGACCUCCACACCAUCCUAAGGUGACAGACUACACAAAGUCUUCUGUGUCUCUGUCCUGGGGUAAACCUGACUUCGAUGGUGGCGCCUAUGUAAAGGGCUACAUUGUUGACAUGAGGGAGUACACACCAGUGCCUGAAUCAACAGAGGAGGCAGAAGUAGCACCAGCAGUAGAGGCACCAGUUGAAAAAGAAUGGACCAUGUGCACUCCACCCAGUGGCAUUCAAACCACUAAACUCACUAUCAAAGACCUGAAGGAGGGUGGAGAGUACCAGUUCAGAGUCUGCGCUAUUAACUCUGAGGGAGUGGGGGAGGCUGCUAAUGUCCACAGCACUGUGGUCACUUCUGACAGGGUAGAGGCACCAGAGAUCGAGCUGGAUGCUGAUCUUAGAAAGGUGGUAUCCGUCCGUGCUUGUGGAACUCUGCGUCUGUUUGUCACAAUCAGGGGAAGGCCUGAACCUGCAGUGAAGUGGGAGAAGGUUGAGGGUACUCUCACAGACCGUGCUGCAAUUGACACCACCAGUUCAUACACCAUGCUUGUCAUUGACAAUGUGAAUCGCUUUGACAGUGGUAAAUACUCACUAACACUGGAGAACAGCAGUGGUUCAAAAUCUGCAAUUGUUGCAGUAAGAAUUUUGGAUACACCAAGUGCACCCCAAAACUUCUCUGUGAAGGAGCUGAAGAAGGAUUCAGUGACUCUCGGCUGGGAUACACCACUCACUGAUGGUGGUGCUAAAAUCACAAACUAUAUUGUAGAGAAGAGGGAGUCUGUCAGAAAGGCCUAUACGACUGUUACCAGCAACUGCCUGACCAACUCUUUCAAAAUUGAAGAGCUGCCUGAGGGUGGCACUUUCUACUUUAGAGUAUGUGCUGUUAAUACAUAUGGCCAAGGACAGAUGGUUGAAACCAAAGAAAUCAAAGUGUCUGAGGUACCAAUGCCACCAGGCAAGGUUAGCCUUGUGGAUUUAACAAAGACCAGUGUGACACUGGCAUGGGAAAAACCUGCUCAUGAUGGUGGAAGCAAAGUAAUGUGCUACAAUGUAGAAUUUAAACCUAAGAGUGGAGAUAAAUGGGGCACAGCAUGCACAGUGAAGGUGCCUGAAGCAACUAUUCCUAAUCUCACUCCUAAUGAAGCCUAUUUAUUCAGAGUUGUUGCAAUCAAUGAGAAGGGCAAGAGCGAGCCAAAGGAUCUUGGCUUGCCUGUGGUUGCAAAGGAUGUUGAAAUUGAACCAUCCAUCAACUUACUGUUUAACACAUACAGUGUGAAGGCUGGAGGUGACCUUACUGUUGAGAUACCAGUAAGAGGCAGGCCGAAGCCUGUUGUAUCCUGGAAGAAGGAUGGCCUUCCUUUGAAGCAAACAUCAUCAGUGACUCUGUUGAACACUCCAACUUCAUCCAAAAUUAUCAUCAAAGAGGCUAACAGAGAACAUGUUGGCAAGUAUGAGAUUACUCUGGCAAACACAGCAGGAACUGUCACAUCAGAUAUUGGAGUUGUUGUCCUUGAUAAACCAGGUGCACCUAAAGGUGUAAAGGUUGACUCCGUGACAUCAGACAGCAUCACUCUGUCGUGGUCUCCACCAGAUUAUGAUGGUGGCUGCUCCAUUAGUAACUACAUUGUGGAGAAGAGGGACACAAACACACAAGAAUGGCAGAUGGUAGCAAGUAAUGUUGCUCGAACAUCGUUCAAGGCUGGCCGCCUGACCCAUGGAUCAGAGUACCAAUUCCGCAUCUAUGCAGUCAACCGUUAUGGCAAGAGUCCAUAUCUGGAUUCACCUGGAAUCACUGCUCAGUAUACCUUCAAACAACCAGGACCUCCUUCCACGCCCAUAGUGAAGCUGGCCACCAAGUCUUUCAUGCUGGUAACGUGGAACGAGCCAGUCAAUGAUGGUGGUAGUCCUGUGGUGGGCUACCAUCUGGAGAGGAAGGAGCGCUCCAGCAUUCUUUGGACAAAGAUGAACAGAGGAAUGAUCAAAGACACACAAUACAAAGUCAAUGGAGUUGAAGAGGGUAUGAUGUAUGAAUACCGCAUCUAUGCUGAAAAUAUUGCUGGUAUUGGUAAAUGCAGCAAGGCCUGUGAAGCUGUAGCAGCCAGAGAUCCAUGUGAUCCUCCAGGCACACCUGUCGUCACUGCUAUCACCAGGACAUCUGUCUCCUUAUCUUGGGAAAAACCAGAGUAUGAUGGUGGAGCCAAGGUUUCUGGCUACACCAUUGAACGCAGAGACCUCCCUGAAGGACGCUGGACAAGGUGCAACUUCACUAAUGUACCUGAGACCCACUAUGAAGCAACAGGCCUUUCAGAGAACAGCCAGUAUGACUUCCGUAUAAUUGCUAAGAAUGCAGCUGGAUUGUUCAGUCAUCCAUCUUACAACACCGGCCCCAUCACUGUCAAGGAUGAUGUGGAUCCACCACGCAUUAUGAUGGAUGUCAAGUUCAGAGAGACAGUGCAUGUGAAAGCAGGAGAAACUCUGAAGAUUAAUGCUGAUCUCGCUGGACGCCCUGCCCCUGUCGUUUCCUGGACCAAGGACGGCAAAGAAAUUGAACUGAGGGCCAGAAUUCAGAUUGUUUCAACAGAAACCAGUACUUCUGUCAUUGUGAAGGACUGCAUCAGAAGAGAUUCUGGACAGUAUGUCCUGACUCUACAGAAUAUUGGUGGAACAGUUACCAUGCCAGUAAACUGUGUGAUUCUAGAUAAGCCAGGACCCGCAGCAGGACCUCUGCAGAUCACAGGUCUCACAUGUGAGUAUUGCACUCUGUCAUGGGGUGCUCCUCAGGAGAUCGGUGGUGCUGACAUCACACAUUACGUUGUUCAAAAGCGUGAGACUAGCCGCUUGGCGUGGACAGUGGUGAAGGGAGAUGUCACAAAGACAUACCUGAAGGUAACAGGACUGAUUAAGGGCAAUGAAUAUAUAUUCAGGGUUCUGGCUGUCAACAAGCAUGGACUUGGUGAGGCCCUUGACAGUGAGGCUGUGAAGAUUACAGAUCCAUACACUUUUGCCACCGCUCCAACUAAUGUUGACGUCACUGCCAUAACUGGAGAUUCAAUGACCCUUACUUGGUGCAAGCCAGCCAGUGAUGGAGGCAGCCCCAUCACAGGAUAUGUGAUUGAGCGCCGUGAAAAGACAGGUAUGCGCUGGGUCCGUGUGAACAGGGAUCCAGUUGUUGAAUGUACCACAGUAGUAACCAAACUACGUAAGAGUUGUGAGUAUGACUUCAGAGUCUACGCGGAAAAUGCUGCUGGUAUGAGCCCCCCGAGUGAGCGAUCUGCAACAUUCAGAGCAUUAGAUCCUCUGGUUGUUCCUUCUCGUCCAACAAAGCCAAAGAUUAUAAGUUCAAACAAGGACAGUGUGUCCAUUGUCUGGAAACCUCCAACAAAUGAUGGCGGUGCUCCCGUCCUUGGAUAUAGUGAAGAAUAUGAGGAGGAGGAGGAAGAGGAGGUAUUUGAAUCACCUGAAGAACUAGCUAGAUGGGUUGAAGCUAUCCCUCUUACUAAGAGCUUGGAGUUCACUAUCGCUGGACUUAAGACAGAUGCAGAAUAUGAAUUCUGUGUCAAGGCAAUAAAUAAAAUUGGCAGCAGUGCACGUAGCCCAUAUUCAGAUGCAGCUGCAGCAAUGGAUAGAACUGCAGAACCAUCAUUUGAUGUCGACAUUGAGAUGCGUAAAGUACUCCUUGUCAAGCAUGGCACAGCAUUUACUCUCAAUGUGCCAUUCAAGGGCAAGCCUGUGCCAUCAGUGGUAUGGGCCAAGGAGGGUGUUGAUCUUAAGGUCAGAGGAACCAUUGAAUCAACAAAAUCGAGCACUUCACUGACCAUGGAGAAUGCAACCAGAAAUGACUCUGGAGAGUACAGCGUCACAAUUGAGUCACCACUAGGAACAGCAACACUGCCCAUGGUUGUCAAGGUUCUUGACUCUCCUGGACCUCCUGUCAAUGUUAAAGUUUCAGCAGUUACCAGGGAUUCUGCAACCCUCACCUGGGAAGCUCCAGAGAAUGAUGGCGGUGAGGUAGUCAAGGCCUACCAUGUUGAAAAACGUGAGGCCAGCAAGAAGGCCUGGGUGUCUGUGACCAGCAACUGCCGUGCACUGACUUACAAGAUAGAAGACUUACAGGAGGGAGCCAUGUAUUACUUCAGAGUUAUUGGAGAAAAUGACCAAGGAGUGGGUGUCCCUCAGGAGGCCAAGGCUGGAACUAAGAUUACAGAGGUACCAAGUAUACCCAUGAAACUUGGAGUUGUAAAUGUUACCAAGGACAGCGUCACAAUCGCCUGGACAAGACCAGAAUACGAUGGUGGUAGCAGGGUCAAAGGCUAUCUUAUUGAUGCCCUGGAGAAGGGACAGACCAAGUGGGUGAAGUGUGCCACUGUAAGGACCAUGAACCACACCAUCAAGAACCUGCGGGAAUGUGCCGAGUACUACUUCAGAGUGCGUGCUGAGAACCACGCCGGACUUAGUGAACCCAAGGAGAUGAUCGUACCUGUUAUUGUCAAGGAAAUACACGAGGCUCCAGAGUUUGACAUGAAGAACUACCCCAAGAAUACAGUUUAUGUGAAAGCAGGAUCUGACCUGACCUUUGAGAUUCCUCUCACUGGCAGGCCCAUGCCGAAGGUGACCAUGUCCAAGAACAAUGUUGUCAUCAAGGGAUCUAAGAGGCUGCUAGCAGAAGUAACUCCAGACAGUUUAGUCAUCACCCUAACUGAAAGCAUUUCAAGUGAUGCUGGUAAAUACGAAGUCACUGCCUCAAAUGCGGGAGGUACCACCAAGAUCUUCAUUAUAUUUGUUGUGCUGGACAGACCUGGACCUCCUGUUGGUCCGGUCGAAACUGGAGAGGUCGGAGAGACCACAGUAUGUCUGAAAUGGGCUCCUCCAGAGUAUGACGGUGGCAGUCCUGUUACCAACUACAUUGUUCUGAAACGUGAAACCAGCACUCCUACCUGGGCUGAGGUGUCCACUAGCAUUGCCAGAAGCUCCAUUAAGGUGACUAAGCUCACCAAGGGAGAAGAGUAUCAGUUCAGAAUCAAGGCUCAGAACCGACUCGGUUUCAGCAACCAUAUCGACAGCAAGCCGGUCAUGAUAAAGCUUCCAUACACCAUCCCUGGACCUCCAUCCACACCAUGGCUCAGCUUUGUAUCCAGAGAGAGCCUGACGGUUUGCUGGAAUGAGCCAGUUGUUGAUGGUGGAAACCCUGUGUUUGGAUAUCAUCUCCAAAUGAAGGAGAGGAGCAGCAUCCUCUGGCAGAAGAUCAAUAAGACAGCAAUCCCAGGAAACCAGUGGCGAGUCACAAACAUCUGUCCUGGACUCAUCUAUGAAUUCAAGGUGGCAGCUGAAAAUGCCGCCGGUAUUGGAAAGUUGAGUAAGACGUCUGAAGAGGUGCUUGCUAUUGAUGCUUGCGAGCCUCCAGCAAAUGUCCAUAUCACGGAAGUCACCAAGAACUCGGUCAGCCUGGCCUGGCAGAGACCUCCAUAUGAUGGUGGCAGCAAGAUUACCGGCUACAGUGUGGAAAGGAGGGAUCCUGCCAGUAAUAGAUGGGUGAAGGCCAACUUCACAAACAUCAUUGAGCUGGGCUUCACUAUAUCUGGUCUGAACCAGGACGAGUCCUAUGAGUUCAGAGUGUACGCCAAGAAUGCUGUUGGGUCUGUCAGCAACCCAUCUCUCAUUGCUGGCCCAGUCACCUGUGUUGACGCUUGUGGUGCCCCAGCCAUUGACCUUCCUCCAGAGUACCUGGAUGUGGUUCAGUACAAGGCUGGAGCUUCAGUUAAGCUUAGAGUCGGAAUCAUCGCCAACCCUCUGCCAACCAUCGAGUGGCUCAAGAAUGGAAAUGAGCUGGUACAAAGCUCUACCCUGUCCAUUGAAAGCACAACUGACUCUUCUGCUGUUCUGAUUAAGGAUGCAGCUCGCUUUGACACGGGCUCAUACAAGAUCAAGAUCAGGAAUGUUCUGGGCUCAGCAUCUGCUACCAUCAGGAUUGAAAUCCUAGACAAACCUGGACCCCCAGCUGGUAUGAUUAACUUCAACUCUGUCACGGAAGACAGGAUCAUCUUCAGCUGGGAUCCUGUACCCGAGUCUGACCAGGGAGGUUCCAAGGUGACCCAUUACAUUGUGGAGAGGCGUGAAACCAGCCGAGUAGUCUGGACGACAAUUUCAGAAAAGCACGAGCAGACACACGCCUCUGCCACCAAGCUGAUGCGUGGAAAUGAGUAUGUGUUCCGCGUAAUGGCUGUUAAUAAGUAUGGAGUUGGAGAGCCUCUGGUGUCAGAGCCCGUCCUCGCCAAGAAUGCCUUUGUUACUCCUGGGCAGCCUCACACUCCUGAGGUGAAUACAAUCACCAAGUCCACUAUGGUGGUUGAAUGGGACAAACCAGGUGUAGACGGAGGUAGCACCGUGACUGGCUACUAUCUGGAGAGACGCGACAAGAAAAGCUUGCGCUGGAUCAGAGUUUACAAAGACCCCGUUACUGGCAUUAAACAGAGUGUCUACCAUCUGACAGAAGGAAACGAGUAUCAGUAUCGCGUCUGUGCCAUCAACAAGGCUGGAGAAGGACCGUUCUCUGAUGCAUCAGACUUCUACAAGGCUGCUGACCCAGUUGAUCCACCAGAUGAGCCUUGCAAGCUGAAGGUUGUGGACUCCACCAAGACAUCCAUCACUUUGGGUUGGUCUAAGCCAGAAUGGGACGGAGGCAGCGAGGUCAUCAGCUACAUGAUUGAGAAGCUUGUUGAAGGAGAGACAGAAUGGUCUAAGAUUACCUCCAAGGGAGAGGUCAAGACGACAGAAUACAUCGUUCACGACCUAAAGCCAGACGUCAGCUACUUCUUCAGAGUUUCUGCUGUCAACUGUGCUGGCCGUGGAGUGCCUCUGGAGAUGACUGAGCCUGUGCAAGCAAAGGAUAUCCUGGAGGAGGCCCAGAUCGACUCUGAUGUGGCCAUGAGAAGUCAUUACAUUGUGAAGGCUGGCAAGGAUGUGGAGCUGUCUGUCCCUCUGAAGGGCAGACCUGCUCCCACUGCUUCCUGGAGCAAGGGAGAAGAAUGCAUCGAUCGUGACCCCAAAUAUGAAUUCCACCACUCAGACACUACCACAGUCCUUGUCAUGCGUGAAGUGACCAGGCUCGACACCGGAAAGUACACAGUGAAGAUAGAGAAUGGUGUUGGACAGCCAAAGACCCUGACCCUGUCCGUGAAGGUCCAGGAUUCUCCAGCUCACUGCAAUAACCUGGUCCUGAAGGAAGUGACUCGUGGAAAGGUCACUCUCUGCUGGGAGCCUCCACUCCUGGAUGGUGGCGCAGAGAUCACAAACUACAUUGUGGAGAAGAGAGAUUCCUCCAAGAGAUCCUUCUCCUCAGUGACAAGCAAAUGCAUGGAUACAACGUACACAAUUGAAGACCUCUCAGAGAAGACAUCCUUCUUCUUCCGAGUGUUGGCAGAGAAUGAGAAUGGUGUUGGUGAUCCAUGUGAAACACUUGAGCCUGUGAAGGCCACAGAGACUCCAGGACCAGUCAAGGAGAUUUCUAUGAAGGAUUCGUCAAAGACCUCCAUCACUCUGCAGUGGCUGAAGCCGGAUUACGAUGGCGGCAGCAUCAUCUCUGACUAUGUCGUUGAAAAGAAGCUCAAGGGUGAGGAAUGGUCAUUGGGAGGAACCAGCAGACAGUGUGAGUUUGAGGUUAAGAAACUCAAGGAGCACUCAGAGGUGUUCUUCAGAGUGGCUGCCAGGAAUGAGAAGGGACAGGGCGACUUUGUUGAGGCUGGGCCUAUCAAGGUCAUUGACUACAUUAUCACACCUGAGGCAAGCCUCGCAGAGUACCCAGGUGGCCGCAUCAAGGUUCGUCUGGGUCACAAUGUGCACAUUGAGCUGCCAUACAAAGGUAAACCCAAACCUUCUGUUCUGUGGCUGAAGGAUAACCUGCCUCAGAAGGAGAGUGAUCAAAUCCGCUUCAAGACGACAGAAAACAAAGCCACACUUAUGAUUAAAAAUGUGAAGAAGGAGAAUGAGGGUAAAUACACCCUAACGCUUGACAACAAGGUCAACAGAAGAUCCUUCCACAUCCAUGUCAUCACACUUGGACCACCAUCAAAGCCUGUCGGACCCAUCCGCCUGGAUGAAGUGAGAGCUGAGAGCAUCAUGAUCUCCUGGGAUGAACCCCUUGAUGAUGGUGGUGGAGACAUCUCUUGCUACACUGUAGAGAAGCGGGACACCGCCAAGAACGAAUGGAAGAUGGCCUGCUCCUGUGUCGAGGAUACUCAGUUUAAGGCCCUCAACCUGAUCAAGGGUCUCCAGUACCAGUUCAGAGUGUGUGCUGAGAACAGAUACGGUGUCAGCGAGCCUCUGCUCUCACAGACGGUAAUUGCUAAGCACCAGUUCAGACCUCCAGGCCCACCAGGCAAACCUGUCGUAUACAAUAUCACCAACGAUGGCAUGACCAUCCAGUGGGAGAAGCCCAUCUUUGACGGUGGUACCCCUAUCCAGGGCUACCACGUGGAGAAGAAGGAGAAGAACAGCAUCAUGUGGCAAAAGGUCAACACCGUGCUGAUCAAAGAAACCGAUUUCAGGAUCUUGGAACUGAUUGAAGGUCUCGAGUACUCCUUCAGAGUCUACACCCAGAAUGAUGCUGGCUUCAGCCGAAUGAGUGAUGAGAGCAAGUCGACCAUGGCCGUCAGUCCUGUUGAUCCUCCUGGCCAGCCUGACUACACUGAUGUGACAAGUGACUCAGUGACAUUGAAAUGGGAUGCACCCAAACGUGAUGGUGGAAGCAAGAUUACCAGCUACAGCCUUGAGAAACGCCAAGGAAAAGGCCGCUGGUUCAAGGCCAACUUGACUGAUGUACAUGAAUGUCUGUACACUGUGACUGGGUUGGCAACAAAUGAACGCUACGAGUUCAGAGUGACUGCCAGAAAUGCCAUUGGUGUUGUCAGCCCUCCCUCAAACUCCUCCGGCAUGAUCGUGGUUAGAAGUGAGAACGCUGCUCCAAUAAUUGAGUUUGGUGCGGAGUACUUUGAGGGUUUGACAGUCAAGGCGGGAGACAACAUCAGGCUAAAGGCGGCCAUCAAUGGACGCCCUGUUCCCAAGGUUGUCUGGUUCAGAGACGGUGUUGAGGUUACCAAAAAGAUGAUGGACAUUAUUAAUGUAGCUGGAUCAAGCACUUUGUUUGUCAGGGACGCUGACCGUUCCCACCGUGGCCUCUACACUGUGGAGGCUACCAACGGAUCUGGAAGCAAAAAAGCAGACAUUCUUGUUCAAGUUCAAGACACACCAGGGGAGCCAGUGGGACCCAUCACUUUCACAAACAUCUCAGAGGGUAAGUGCACUCUCUCUUGGAACCCACCAGAGAAUGACGGCUGCUCAGAGAUUUCACAUUACAUCAUUGAGAAGCGCGAGACUGCCAAGAUCUCCUGGGCUUUGGUGACUGAUGAAUGUAUGGAGUGCACUUACAAUGCAACCAAGCUCAUCAAGACCAACGAGUACCAGUUCAGGGUCUCUGCUGUUAACAAGUUUGGAGUUGGUAGACCUGUGGAGUCUAGCCCCAUCAUUGCAAAGAUGCAAUACACUACUCCUGAUGCUCCAAGCACCCCUGAUGCUACUGAGACAACAGGAGAGAGCAUCACCCUGUCCUGGAGCGCUCCAACAUCUGAUGGAGGAAACCCUAUUCAGUAUUACCUGCUGGAGAAACGAGAAAAGAAGACUGUCCGCUUCUACAAGGUGAUUACCAAGAAGCCCAUCGUUGAAUGUGCUCACAAGGUGCUCAACCUGACAGAGGAUAUGGAAUACGAGUUCCGUGUAAUGGCGGUCAAUGAUGCUGGUGUUGGAGCUCCUAGCAACAUUUCUUUUGCUAUCAAAGCCGCAGAGCCAAAGGAUAUUCCUUGUGCUCCAUCUGUGGUCUGUGUGUCCGACUCCACCAACACCUCCAUCAGCCUGGAAUGGUCCAGACCUGCAGAUGACGGAGGCAUGGAGGUCCAGGGCUACAUUAUCGAGAAGGUCAAGGGAGAUGAGACUGAAUGGAAGAGAGUGAAUGAAGAGCUGGUGGCAGAAACAAAUUACACUGUGACCGGUCUACAGACAGGAGCUGAGUACAAGUUCCGUGUUGCAGCUGUCAAUCAUGUGGGUAGAGGUGAGUACCAGGAGAUCCCAGAGCCUGCUCAGGCUGUGGACAGACUCACACCACCACAGGUGGAUAUUGAUGCUAGCUUUAAGCAGACUCACAUCGUCAAGCGUGAAGGUUCAGUGUGCCUGGCUGUUCACUUCAGAGGAAAACCAAUUCCCAAGGCCACCUGGGUGAAGGAAGAAGGGGAGCUGGGCGCCUUGGCAGAGAUCACAACCACAGACGGCUACAGUUCUUUAAGCAUUGAAAACUGUUCGAGAAAUGAUACGGGCAAAUACACUGUUAACCUUGAGAACUCGAGUGGCAGCAAAGCCGUCACAUUCACUGUUAAAGUGAUGGACACUCCUGGACCUCCACAAGCCGUCGCCUUCAAGGAGGUGUCCAGAGGAACGGUCACCCUUAUCUGGGAGCCUCCUCUUAAUGACGGUGGAGCAAGAAUCCAUCACUUUAUCGUUGAGAGGCGCGAGGCUAGCCGUCGCACUUGGCAGCAGUCUGGUGGCAAGUGCACUCAGCAUAUCCUGAAGAUCCAGGACCUGCUCGAGGGAGUGCCAUACUUCUUCAGGGUCUCAGCCGAGAACCAGCAUGGUGUGGGUGAGGCCUUCGAGCUGACUGAGCCUGUCAUUGCCACCGCAGAGCCAGCAGCUCCAAAGAGAAUGGAUAUCCUGGACACCACCGACAGCUCCGUGUCACUAGGCUGGCUGAAACCAGAGCAUGACGGUGGCAGCCGCAUUCAGGGUUACGUCAUUGAGGCCAAACCAAAGGGUGGGGACAAAUGGGUAGUGGCUGGAACCUCCACAAAUCUCACAUAUGUGGUUGAAAAGCUCAACAAGGGUGCUGAGUACGACUUCCGUGUGAAGGCCAAGAAUGAAUCUGGCUACAGCUUGCCCAGGGAAACUCUGGCUCCUGCACUGGUCAAAGAGCCUCACAUUGAACCUGCUGCUGAUCUCAGUGAGAUCACCAACCAGCUCAUUACAUGCAACUCUGGCAGGACCUUCACCAUUGAUGUUCCCAUCAGUGGAAGACCUGCUCCUAAGGUCAGCUGGAAGCUGGAAGAGAUGAGGCUGAAGAACUCAGACAGAGUCACCAUCCAAGUGACUAAAGACAGAGCCAGCAUCUCAGUCAAGGAGGCCAUGAGAGGAGAUGGUGGUAAAUACUUCCUGACUCUAGAGAAUGUGGCAGGAACCAAGACCUUCACUGUUGAAGUUAAUGUCACAGGUAGACCCAGUCCUCCAAGUGCACCAAUUGAGAUCUCAUCCAUCACCUCUGAAUCCUGCGUCGUUAGCUGGCAACCGCCAGAGGACGAUGGUGGCACUCAAAUCACAAACUACAUCGUGGAGAAGCGCGAGUCUGGCUCCACUGCCUGGCAGCUGAUCAACUCCAGCGUGAAGCGCACAUCUCUGGACGUCAGUCACUUGACCAAGUACAUGCAGUACACAUUCAGGGUCUCAGCCGAGAACCGGUUUGGUGUCAGCAAGCCCACUGAGUCUGAGACGAUUGUCGCAGAACAUCCUUUCACACCUCCUGGCCCACCAACAAGGCCUUCAGUGUCAAACGUCACUGCUAACGCAAUGACCCUUAAGUGGGAGGAGCCAUACAAUGAUGGCGGAAGCAAGGUGACAGGCUACUGGAUCGAGAAGAAGGAGAGAAACAAUAUCCUGUGGGUGAGGGAGAACAAGAUCCCCUGCUUUGAGUGCUACAGCAGGAUGGAAGGCCUGGUGGAAGGCCUGGAGUACCAGUUCAGGGUUUAUGCCAUGAACAGUGCUGGACUGAGCAAAGCCAGCGAGGCCUCCAAGGGAACAGUCGCUCAAAACCCAGUUGAUCCACCAAGUAAGCCUGAAGUCACAAAUGUCACAAGAACCACAGUGUCCCUUAAAUGGUCGUCUCCACUGUAUGACGGCGGCAGUCCUAUCGUGGGCUACAUCAUCGAGCGUAAGCCGUACACUCUGACCGGUGAGGGCCGCUGGCUCAAGUGUAACUACACCAAUGUGACAGACACCUUCUUCACUGUUACCGCCCUGGGAGAGGGAGAGCCGUACGAGUUCAGAAUCAUUGCCAAGAAUGCCAACCAGGUCUUCAGCAUGCCCUCAGAGUCCACUGGCUCUGUGCAGUGCAAGACCGACUUCGAGCCUCCGAAGGCCCUGCUUGACAGCAAACUCCUGUCCGAAACUGUCAAUGUGAGAGCCGGGUCAGACCUGGUUCUGGAUGCUGCAGUAGGAGGCAGACCUGACCCCAAGGCUUCUUGGGCAAAGGGCAACAGGGAUCUGGAGUUGUGUGAAAAGUACCACCUCCAGUACACCCCCACCAAGGCCAUGGCUAUUAUUAAGUUCUGUGACAGAGAUGACACUGGAAAGUACAUCCUCACUGUCAGGAACGUGAGCGGAACUAAGACUGCUGAGGUCAACGUCAAAGUGCUUGACACCCCUGGAGUGUGUGAAGGCUCCAUCGAGAUCAGCAAGAUCACAGAGGAGUCCUGCACACUGAGCUGGAAGCCUCCUAUUGAAGAUGGCGGCGACGACGUCUCCUAUUACAUCGUGGAAAGGCGUGACACCAACAGGCUGAACUGGGUCAUCAUGCAAGCAGAGUGCAAGGAGCUGACCUGCAACAUCACUGGACUGUUCAAGAACACAGAGUACCUAUUCAGAGUCAGGGGUGUCAACAAGUACGGACCUGGAGUCCACCUGCAGUCAGAGCCCAUGGUUGCAAGAAACACUUUCACUGUGCCGUCUCCUCCUGGUGCCCCAGAGAUUGUGGUGUCAGGAAAGGACUUUGCCACCAUCCAGUGGCUGAAGCCGGAGAGCGAUGGCGGCAGCCCACUGAUCCAUUACCUGGUUGAAAGGCACGAGAGAAAGAGUGCCCGAUGGGUGAAGGUGAACCGGGAUGGAGCCUUCCUGGACACCCUACUGAAGGUUUCUGGUUUGACUGAAGGCAACAUCUACCAAUUCAGAGUCACUGCAAUCAAUAAGGCUGGAGAGAGCGAACCCAGCGAGGUGUCUCUGUAUGUUGUCUGCAGACCACCAAAAUGCACCCCUGCUGCUCCUUCUAUCCCUCGUAUCACCGAUACCCACGCUGACAGCAUCAGCCUGGCCUGGUCUCGCCCUGUAGAGGACGGAGGAGCUGACGUGAUCGGCUACAUCCUGGAGAUGCAGGAAGCUGGAGCAGAGGAAUGGAAGAAGGCCCACGAAAAGACCUUGCGUACUGCAGAGUAUGUGGUGACUGGACUAUCUGCAGGCAAGAAGUACUGCUUCAGAGUGGCCGGCAUCAACAUCAACGGCACAGGAGACAUCAGUGAACCCUGUGCUGAGACCGAGCCAGUGGAGAGAAUUGAAACUCCUGACUUUGAGCUGCACGAUGACCUGAAGAAGACCAUCUGCCUGCGUGCCGGUGGAUCACUCCGCCUGUUCGUUAAUGUCACUGGUCGACCCACUCCCGCCAUCACUUGGAGCAAGCCUGGUGUUGACCUCCACAACAGAGGCUUCAUUGACAUCACCACCACUUCCACCACACUCAUCAUCGACAGGGUCCACCGCUAUGAUGCUGGGAAGUACACGCUGGUGGCUGAGAAUUCUGCUGGAAAACAGGAAGUCAACAUUCUGGUCAAGGUCUACGAUACUCCUGGACCAACUGGUUCAAUCAAAAUCAAGGAGUUGACCAAAGAGUCUGCAACCAUUUCCUGGGAAGCUCCAACAGUGGACGGUGGUGCUCCUGUCAACAACUAUAUCAUUGAGAGGCGCGAGGCCUCCAUGAGAGCCUACAAAACCGUCACCUCCAAGUGCAGCAAGACAUCUUACAAGAUCGACAACUUGAUGGAGGGCAUGCUCUACUACUUCCGAGUCCUCCCUGAGAACAUCUAUGGUAUUGGUGAGCCCUGUGAGACUCCUGAUGUCAUCCUGGUUUGCGAGGUGCCUCUUUCACCACACAAGCUGGAGAUGAUCGACGUCACCAAGACCACAGUCACCCUGGGCUGGGAGAAGCCUGAGCAUGAUGGUGGCAGCAGACUGACAGGCUAUAUCAUUGAAGCCUGCAAGUUUGGCACUGACAAGUGGAUGAAGGUGGCCACGCUGAAGACCACAGACUUCGAGCACACGAUCGAGAAGCUUAAUGAGGGCGAGCAGUACUUGUUCAGAAUCAAAGCAACCAACAGCAGAGGAGCCAGCGAGCCCAAAGAGCUGGUUACUGCAAUCACUGUACAGGAACAGAGAGUCAUGCCUGUGGUGGACUUCACCAGUAUUCCUCAGAAGGUUGUCAAUGUCCUGGCUGGUAAGACUCUGGAACUGGACCUGCCCAUCAUUGGCAGGCCUCCUCCCGUCUGCUCCUGGUACUUCGCAGACAACAAGAUGAAAGUCACAGACCGUGUCAAGAUCAAGAGCACUGGCAAAUUCUCCAAACUGACCAUGACUGACACGACUAUCGACGACACCGGGGACUAUACCCUGGAGGUGAAGAACGCCGUUGGUCUUCUCACCGAGGUCAUCAAAGUCAUUAUCCUCUCGAAACCUGAUGAACCAAUGGGACCUAUCAGGUUCGAUGAGAUCGAUGCCACCACCGUCACCUGCAGCUGGGAUCCUCCGGCCAGAGAUGGCGGAGCUCCCAUUAGUGGCUACGCAGUAGAACAGCGUGACGCUCACAGACCCGGCUGGGUGCCUGUCUGCGACUCUGUCAGCCGACCAACCUUCAAGUUUGAGAAUCUGAUUGAGGGAGAUGAGUAUGUCUUCCGUGCAGCUGCUAUUAAUCGAUACGGCACCGGAGAAUUCCUGCAAUCUGAGGUUGCCACCUGCAGGAGCUUGAAGGAUGUACCUGGACCUCCUGGCCGUCCAACCGUCUUUGAUGUUUCUCGUGAUGGCAUGACUGUGGCCUGGAACCCACCAGAUGAAGAUGGUGGCCUUGAGGUUUCUGGAUACAUCAUCGAGCGCAAAGAAGUCAGGUCUGACAGAUGGGUGCGCGCUAACAAGAAUCCCAUUACCAUGACCAGAUACAGGUCUACAGAGCUGAUCGAGGGCCUGGAGUAUGAACACAGAGUCACAGCCAUCAAUGCCAGAGGAACAGGCAAACCAAGUCUGUUAUCCAAACCAGCUGUUGCAACAGAUCCCAUUGAUCCACCUGGCUGUCCUCAAAACCCGAGGAUCACUGAUACCACCAAAUCCUCCGUGUCGCUUGCUUGGAGUCCCCCUGAUGAAGAGGGAGAUGCAAGGGUCGAUGGUUACCUGAUUGAGAUGCAGAAGGUGGGAACCAUGGCCUGGAUCAAGUGUAACACCACACCAUCUCUAAUCUGCGAGUACACCCUUACCAAAAUGCCUCAAGGAGAGGAGUUCAAAUUCCGUGUGAUGGCCUGCAACGCUGGUGGCUCUGGAGAGCCUGCUGAAGUGCCUGGAACUGUCAUUGUGACUGAGAUGCUGGAAUCUCCUGACUAUGACCUGGAGCUGAAAUACAAAGAUGUGUAUGUGGUACGCCACGGAGGCGUGAUCAGACUGUCUGUGCCCGUCAAGGGUAAACCUCAACCCACAUGCAAGUGGUCGAAGGAUGGCGGUGUAGUCUCCACCAAGGCCAUGAUUGCCUCCACUGAGGAAGCCAGUGAGUUAGUGAUAAAGGGAGCAGAGAGAACUGACUCUGGUGUGUACGACCUCCUGCUGGAGAAUAAGGUUGGCAAGAAGAAGGCCCAAAUCAAGGUGAAGGUCAUUGGCCGCCCAAGUGCUCCAGAGGGACCAAUGGUCUUUGAGGAAAUCCAGGCCAACUCUGUCAAGUUGUCUUGGAAGGUGCCCACAGAGGACGGUGGCUCAGAGAUCCUCGGUUACAUCGUAGAAAGACGUGAGGUAGCCAGAAAUGCGUGGUACACUGUGGACUCCAGAGUGACUGACACCCAGCUGGUUGUCAAGGGUUUGAAAGAGGGAACAGAGUACCACUUCAAGGUCACGGCUGAAAACUCGUUCGGUAUCAGCGCCUCUCUGAAGUCGGAGCAGCCACUGGUGCCCAAGACUCCUCUAUGCCCCCCAGAGCCUUCAAGCACUCCACCAGAGAUCAUGGAUGUCACCAAGAGCUCCGUGGCAUUGGCCUGGUCCAGACCAAAGGAUGAUGGUGGUUCUACCAUCACCGGCUACUUUGUUGAGUACAAGACGGUGUCCGCUGAGACAUGGUCCCGCCACCCGACCAAGAUCACCUCCACCAUGUAUACUCUGCCCGGCCUCACCCCUGACGCAGACUACCAGUUCCGCAUUGUUGCUGUCAAUGACAUUGGCGAGAGUGAGGCUGGUCCUGUGUCUGACCCCGUCACAUGCAAGGAUCCAUUCGACAAGCCAAGUCAACCAGGCGAGAUCGACAUUGUCAGCGUGACAAAGAACUCCAUCGCCAUCCGCUGGCAAGCUCCAGAGUGUGAUGGUGGAAAAGAGGUCUUGGGCUACUGGGUGGAGUACAGGAAGUCCAUUGAGAGCUCCUGGAAGAAGAGCAACAAGCAGAGACUGAAGGAAAAGGAGUUCACCAUGCCUGGACUGGCUGAGGCCACAGAGUAUGAGUUCAGAGUGUUUGCUGAGAAUGAGACAGGAAUGAGUAGACCUCGCAGGACUGCCACAUGCAUCAAGACCAAACUGAGCGUUGAAACUAAACCAGGCCUGAGAAAGGAAAUGGAUGAAGUAACUACUAAGCUUGGCCAGCCUGGCGUCAUGAAAUGCCAGAUUAUCGGCAGACCUAUCCCUGAUAUCAAGUGGUAUCAUGCCGGCAAGGAGAUUGCUGAGUCCCGCAAGUAUGAGAUGAGCUCUGAUGGCCGCAACCACUCACUGUCCAUCAUGACCGAUCAGCAGGAAGAUGAGGGAGAAUACACCUGCAAGGGCAUCAACGAUGCAGGAGAAGCCGAAACCACAGGCAUUCUGGUGUUGGAGGCUGCUCCAUCCUUCCACCCUGAUUAUCAGCUGAAGAACACCUACUACGCCGGCCUGGGCUCCACUCUGCGCAUCCACGUCGUCUAUAUCGGCCGCCCCGAGCCAAAGAUCAUGUGGCUGCAUGGAGCAAAGACCCUGGAGAACACAGAGGACAUCAGCAUUGAGACCACUGAGCACUACACACACCUGGUUGUCAAGAAUGUGCAGCGCAGAAUUCAUGGCGGCAAAUACAGGAUCAGACUGCACAACCACUUUGGCAGGGCUGAGACUGCCUUUAAUGUUGAGAUUUACGACAAACCUGAGAUGCCCCAGGGACCCAUUGUGCUGGACGCCCUUCUGAAGAACUCAGUCAUCAUCAGCUGGAAGGCUCCAAAGGACGAUGGUGGCAGCAUGAUCACCAACUACAUUGUGGAGAAACGUGAGGACAAGGAGGGCACUGAGUGGGAACUGGUGUCAUCAUCCAUCAACGGCAUAUCUUGCCGUGUACCUAACCUCAUUGACAGUGCCGGAUACUUCUUCCGUGUGUACGCCCAGAAUCGCUAUGGCAACAGCGAACCAUUGGAACUUACUUCCCCUAUCCUUAUCAAGAGCCAACUGGAGAAACCAUCACCACCUCUGUCGCCAGUUGUUUCUGGUAUCACCAAGGACUCCUGCGUAGUUUCCUGGAAGCCUCCACUUAGUGACGGAGGCUCAAAGAUUAAGAGCUACUGCCUUGAGAAGAAGUUCAAGAAGGACAAGAAGGAAUGGAGCGACUGGACUCCGGUGACCACGGACGAGAUCAAACAGACGGUGUUCUCUGUCAAACGUCUGACCGAGGGCGUUGAGUGCAUCUUCCGUGUGAAGUGCGAGAACCUUGGAGGACAGAGCGACUACAGCGAAGAGACUGCUCCCAUGGUUCCAGCCACUGCUGUCGACGUCCGUGCUCCCGCCUUCAAGGAGGAGCUGAGGAACAUGAGUGUCAAGUACAAGAGCAAUGCCACACUCGUCUGCAAGAUCAUUGGGCAGCCCAAGCCUGUGAUUAAAUGGUUCAGACGAGGAAAGGAGAUACACUCUGAUGGAAAGAAGAUCAAGAUCCAGGAGUUCAAGGGAGGUUACCACCAGCUGGUCAUCACUGAGGCUGAUGAGGAAGACUCCACCGUGUACCAGAUCAGGGCCACCAACCAGGGAGGUUCCAUCUGUGCCACGGUCUCUCUGGAUGUUGAAGUCCCUGCCAAGAUCCACCUUCCAAAGAACCUGAAGGACAAGGAAGCCAUACCUGCCCUGCGUGGAGAAGUGAUCAAUAUCAAGAUUCCAUUUGGCGGCAAACCAGAUCCUGUCAUCACAUGGCAGAAGGGACAAGAUCUUAUUGACAGCAAUGGUCACUACCAGGUCAUUGUCACCAGAUCAUUCACAUCUUUGGUGUUCCCCAAUGGAGUGGAAAAGAAGGAUGCUGGUUUCUACAUUGUCUGUGCCAAGAACAGAUUUGGCAUCGACCAGCAGACCGUUGAGUUGGAUGUUGCUGACGUUCCUGAUCCUCCACGUGGCAUCAAAGCCAGCGAUGUCUCCAGAGACUCAGUCUCACUGAACUGGGUGGCCCCAGCAAAUGAUGGAGGCAGCAGGGUCAUCAACUACAUCAUUGAGAAGUGCCCCACCACUGCAGAGAGGUGGGAGCGUGUUGCCCAGUCCCGUGACACCCGCUACACUGUCAUCAAUCUGUUUGGAGGUACCAGUUAUCAGUUCAGAGUUAUCGCUGAGAACAAGUUUGGACAGAGUGCUCCAUCUGAGACCAGUGGACCUGUCAUGACCAAGGAGGACAAAUCAAGAGUUCUGCUCUAUGACAGGGAGGUUGACGAUACUGGACGUGUCCCCAAGGGCAAGGUCCACUCCGAUGCCAAGAAUAUGCACAACAAAUAUGCUAUUGCAGAGGAACUGGGCAGAGGUCAAUUUGGCAUUGUUCAUCGCUGUGUUGACAAGAGCUCUGAGAAGACCCGCAUGGCUAAAUUUGUCAAAGUGAGAGGCGCCGAUCAAGCCAUAGUCAAGAAGGAAAUUGCAACACUAAAUCUGGCAAAACAUACCAACUACCUCCUCCUCCAUGAGUCUUUCGACAGUCCUGAGGAGCUGGUGUUGAUCUAUGACUUUAUCUCUGGCGUUGACAUCUUUGAGCGCUUGAACACAGCUGAGUUUGAGCUAAAUGAGCGUGAGAUUGUCAACUACAUCAGGCAGAUCUGCUCCGCUCUUGAGUUCCUGCACGCGGAGAGUUACGGACACUUUGAUAUCAGACCUGAGAACAUUGUGUACACAACUAGAACCAGCUCUAAUGUGAAGAUUAUUGAGCUGGGCCAGUCAAGACACCUGACUCCUGGAGACAUAAUCAAGGUCCAGUAUAUCACUGCAGAGUACGCUGCCCCUGAGAUCCACCAGUGUGACAUGGUUAGCACUGUCACUGACAUGUGGUCAGUUGGUGUCCUUGCCUACGUGCUCCUCAGUGGACUUAAUCCUUUCACAGCUGAGACCAACCAACAGAUGAUUGACAACAUCUCCAAUGCAGCUUACAGCUAUGAUGACGAGUCCUUCAAGCAGGUCAGUGUCGAGGCAUUAGACUUCACAGACCGCCUCAUGACAAAGGAACGCAAGCAUCGUAUGGCUGCUGCUGAGGCUCUGGCGCAUCCUUGGCUGACCAAGCCUGCAGAGGAGAUCAGCACCAGAGCCAUGCAAACCGGAAGGCAUAAGAGAUACUACCAGACGAUGGUGAGGAAAGAGUGGAACACUGUUGUCUCUGCAGCUCGUGUGGCCAGCGGUGGCUCCAUCAGAUCCCAGCGUGGUGUCUUUGUCGCCAAGGUGAAGAUUGCACCAUUUGAACACGGUCCCAUUGGAGGCCAGAUUGGCCAUGCAGUGGCAAAUGAAGGAGACAAAGUGAAAUUCAUCUGCAACAUUGACAACUAUGAUGGCUCUACUGAAGUGACAUGGUACUGUGGCGUCAGGCAGCUUGAAGCUGGUGAUAAGUAUGAGAUUGAGUAUGAGGAUGGCCUGGCUGUAAUCACCAUCAACAAAGUCACAAGAGCAGAUGAUGGCACUUACAGAUGCAAGAUUGUGAAUGAGUAUGGUGAGGACAGCGCCUACGCAGAGCUGUUCAUCAACGGUGUUAGAUCUUACCGCGACUUCUUCACCACCCGUGUGGUCAAGAGGACAAAGCGUAGGGUCGACACUGCCAGAAUGCUCCAGAAGCCCCCAGAGUUCACCCUUCCUCUGGUCAACCACACGGCCUACAGGGGCGAGGAUGUGCGCUUUGGCGUGACCAUCACUGUUCACCCUGAGCCUCGUGUCGUCUGGCACAAAUCUGGACAGAAGCUCAUCCCUGGAGACGAUGACAAAAAAUACACCUUCAUCAGCGACAAGGGCCUAUACCAGCUGAUUAUCCACAAACUCGAGGAUGAGGAUGAUGCAGAGUACAGUGUUGUGGCCCGGAACAGGUAUGGUGACGACAGCUGCAAGGCUCGUCUUACUGUCGUUCCUCGGCCAAAACCGGCAGACCUCACCCUGAGGCCCAUGUUCAAGCGCUUGCUGGCAAAUGUUGAGUGCAGGGAGGGCCAGAAUGUGCGCUUUGAGAUCAGAGUAUCCGGCCAUCCAGAACUUAAGUGGGAGAAGGAUGGCACACCGCUAGCCUUUGGACCAUCUAUUGAGGUCGUCCAUGAGGGUCUGGAUUACUUUAUCCUUCAUGUGAAAGACACUCUCCCUGAAGACUCUGGUGUGUACAGAGUAACUGCAACCAACUCUGCUGGAUCAGCCAGUUGCCAGGCCACACUCAAAGUGGAACGUGUCACCCACGUAAAGAAGGAAUAUGAGUUGAGUGCAAAGGAGAAGUUAGCACAGGCUGAAAAGGAGGCAUUAGAAAAAAAGGUGAGGCUGUCUCAGAUUUUGUCCGACACUGUGUGCAUACCUCUCCCACCCGCAGCGGUACAAGCUGUCAGGGAGGCCGCCACCAUGUUCAAACCUGCUGUGACCACCAAGAAGGGUGAAAAGACUGAGGCUGAAAUACAGAAAGAAAAAGAGGAGAGAAAGAAGCGGGCAGAUGAGAAGAGGCUUCGUAUGCCUUAUGACGUCCCCGCUCCUCGUGUCAUUAACCCGGCUGUUCUUGAAGAAGAUGUGGAAAUCAAACACUUCCAGCCUCUGUCUGACAUGAAAUGGUACAAGAAGCUGCGGGAUCAGUAUGAGUUCCCCGAGCCAAUGGAUAAAAUCAGGCAGAAGAGGAUGAAGCGUAUUCGCCUCUCCAGGUGGGAGCAGUUCUAUGAGGUGCCUAUUAGGAUCAAGGACCAGUACAAGCCGAAGUGGCGCAUCUCAUCCAUGACUCAGGAUGACCUGGAGACUGUGAGGCCCGCAAGGCACCGCACUCCUUCCCCUGAGAUAGAUGCUUACCACAGGAUCAGGAGGAGGUCCCUGGGCGACCUGUCAGACGAAGAGCUGCUGCUGCCUGUGAAGGAGUACUUGUCGAUGAAGAAAACUGAGGAGGAGAGGCUUCGUCUGGAGGAUGAGCUGGAGCUUGGUUACUCUGCUUCUCCCCCCAGCCUCAGCCCGGUUCGCUUUGAGCUGUCCGCCCUGCGCCCCUCAUCUCCUAGAAGAGUCUACAGUGACGACGAAGAGGGAGAAGAAAUUUGCAGAUAUGACUCCUACCGUAUUCCAUCUAAAUAUGAGGCUGGCCCGAGUUUUGUUGACCUCCGCCAACGUCACGACAAAGCCACACACAGACCUCAAAAACAGAAGCAGAGGGUGUACGAAGAGAGAGAAGACCAGGAGCUGCUGCGCCCACACACAACGGCUCAGAGAAUCUCAUCCUACAAGACUGAACUCAAGCGCAUUGAGUUUGAGGAGAAGACUCGAAGCUUCAAAAAGGAAGCACAUGUCACUGUUGCAACAAUGUCUGAGGCUGUUGAAUCUGAGCACCUGACAGCUUUCACUUCUGAAUAUAUUCCUAAACCGAUCAAAAAGGUCCAAAUGGCUGAACAUGUCAGGAGGAGAUCUCCUACCCCAGAAAAAGCCAAGACAGACGUGACCCUUCCCAGGGUCGACUUUGCCUCCAGGUAUGAGGAGAGGAAGCAGGCUCUGAGAUCGGAGAGGAAAUCAGUGGAAAGAAAGUUUGAGGUGGUGACACAAGCUCCCUUCAGCCUCGACCACAGCCCACGCAUCACCAUCAGGCUGCGCUCUCACCGCAUACCCUAUGGCUCCAACACAAAGUUUACCCUGAAUGUCCAGUCUAAACCAGACCCUGAGGUCAAGUGGUACCACAAUGGAAAACAGAUUUCUCAGACUAGCAAAUACCACAUGACCAACAUCAGCGGAGUUCUGACACUCCAAAUCAACAACUGUGUGACUGAAGAUGCCGGCACUUACCGUGUGGUCUGCAAGAACUCCUUAGGAGAAACUUCUGACUAUGCCACAUUAGAUGUGGCAGGAGCAGAAUAUGCUGCCUUCUCUUCACUCCGCAAAGAUGAAGAGCCCCCAUCCUCCCAUCUGCCAGAAAUGACCAGAACAGAUGUGUAUCACGUCUCCUCAAAAUCAACAACAACAACAACAACGGUGAAGGAAAGUGUGACUGAAAGUGUUAAAGAGACCACCACUGUUGUUGAGAAGCGAAGGGAGAAGCCUGGUGUCCCUGCCAAGAUCCUGACCAAGCCUCAGUCCCUGACUGUGGAGGAGGGAAGCCUCGCCAGGUUCGAGUGUGAUGUGGAUGGUGAACCAGCACCUUCUAUCACCUGGCUGCGCGAAGGAACAGUUAUUGGUUCUUCUGCCCGUCACCACAUCACCUCCACUCAACUCAGCUCCUCCUUCGAGAUCUCUGCUGUAGAGACGUCGGAUGAAGGCAGCUACACUCUGCUGGUGGAAAACACCGGAGGCAAACAAGAGGCUCAUUUCACUUUGACCAUCCGCAAGUCUGAGUCCAAGGAGAAAGUAGUCGCCCCUCCCAGAGUCACCUCCCCAGAGGCCAAGUCUCCUCUUGCCAAAUCCCCCGAACCAGUCAAAUCUCCUCAGAGAGUCAAGUCCCCCGAGCCAAUCAAGUCACCUCAGAGAGUCAAGUCUCCAUUCUCACCAAAGUCCCCAACACCAAAGUCUCCCACUCCAAAGUCCCCAACUCCAUCUGAGAAGGAACCAACUUCUCCAAUCAAGUCACCAAAGAGAGUGAUGUCACCGACUCUUGAAAAGAAGCCGUCCUUCUCAGUGGGACUGAGCGAUGUCACUGCAGCCACCGACUCUGUCGUCAAGCUGUCAGUGAAGGUGACCGGAGAGCCCAAACCUGAGAUCUUGUGGAGGAAGGAUGGAAAGGUUCUGUCUCAGGGUGGGAAGUAUGAAGUCUUUGAGGAGCAUGGCUCAGCUUAUCUGGAGAUCUAUGACCUGGAGGUCUCUGACAGCGGGCUGUAUAAGUGCACUGCCACCAGCGGUGCCGGAUCAGCAUCAACAUCCUGCACCGUCACCGUCCGGUGUCAGCUCGACACCGUGGUCACGAGUCAGCGCUCUGAGGCACCCCACUUCCUGGUGCAGCCCAGGUCCCAGAUUGUGGAUGAAGGACAAAAUGUCAAAUUCAUGUGUGAAGUUGCAGGACAGCCUGCCCCUGAAGUGGAGUGGCUGAAGGACAAUAUGAUUAUAUCUGUCUCUUCUAACAUCAGACUGAGCUGCUCUCAGACUGUGUACACUCUGGAGAUUUGUGAAGCCACAGUUGCUUACAGUGGGAAAUACACGAUAAAAGCCAAGAACCAGUUUGGACAGUGCUCUACAACACUCUCCCUCAACGUCCUCACUCUUGUUGAAGAACCAACAAAAAUGAUUAUUGUGGAGCAAAGAGCUUCUGAAGCUGCCGCCAGCAUGCAGAAAGCUUUAUGUGGCUCAUCAGUUCGUAUGGAGGCAGCGUCCAUGCAGGCCGGCAGUUUCAGUAGCAGUUCCUUCUCUUCUGCUGCUGCUGCUGCCGCCGAGUAUUCCUUUGAGAGCAUGUCUGCGACUAGCAUGUCUGCCAUGAUGGCUGAGUCAAAGGUUUCUAUGAGCUCCAGCAGCCAAAUGAUGGAAAUGUCCACUCACUCGCAUGCCGAGGCCUCGUCCUCCUCGCUGAGAGCCCUCACCACAGGGACGAAAACAGGCACGCCACCCAAGAUUGAAGCUCUGCCGCUGAACAUCAGCGCCGAGCCGGGGAAGUCCCUGACGGUGGCGGGGAUGUUCUCCGGAGACCCCGCCCCCAGCGUGCAGUGGGUCCGCUCGGGUCGGACCCUGCCCAACGGGAACGAGCGGUGCCACGUGGAGAACACGACGGAGCUGUCCACGCUGGUGAUCUCUGCGGUGAAGGAGAGCGACGCCGGCGCCUACACGCUGCGGCUGUCCAAUGAGCUCGGCUCCGACUCUGCAACCGUCAACGUUCACAUUCGGUCCAUGUAAAAAAAAAUAAUAAUAAUAAUUUAUAUCCCCUUUUCCCUCUUCCAGAACCUUUUUAUUUAGUGAAUUAGCAACGAUAAUCUUACGGGAUAAAGAUCUGGAUUUCUGUUCUUGUAAAUAUGAACUAUUUUUGUACCAAACUUGACAUUAAUUUAUGCCAAACUAGACUAAAGUCUAAAGUUGUUAUAAAAUGUGCCAUAUUGGACAAUAUGACUUAGGAUUUUUGAACCACUUUUCUGUGACAUGUACAUAAUGUAUAUAGCCGAAUUUAACGGUUAUGGGAAAUGUAUGCAUUGUUAUUUAUGACAAUAUAUUAACUGAAACAAAAGAACAAAUGUUUCAACAGGAGAAAGUUUCCCCAUGAACGAAUACCCUGUCAAAGCAAGAAACGAAACUCUGUGCCUCAACGAUAAGUUGACGUCUAAGAUUGCCUCAACAGGUAGAGAGGCUCCCUGUUGACGUUCUGAAACAGUAAGACUAAUUAUUAUUUUGGACACGUGACGUCUACGUGCGAUAUUACAGUUUCCUAUGAGUUGUACCGUGAGCGUAAGGCCCUGAGUGCUGUGUGCGUCCCUCACGUACGCAGCAUGAACUGGCCUUGUGCUCCGACUGACUGUGUCACACCACGACUUGAAGACCGGCUGAGAGCGCCCGCGGCCUGCGCCCUCAGCGUUUAGAUCGUUUAAUUUUAAGAGCGCUGUUCCUGCACGGGACAGUCGUGCCGGCUCCUCCAAAACGUACCAUCUCCUGGCCAUGAAGAAGAAAGGAGGCCGGCAGCGGCU